CAGCCUUGCCUCGGGUGUAGGGAUUGCAAGGGAAAAAGCAAAACUACACGGACAACAACCUGUGUAGUUUUGUUUUUUGGGGGGGAUUUUCCGAGGCUCAACCAUUCUCACAUUGGAUUUUCUGAAAUCAUAUCUGGAUAAGGAGUUUGUUUCAGAAGAUAAUACCCCCUUGGGCUCCGUCCCCACAGUUCAGGGCACUCUUGUGGAUACAAGGUGCCUACCACCAUGACAACAAAGGCGCCAACGUUUACACAGCCGCUUCAGAGCGUUGUGGCACUUGAGGGUAGUGCCGCAACGUUCGAAGCUCAAGUUAGUGGUAAUCCAGUUCCUGAGGUGAGCUGGUUUCGUGAUGGCCAGGUUCUUACUGCUGCCGCUCUGCCCGGCGCUCAGAUCUCGUUCAGCGAAGGCCGCGCUGUUCUGAGGAUCCCCGCCGUGACAGCCGCACACAGCGGAAGAUUUUCUGUGAGAGCCACCAAUGGCGCUGGACAAGCCACUAGCACUGCUGAACUGCUGGUUACAGCGGAAACUGCGCCACCCAACUUCAUUCAGAGACUACAAAGCAUGGCUGUGAGACAAGGAAGCAAAGUGAGACUGGAUGUUCGUGUAACGGGAAUCCCUACACCUGUGGUGAAGUUCUACAGAGAGGGAGCUGAGAUUCAGAGCUCCGCUGACUUUCAGAUAGUUCAAGAAGGAGACCUUUACAGCUUGUUGAUUGCCGAGGCCUUCCCGGAAGACUCUGGAACAUACUCCGUCAGUGCCUCAAACAGCAGUGGACGGGCCACUUCAACGGCAGAACUGUUGGUUCAAGGUGAGGAGGAAGCCGUGCCUGCGAAGAAGACUAAGACAGUUAUUUCAACCUCUCAGAUUUCACAAGCCCGCCAAACCAGAGAGGAAAAGAGAAUGGAAGCUCACUUUGAGGCCUCAGCCAUGAAAAUGCAAGUGGAGGGAGGUGUUGUGAUACAACAGCUGGCUCAUAAGACGCCGCCUCGUGUGCCCCCGAAACCAACCUCCAAGUCCCCUCCAUCUCUUGUGACUAAGGUCUCAGCUACUCGUCACCAGUCCCCAUCUCCUGUGAGGCAUGUGAAGGCACCCACGCCCACUCCUGUCAGAGCCGUAUCUCCCUCCACAAGACUGUCUGUAUCACCCAUCAGACCAGUAAAGUCCCCAGUAUUGACCCGCAAACAGGUCACAAUCACUGCUGAAGUCCUGCCUCCGUGGAAACAGGCUGGCUACGUGUCUGAGUCCAGCUAUGCAGCCAGCAUGGCAGCUCAGGUCCAGGCUUCAACACAGAUACGCAUGGAGCAGCGCUGGGAGGGCUCCAUCGCCAUGCAGCAACAAGUCAGUGGUGCUGCUGUCAAAGAGGAACAGCAAAGCAUGGAUGACAAAUCUGUUGCUGUUGCCACCGUGGUGGCAGCAGUGGACCAGGCUCGUAGUCGUGAGCCUCUGCCUGGCUCAGCAGAGCCUCACAGUGUAGAGAGCAGCACUGCUACUGUCCUUCUCGUACCUCCGACCGAGCAGAUCAAGCCCAUGGCAAAGGUUUCAUCCAUGGCACUUCUUGAGCAGUCCAGUAUAAGAGAGACCAUUGGGGCUCUCUCAGAAGGCACGACACAUAUGGAAACAUCACACACAUUUGACUCUCAGGAGCAGGGUGAUGGGAAAAAGGCCGGAGCCGUGGCUACGGUUCUUGCCGCGGUGGAUCAUGCACGUGUGCGAAAGCCUGGGCAUGUUGAGACCGCUGUGGCUGAAGAAGAAAUAGAUAUGAAACAGCAACAGGCAACUCUAGCUGCUAAGCAGCACGUCACAAGUAAAACAGAGGUGUUGCAGGUUCCCAGUGUCGUGGCAAGCGCUACGUCCGAUCAAACCGUUCAUGUCACCCAGAUCCAAAGAACUACUGAGGUUAGGCCCCAGGUGGAUACUGGACUCGCGCCGUCCCCAGUUCCACAUUUCACAGUUUCAAAAGUUACAGUUCCUAAACCAGAUCAUAGCUAUGAGGUUUCAAUAGCAGGCUCUGCUAUUGCCACCCUGCAGAAAGAGCUCUCUUCUACCUCCAUUGCUCAAAAGAUCAUCAAGCCCGUCAAGCCCCCGACUUAUAAGGUCGAGACGAGAGUGACGUCACAGCCGACUCCUUCUCCCUUUAGGGACACUACUGAGAAAUAUCACUUGCGUUUCGACUCAGAGUUACAGAGACAGAUAGAUGCCUCAUAUGCAGGGGGAUGGGAGACUCAGGUUCUUGAGACAGCAGCAAUCCCCUCAGCUGCCAAAGAGCCAGUUAUGCCUCCAACUGUUGUUGUUGGAUUGAAGAACUUGACCGUUACAGAGGGAGAGUCUGUGACUCUGGAGUGCCAGAUCUCAGGCCACCCUACACCUGGCAUUAUGUGGUUCAGAGAAGACUACAGGAUUGAGAGCUCCAUUGACUUCCAGAUCACAUACGAGAACAACUUUGCCCGCUUAGUGAUUCGUGAGGCCUUUGCUGAGGAUAGUGGCCGUUUCACUUGCACCGCUACCAGUGAGGCUGGAACCGUCAGCACCUCCUGCUACCUCCUUGUUAAAGUGUCUGAAGAGAUUGAAGGCCGAGAAGAGGUUACAAUGGAGAAACAGAUUGUUAUUGAGAGUAAAGAAGCAGCUGUAACAGAAGUGACUGCUGUAGAGAGUGUAGAAGCUGGAGCAGCUGCAGCUCCUUUCUUUAUACGGAAGCCAGUUACACAGAAACUGGUGGAAGGUGGCAGCAUUGUCUUCAAUUGUCAGAUUGGUGGCAGCCCCAAACCUCACAUCUACUGGAAGAAGAAUGGCGUCCCACUCACCACUGGAUAUAGAUAUAGAGUGAGCUACAAUAAGGAUACAGGAGAAUGCAGACUGGAGAUCUCCAUGACGUUUGCUGAUGAUGCUGGAGAAUACAGCAUCUCUGCUAAAAAUCAACAUGGAGAGGCAUCUGCCUCCACACAUCUCCUCGAAGAAGAGGAAUAUGAGGCAUACAUGAAAACACAGGAAGUGACGUACAAAACAGAAGUAACCACUACGGUGGUGCAGGAGCCCAAAGCGGCGGUGAUUGUAAGUGAAUAUGACAUACAAAGGAGGAUGGCUCAGCAAGCACAGAUAAUGCAGACGUUCAUCACAGAGAGGGAAUUCCAAAUCUCUGCUUUGGAGCAGAGAAUAAUUCAAGAGAUUGAGAUCAGGAUUCUAAAGAUUACUUACCGGGAACUGGUGACUGAAGAUGGAGAGGAGAUGAUUACUGUGGCUGAGCAUGAGGCUGUAGGAUCCUCAAUCAGUACAGCUGUGAAAAGCUACAGAAUCAUGGAGGGAAUGGGAGUUACUUUCCACUGCAAAAUGGAAGGAAAUCCCGUGCCAAAGAUUGCUUGGUACAAAGAUGGCAAGCGCAUCAAGCAUGGAGGUCGUUAUCAGAUGGAGGUUCUUCAGGAUGGUAGGGCCAGUCUGCGCCUUCCUGUGGUGCUGCCAGAAGAUGAAGGAGUCUAUACUGCUUUAGCAUGUAACAUGAAGGGUAAUGCUGUCAGCUCUGGAAAACUCUAUGUGGAGUCAACAGCUACUGCUCAGCCUUAUUAUCCUCAGGCAGAGGCAGUGAGAAGAGUACAGUCAGAAUCCCCAAUGUCUGCACGGUCCACUAGCCUCUCUCCUGGACGCUCCCCUGCACGCUCUGUUAGCCGUUCCCCUGGUCGCUCACCUGCUCGCAGGCUGGAUGAGACAGAUGAGGCCCAGCUGGAAAGACUUUACAAACCUGUGUUUGUCAUGAAGCCAUCGUCUUUCAGGUGCUCUGAAGGACAAACGGCAAGAUUUGAUCUGAAGGUUGUUGGAAGACCCAUGCCUGACACUUUCUGGUUCCACAAUGGACAACAAGUGGUUAAUGACUACACCCACAAGAUUGUGGUAAAGGAAGAUGGAACACAGUCACUGAUUGUGGUUCCUGCCAUGGCUCAAGACUCUGGAGAAUGGACAGUUGUCGCACAGAACAGAGCUGGAAAAACCUCAGUCUCCAUGACUCUCACUGUAGAGGCCAAGGAAAAUUUGGUUAGACCACAGUUUAUUGAAAAACUGAAGAAUGUUAGCAUCAAGGAGGGAACUUUGGUUGAGUUGGCUGUCAAAGCCAUUGGAAACCCUCUCCCUGACAUUGUCUGGCUGAAGAACAGUGACAUCAUCUCUCCUCACAAGUACCCCAAUAUUAAGAUUGAGGGUACUAAGGGAGAGGCACAUUUCAAGAUUCCCCAAACCACCAGUUCUGAUAGUGCCUGGUACACAGCCACAGCUAUUAACAAAGCUGGCCGAGAUACCACACGCUGCAGAGUCAACGUUGAGGUGGAGAUCGCUGAACCUGAACCAGAAAGAAAGCUUAUCAUCCCCAAGGGAACCUAUAAGGCUAAGGAAAUUGCUGCACCAGAGUUGGAGCCUCUGCAUCUCCGCUAUGGUCAGGAACAAUGGGAGGAGGGUGACCUUUACGACAAAGAGAAGCAGCAGAAGCCUCAUUUCAAAAAGAAACUGACUUCAGUCAGACUUAAGCGUUUUGGUCCUGUGCACUUUGAUUGUAGACUAACACCUAUUGGUGACCCCACAAUGGUUGUUGAGUGGUUGCAUGAUGGGAAACCUCUGGCAGCUGCUAACAGACUACGCAUGGUCAAUGAGUUUGGUUACUGCAGUCUCGACUAUGAAGCUGCUUAUUCCAGAGACAGUGGUGUUAUUACCUGCAGAGCCACCAACAAGUUUGGUGUUGACCAGACCUCCGCUACCCUAAUUGUGAAAGAUGAGAAGAGCCUUGUUGAGGAAAGCCAGUUACCAGAGGGCAGGAGGGGACAGAGAAUAGAUGAAAUUGAGCGCAUUGCUCAUGAGGGAGGUCCUUCAGGAGUCACAGGAGAAGACAUGACAGAAAAAACAAAGCCAGAGAUUGUCUUGCUUCCAGAACCUAUCAGAGUACUGGAAGGAGAAACUGCAAAAUACCGUUGUAGAGUAACUGGCUACCCAACUCCAAAAGUGAACUGGUACCUCAAUGGACAGCUUAUUCGCAAAAGCAAAAGAUUGAGACUGCUGUAUGAUGGUAUUCACUAUCUUGAGAUUACAGACUGUAAGUCCUAUGAUUCAGGAGAUGUCAAAGUAUUGGCUGAAAACCCUGAGGGCACUGCUGAGCACACAGUAAAGCUGGAGAUCACACAGAGGGAGGACUUCAGAUCAAUUCUGCGGCGUGCCCCUGAGAUAAAGGCUCCAGAGGGUCCUGGUCCUGAACAUGGCAGAGUAUCCUUUGAUGUUGUGAAAGUGGAUAAACCUGCUGAGGCCUCACAGGCCAAAGAGGUCGUCAAACUGAGGAGAGCUGAGAGGGUUAUUCAUGAGAGGCCUACAGAAGAGACAGAGGAAUUGAGAAGCAAAUUCAAGCGCAGAACUGAAGAGGGCUACUAUGAGGCAAUCUCUUCAGUAGAGUUCAAAUCUCGCAAGAAGGAUGAAUCCUAUGAAGACAUGCUAAGGAAGAGAAAGGAGGAGCUUCUGCACUGGACCAAGGAGAUACCUGAGUCUGAAAAGAAGAAAAUGGAAGAGGAACGCAAGCUUACUAUUCCUACAAUCAGACCUGAAAAGGUGACUCUGUCUCCAAGCAUGGAGGCACCGAAGAUCUUAGAACGAAUUCAGAGCCAGACAGUCACCCUGGGCGAUGAGGUGCAUUUCCGUUGCAGAGUUGUUGGGAAACCAGAUCCAGAAUGCCAGUGGUUCAAGAAUGGAAUCUUACUGGAAAAAUCCGACCGCAUUUACUGGUAUUGGCCUGAAGACCAUGUCUGUGAAUUGGUUGUUAGAGAUGUCUCAGCUGAUGACUCAGCUAGCAUCAUGGUAAAAGCCAUAAAUAUUGCCGGGGAGACCUCAAGUCAUGCCUUCUUGUUGGUACAAGCCAAGCAAGUUUUAAGCUUUACACAGGAAGUGGAGGAUGUCUAUGCCAAAGAGAAGGACACCAUGGUGACCUUUGAAUGUGAGACAAAUGAGCCUUUUGUCAAAGUCAAAUGGCUGAAGAACAAUGCAGAGAUUUUCUCUGGGGACAAGUACAGGAUGCACUCAGACAGAAAGGUGCACUUCCUGUCUGUGCUGAUUAUAAACAUGGAGGAUGAUGCUGAGUACACUUGUGCUAUUGUUGAGGAUGAUCACAUAAGAACAUCUGCCAGACUUCACGUUGAAGGUGCACCACUUGACAUUGUGAAGAAUCUGGAGAGUAUUGAAGUACCAGAGACAUAUGCUGGAGAGUUUGAGUGUGAGCUGUCACGUGAGGAUGCUGAAGGCACCUGGUACUUUGAGAACAAAGAGAUUACUCCAAGCCUCAAGUACUUUGUGUCCUCACGUCGUGGCCGCCACAGCCUGACAGUAAAAGACGUGAAGAAAGAAGACCAAGGCAAAUACACCUUCAAAGUGGGCAAUCUAAAGACAAGUGCCUCCUUGAAGAUGAAAUUGCGCCCUGUUACGCUGUUGCAAGGCCUCUCUGACCUGACUGUCUGUGAAGGUGAUAUUGCUCAACUGGAGGUGCGAUUCUCUCAGGAGAAUGUGGAAGGAACUUGGAUGAAGAAUAAUCAACCCAUCUCAGCUACUGAUAGGAUUCUCAUUGUAAUUGACAAAGUUGUACACAAGCUCCUUAUUGAAAAUGUCAACAGAGAUGAUGCCGGAGCAUACUCCUUUGUUGUUCCUGCUCAGGACAUUUCUACUACAGGAAAACUAACUGUUCAGUCAAUCAAUAUUAUAUCUCCACUGAAGGAUGUUAGUACAGUGGAAGGCACAAAGGCUGUGCUAGAAGCCAAAAUUUCAGCUGCUGAUGUUAGCUCAGUGAAAUGGUACCGUAAUGAUAAGCUGCUGACGGCUGAUGACAGAGUCCAGAUGGUUGCUAAGGGAUCAAAACAACGCUUGGUACUUAACAGGACUUAUGCUUCUGAUGAAGGACACUACAAACUGGUUGUUGGCAAAGUUGAUUCAUCAUGCAAGCUUUCUGUUGAGAAGGUCAGCAUCGUAAAGCACAUGGAGGACCGUGUGUGCACAGAGACCCAGAAUGUCACCUUCGAGGUUGAGUUAUCUCAUGCUGGGAUUGACGCUCUGUGGACCUUUAAGAAUCAACCUCUUAAGGCUGGUCCUCAGUAUAAGAUUGAGUCGAAAGAUAAGAAGUAUAGGCUCACUGUUGUCAAUGUUAUGAAAGAUGAGGAAGGUUCUUACACUUUUGCAGCUGGUGAGAAGACAUCAAGCGCAAAACUUACUGUAUCAGGUGGUGCCAUAAACAGACCCCUGCAAGAUUUAACAGUUGCCGAGUCACAGACUGCUGUGCUUGAAUGUGAAGUUGCCAAUCCCACUGCAGAGGGCAAGUGGAUUAAAGAUGGGCACCAUGUUGACUUCAGUGAAAAUAUCAGGAGUGAAGAGAUUGGAGCUGUAAGACGCCUUGUCAUUGUUAUCACUAGACCACAGGAUAUUGGAGAGUACACCUACCAGGUUGCAAACUCCAAAACAUCAGCCAACCUGAAGGUUGAAGCCGUGAAAGUCAAGAAGACACUGAAGAAUCAAACUGUCACUGAGACAAAAGAGGCAUUGUUCAGCCUUGAACUCACUCAUUUGGAUGUAAAAGGGUCUCAGUGGAUUAAGAACGGUGUUGAGAUUGUUCCAAGUGACAAAUAUGAGAUCACAGUAGAAGGCACAGUUCACUCUUUGAGAAUCAAAGACUGUAACACCCAGGAUGAAUCAGUUUAUGGGUUCAAACUAGGAAAGCUUUCUGCUAAUGCCAGACUGAAUGUCGAGACAAUUAAAAUUGUGAAGAAGCCCAAAGAUGUGACUUCGCUGCUAAAUGACACUGCCUCCUUUGAGCUGAGCCUAUCUCAUGACAAUAUCCCAGUUAAAUGGAUGUUCAAGAACCAAGAGCUCAAGCCAAGUGCAAAUGUCCAGAUACUUUCAGAGAGGAAAGCACACAAGCUGGUUAUUUCUAAUGUUGAUGAGACGAUGGCAGGAGAAUACACAGCUUCAGUGGGACAUAUGCAGUGCAGUGCAUUUUUACAUGUCGAGUCUCUAAGGGUCACCAAGCCCAUGAAGAAUGUGGAAAUUCCAGAGACCCAGGUGGCCACAUUUGAGUGUGAAGUCUCACAUUUCAACGUCCCAUCCACCUGGUUGAAAAAUGGAGUUGAGAUUGAGAUGAGUGAGAAGUUCAGAAUUGUGGUGCAAGGGAAGCUCCACCAACUCAAGAUCAUGAACACCAGCAGAGAUGAUGCUGCCGAGUACACCUUUGUGUGUGGGAAUGACAGAGUCUCCGCCACUCUGACCAUUAGCCCCAUACUCAUCACUUCGAUGCUCAAAGACCUGAAUGCCCAAGAGAAGGACACCAUUACAUUUGAGGUGACUGUCAACUAUGAGGGCAUCACCUACAAAUGGUUGAAGAAUGGCGUGGAGAUUCGGUCCACUGACAGAUGCCAGACCCGUUCUAAACAGCUCACUCACACUCUCACCAUCCGUAACGUGCACUUUGGUGAUAGCGCAGAGUAUAAGUUUGUGGCAGGAUCUGCUGAGACGUCAGCCAAGCUGUUUGUUGAGGCUCGUGUCAUUGAGUUCACAAAACACAUCAAAGACAUCAAGGUUACUGAGAAGAAGAAGGCCAUUUUUGAAUGUGAGCUCUCUGAGCCUAAUGUUCAAGUCACAUGGAUGAAAGAUGGCCAAGAACUUGAGAAAUCAGAAAGGCAUAAAGUUUCUACAGACAAAUACAUACAGCGCUUGAUGAUACAAACUGUUCGCAUGUCUGAUGCUGGCGAGUACUCUGUGGUUGCCGGCUCAAGUGUUUCCAAGGCUCACCUCACAGUGGAGGGCAAGGACGUUCGUAUUACUGAACCUGUUGAGAAAGAAAUAACGGUGCUUGAGAAGCAGAGAGCUACUUUGGAGUUUGAAGUCAAUGAAGAUGACAUUGAAGGCCGCUGGUUGAGAAACGGUGUUGAAAUUCAGUUCACAGUUGAUAAGCGCUUCAAUUAUGUGACCAUUAGGAAAAUCCAUCGCUUGACAAUCACUGAAACCUACAGAAGUGAUGCAGGAGAAUAUACUUUCAUUGCUGGGAAGAACAGGAGUGUUGUGACACUACAUGUCAACAUCCCUGAGCCUCCUCAGAUCAUCAGACACAUGGAGCCUUUAUCUGUCGAAGCUGGCAAACCUGCACGCUUCUCUGUGGAAGUGACCGGCAUCCCACAGCCCCAGGUCUCCUGGUACAAGAACUCUCAGGCACUGUCUGCUGGAUUCAAAUGCAAGUUCCUGAGAGAGGGAAAUGAACACACUCUGCUGCUCAUCGAGGUCUUCCCAGAAGAUGCAGCUCAGUACAACUGUGAGGCAAGAAAUGACUAUGGACAGGCCACCAGCUCUGCCACACUGAACGUUGAAGUUCCAGAGGUUGUUUCCCCUGACACUGGUGCACCCUUAUCCCCGCCUGUGAUUAUAUCUCCAAUAAAAAGCACCUCUACCAAAGAAGGAGCAUCUGCCAGAUUCCAGUGCAGGGUGACUGGAGAGGAUCUGACUAUCACUUGGUACUGCAAAGAGAAGGAGAUCAAACAAUCAAAUUUCUUCAGAAUGUCUCAGUUCGAUGAUAUCUGUCAGCUGGAGAUUGCCAGAGUUUAUUCCGAAGAUGAGGGAGAGUACACCUGUGUCGCUCGCAAUUCUGCUGGAAUGGUCUCCUGCUCUGCAGUGUUGCAACUGGAGGGAGAAACAAAAAUUAUGGAUAUAACAUCUCAAGAAUCUCACUGGCAUGCCUCUUCCAGUCUUUCCACCAGCAUUAAGAGUGUAAAGAAGGAGCCUAUUGGUCAAAGACCCACUUUUAUUCAGCCCAUCGUGAGCUGCACCGUGUCUCACGGGGAAGUGGCCAGGUUUCACGCUUGUGUGUCUGGCAUGCCGAAACCAGAGAUCAGCUGGUUUCAUUGCCAGGAACCUGUUAUGCCAAAUAAAAAUGUUGUCUUUCAUUUUGAUGAAAUGACAAACACUGCCACAUUAAUAAUAGUUGAUGCUUUUUCUGAGCAUGCUGGACAAUACACUUGCAAAGCAGUCAAUGCCGCUGGAGAGGCAGUUUGCACAGCAACGCUUGCAGUAACCAGAGAAGUUCCACAAGUGCGUGAGGAGAUUGAAACUAAAAUUGAGGAAGAAGUCAAAGAAUAUUCUAGCUUGACCGUGAAGACUGUGGAAGAAGAAGAAGAAACCUACAGCAUUUCCCUACAAUUACCCGAAAAAUCUAAAACACUUGAACUCAAGCCACAGGAAAAAAUGUAUUCUAGUUCUUUGGAAAAGAAAAAGGAAAAGCCAGUUUUUGUAACCCAACUAACACCUGCAGCAGUAACGGUUGGGGGCUCAGCUAGGUUUACUGUUACAGUAUCUGGAUUUCCGAGGCCUAAAGUUCAGUGGUAUCAUAAUGGAAAAGUCAUUUCCUCUUCAUCUGUAUACAGGUUCGUAGAGGAAAGAGAUGACUACAGUCUGAUCAUAACAGAGGUCAAAAAAGAAUAUGAGGGAGAGUACUCUUGCACUGCCAGUAACAGAUUUGGCCAGACUACUUGCACAACGACUCUGAAGGUACAAGUCAGCGAUAUAUCACCAGCAGAGAAAUGGGUUGAGCAAAUGUUUAAAAUACCUGGAGAACCACCUCGGUUCACCAUACAGAUCCAGCCUGUACAGUGUGCUGAGGGAUGUGAGGCCAAAUUUCAAUACAAAGUGACAGGGAAUCCCCGUCCACAGGUGCAGUGGUUCAAGGGCAGCACUGAAAUCAAACCAAGCCUGAACUGUUGUGUUGUAACAGAUCCAGAUGGUACUGGUUUUCUUAUUAUGAUUGAUGCUCAGCAGAGAGAUAGUGGCCUUUACACAUGCAGGGCUUCCAAUACCUUUGGGGAGGCAACUUGUAGUGCUGAACUAAUUGUGUUUCACAAAAGUUUCUCUGUAUCUCAUCAACAACAGUUGGUUCAGGAACAGAGAGGUUAUAAGAUCUCCACAACUGAAGAGGCAACUGAAUCCCGUUUGUACAGUGUGAGCCUUCCUGGGCAAGCAGGAGUCAGUCUGCAAGAAGGACACCAGAUGAUUUAUACCAUUGGCACAGAAGAUAGGCAGACUGUAGCAAGCGAACAAGUGGGUGCUCUGCAUGAGUUAGACGUUUCUUCUGCUGUUAUGCACAGAGAAAAGGUAACUCACCAAGCCGCAGUUCUGCAGACUCAUGAGACACACGAGAGAGUAACUGUUGCUCCAACCCAGCCACAACAGGCUGUGGCAACACCUUUAAAACAGUUCCACGUAGCCGCAAUGACCUCUGCUGUUCAAGAGAGCCAAGGCUUCACAGAGCAGCACUACGAUCGUAUUAAAAGCCCUGAGGUCACAGAGCUUGAAAUUGCAAAGGAGCAACCUUCAAAGUUCAUGUCAGCAGUAACGGAGAGUGUGACCCCUCUGACAAUUGUGAAAGCAGAACCACUAGCCAGUCGAGAAACGGAGCAGGUAAAACCAACUCCUGAGCCAACAUACCCAAUCUCAAGUCACCAGGUGGAAACAACACUCCCAAUAGUAAAAGAGCAUUCAGAAAUUAUACCACAGACAGAGGCAGAAAAGAGUUACCAAGUAAAGGAGGGUAUUAAAAUAUUAUAUACAGCAGUUUCCACAGAGAAACAACAAAUAACAGGCGGUCAUGCUACAGAUUUAUCAACGUUAGAUUUAGCUGUUGAGCCAUCAGUUAAGAAAGAGUCCUCCAAACCUGUCAUUCUUUCAGUGAAUGAGGCCAAGCAAAUGCUAUCAAAAGAGGAAACAUUUUCUAUACAUAGACCUGAUGAAGAGAUGGCAUCUUUGUCUAAGGAUAGAGUAUUAAGAUCAGCCCUUGUUGCAGAAGAAAAGAAUGAACUUCAAGCUGAUAAAACAAGUGUAAUUCCAGGUUUGGACAGCGCUGUUUCAGUUCAAUCACAGAGAGAAGAGGAACAAAUUCUUCACUUACAGAUUUUUACAGAUCAGGCCAUUCUUCCUUCUGAGGGUCAAUUCAGUAGUGAGAAGUCAAGCCCAGAGCAGGCAGAAAGUAGAAAAAGUCCUACUCUUAUGCACACAGUGUCGACAGAUGAUCAGUGGGCUGUUACUUGUGAGGAGUCAAGUCAGUUCAGCACCCAAGAGACGUCAAUCUCCAUAGAGCCUCAUAAGGAGGCCCCUGCACCUCUGCAUUUGCAGGCAAUUCAGCCAGAAAACAUGUUCUCCAAAGAGGGGAUACUGUCAGUAGACAAACCAGAGCAGCAGAUGGCAGUGCAGAGACAGGAGAAGUUCCGUAGACAUGCAGUUACCACAGAGGAGAAAAGGGAACUGAUGGCAGAUUAUUCCAGUGCUCUUGAUGUUUCUGUGACAGGUGUUCAGUCCGAAAUCAGGAAAGAACCGAAACCUCAAAACAUUUUGCAGGUCAUCACAGAACCAAUGCAGAUACCAAAAGAGACUCCAUUUUCUAGUGAUAUUAAGCAACAACGUGCACUAGUGCAAAAGGAGGAUCACUGGAAUAUUAUACAUGCCACAUCUGUGUCGGAGAGGCAAGAUCUAGAGGAAGGGCAUGUUGAGAAUUUGGGUGCAGUUGAGAAAUACACAUGCUUGACUGAAAUCGAACCUAGAAUACCAUCUGAAUCUGUCCAUGUUGAAGACAAAGCAAUUUCCACUGAAAGUAGUAUUGCUCUUCAGGCUGCAGAGCAAGACUUUGCUGUUCAGAUUCAAGAAGGACAGUCUGUUAGACAGUCGAUAUUAAUGGAGGAGAAACGUGUUAUAAGAGGUGAACUGUCUCAGGAUGUAACACAUUUCGAAACAACCACAGCAAUGGUCACUCAGCAAGAGAUGGGUGUUCUACAAGUGUCAGAGUCCAGAGACAGCCAGACCCUUCCCAAGGAACUUACGUUUGUGAUUCCAGCACCAAAAGCACACAGCUUGGACAUAAAGCACCAGUUGAAAAGUACGCUUGCGUCGGCUGUUGCUCAAGAUCAACCAUUAAUCUUGGCAGAUGUGGUUCAACGUUUAGAAGUUGUUGAAGUACAGGAGGUCAAAGUGCAGAAAGAGCCGAGGUAUACUAGAUUCACGUAUCUUAUCACAACGCCAGGUGCCCCCAUAGAGAUUACUAUUGCCUUCAAGGGUGAGUACCCUCAGAAUGCCGAUCUCAAGAGUGAACUUCAGGCUGCAUUCUAUUCCAUUGUCUAUCAGGAGCAGCCAGUUCUUACUUCUGAACAACCUGGAACAAUGCAAAUUGACAGGCCUCAGAGAUUACAGGUUAGCAAGGCUGCUUCUAAAGAAACUUUCUCUCCAAUGGUACAGACUGUACAGUUAACAGAAAAUACAGAAGCGUUCUUGCCACCUAAAACUCAAUCAGCUGCUCUGAAGACCGAGGCCACCUCUUCUUUCUUGUCUGUAUCGGCUGAGAAGCAAACCGUUGUGCAAGAGUCAAAAAAUCAGGUGAUGACUAUUACCACCGAGUCAAAAAUGGAAUUAAAGCAGUCUGUUCAGGUUGAAAGACAGGAAAUGAGAUCUAUAACAGUAAAAAGUCAACAGAGAGAUGUAGGUGCAGCAGAGGUCACAACUGGUGUGUCCUUUGGACAACCUCCAGUUGAACAGUCUGCUGAUGUUCUCAUUCAGAGGGAAGGAAUACAGGAAUAUCUGACAGAAGAGACCGAGAAAUUCGAGAGUGAAAAAGUUAGGGAGUAUCAGUCAGUUUUUGAAAGCUCUUUAGAGGACAUUACACUAGAAGAACACUCUAAAGCAACAUUUUCUGUGUCUAUAAAAUAUGUUUCAAAAGUGAACUGGCUUUUCAAUGGAAAACCAAUUAUAUCUGGCAAAGAGUUCAAGUGUUUGAAAAACAAUGACACUUACACAUUAGUAAUCGACAAAGUAGUCCAGGAAAAACAUGAAGGAGAAUACACGUGUGAAGCUGUGAGUGAAGCUGGCAAGACAUCGACAUCAUCAAGGCUCACAGUGGUCAAAAGAGUGCCACCUGUUUUCAGGCACAAAAUCCAUACUCUGGAAACCAAUGUUGGCAGCCCUGCCAAGUUUGAAUGCGAGACUGAAGAUGCACCGAAUGUGACCUUCAAAUGGUUCAAGUCUGGCUCUGAGAUCAGACAUAGUGACAAGUACAGGAUCAUCAGCCGCAAUACCACGUCAUGUCUGGAGCUUUUGAACCCAGCAAAGGCCGACAGUGGAGAGUAUACCUGCAGAGCUUCUAACCAACAUGGUAGUGACAGCUGCUCUGCUAACCUGAAUGUGACAGAGGUUUUCCCUCCAGAAUUUGUGUCAAAGCCUGAUCCGAUGAUUUUAUUUGUGGGCAAGCAAGCAAAAUUGCAAUGUGUUAUCACUGGUUCUGCGCCGAUGAAUGUUGUCUGGCACAAAGACAACAUUGCCAUUUCAACUGAUCAACACUAUAAGCUGUCAUCUGAAAAGAGCAAACAUUAUCUUGAGAUCAUGCAACUUGAGCAGAGUGAUCAGGGUACAUACCUUUGCAAAGCUUCAAACAGCGUCGGCACGGCUACAUGUUCCACUGAAAUGAGAGUUAUAGACAAACCCAUCUUCGUAAAAACGUUUGAGUCAACAUUUAUAGCAGUGGGUAACCCACUGAAGCUGGAGUGUCAGGUGAAUGAAGAUAUAGGAGUGACCAUCAGCUGGACGAGAGAUGGCAAGAAACUCCAUAAUACAAUGGAUAGCAAAAUUUCUUUUGAGGAGAAAGUGGCCUGCCUUGAAAUCCCGAAGGCCAAGCUUAAAGAUACUGGCACUUAUGCCUGCAUUGCUGCGAACGAUGCUGGAAGCAGCACUUACUCUUCUGUGGUAACUGUACAAGAACCUCCAGCAUUUGUAAAGAGACUGGAGCCUAAGAUACUAUGGAAACAAGGCAUAUCUGCACGCUUGCUGUGCACUGUUAAAGGAUCUCCUGUACUUCAUGUUACUUGGUUUUUAAAUGACAAACAACUUGAUUCCAGUGAGAGACACAAAAUUGUGUUCAAAGAUGGUCACGCCUCACUUGAAAUUGCAGCCCUUGCUGUGUCCGACAGUGGGAAUUACACUUGUGAAGUAAUGAAUGAGGCUGGCUGUGAAAGCUGCAGCACACAACUGACUGUUAAAGAACCACCUGCUUUCAAAAAGGAACUGGAAAUGGUGGAAGUAGUGAAGGGACAAACAGCCCAAAUGAGCUGUGAAGUUACAGGCACUGUUCCAUUUGAAGUGACCUGGUUUAAGGAUAAGAAGCCAAUUGCUGCUGAUAAAAAACACAAAAUAGUUUCAAAGGAUGCUGUUUCUUAUUUGGAAAUACAGUCAUUUGAUAGUGCAGAUGUUGGUGAUUAUCAAUGUUGUGUUUCAAAUGAUGUUGGUAAAGUAACAUCAAAAGCAGUAGCCAAGCUAAAAGACCCACCAUCUUUUGUAAAGAGGGUUGAAAAUACGACUGCAGUUUUGGGAAGUGCUGUGAAACUGCAGGGUACUCUUAAAGGUUCAGCCCCUAUUACUGUCAAGUGGCUCAAAGAUUCUGAAAUACUCAGAGAUGAUGAUCCUAAUAUUGCCACAACCUUUGAACAUAACAUUGCCAUUUUGGCAAUUGCAAAAGUUGCCUUAAAUCAUGGUGGGAAAUACACAUGCCAAGCUGAAAAUGAGGCUGGUCAACAAAAAAGUGAAGCCACGUUAUCAGUUCAAGAACCUGCUAGGAUUGUUGAUAAAGCACCAUCCAUCAGUGUAACUGCAGGGGACUCUGCAACUUUGGAGUGCACUGUCUCUGGAAGUCCAGAUCUCAAAGUAAAGUGGCUCCGUGAUGGCAAGGAAAUGACCACAAGCCGAAAAUACAAAGUCACCUUUAAAGACAAUGUAGCAAGCUUAAAAAUCCUCUCGGCAGAGAGGGGAGAUAGUUCUGAAUACACUGUUGAAGUUUCGAAUAAGGUCGGAAAAGACCGCUGCUCUUGCUCAGUCACAGUUCUUGAUAAAAUUAUACCCCCAACCUUCACAAAAAGUCUUAAAAAGGUUGAUGGUAAUGUUGGGGGCAGUGUUCAGAUGGAUUGCAAGGUGUCUGGGUCCCAGCCCAUGAAAAUAUCUUGGUUCAAAGACGGAAAGGAGAUCACAACUGAGAUGAAGUACCAGACUGAGUUCAAAGAAAGCACUGCAACUUUAAAAAUACCUACUUUAGAGACCAUUGAUGCUGGAGUUUUCACCUGCCAUGCCACUAAUACGGCAGGGCACAGUGAGACUAGUGGAACAGUAUCUGUUAAAGAGCCUCCAGUCUUUACACUGAUGCCUGAAUCUCAAGAAGUUAUACCAGGAUCUACUGUUGUUCUGAAAGCUGCUUUCACUGGAACCGUGCCUUUUGCCAUUAAAUGGUUCAGAGAAGAGAAAGAGAUAUUAACCGGAGGCACUUGUUUCAUCAAGAAAGAAGCCUCUUCAACUACCCUAGAGUUGCACUCUGUGAAGCCAUCUCAUUCUGCCAAAUAUACUUGCCAAGUGGCUAAUGAUGCAGGAAAGGUUUCAUGCACCGCUGACUUGUUUGUAAAAGAACCUCCUAAGUUUGUGAUGAAACUUGACUCAACUAAAUUAGCAGUGAAUGGAAGUUCUGUGGUUUUGGAGUGUAAAGUAACUGGCAGCCCUGAAAUCACUAUUAAGUGGCUUAAAAAUGAAACAGAAAUUAGCCCAAGUGAAAAAUACCAAAUGAGUUUCACCAACUCAGUUGCUACACUGUGUAUGUCCAAUUGUAGUGUUGAAGACAGUGGAGAUUAUAUUUGUAUAGCGUCCAGCGAUGCUGGCAGUGAUCGAUGCAGUUGCUUGGUCACAGUCAAAGAACCUCCUGUUUUUGUGAAAUUAUUUGAGUCCAAAGAAGUUGUCAAAGGUUCGGACGUUGUGCUGGAGGGAUCCGUCUCAGGCUCAGAUCCCUUCGAGGUCUCUUGUUUUAAAGACUCGAAGCAAAUCAGAAAUGACCGUCGUCAUAUCAUUACCAUAAAAGAUGGUAUAGUUAAUGUCCAGAUUCUGAAAUUUGAACACGGAGAUGCUGGAAAAUAUCAGUGCACUGUAGGAAAUGAAGUAGGACAGACAUCAUGUGAUUGUGAAAUUAUACUGAAAGAGCCACCAUCAUUUGUGCAGAAGCUAGAUAACAUGAGUGUCCUCCUCGGCAGUGAGCUUACUAUGCAGUGUGUUUUGAAAGGCUCUUUGCCUAUCACAGUCUCAUGGAUGAAAGAUGACCAUGAGGUCAAGGACACUGAGCAUGUCCAGAUUUCCUUUGAAAACAGAAUAGCAGUGCUGCACUUGUCUUGUGUACAGUUAAAGCAUGGUGGAAAGUACACGUGUCAUGCUCAGAAUGAAGCUGGAAGCCAGAAGUGUACAGCAGCUUUGGUAGUCAAAGAGCCAGCAAAUAUCACAGAGCAGGCCAAGUCCAUCAGUGUCACUGUAGGAGAUCCUGCCACUCUGGAGUGUAGGUUCUCAGGCACUAAGGCCCUGAAAGCCAGAUGGCUAAAGAACGGAAAAGAGCUUAUGUUGGGGAGAAAAUACAAAGUACAAAGCACUGAUAAGAGCUCUAUGUUAAAGAUCUUGUCUGCAGAGAGGGCUGACGAAGGCGAAUAUACCUUUGAGGUUUCAAAUGAUGUUGGCAGUGGCACAUGUGAGGCUUUCGUGACAGUAUUAGAACCACCCACUAUCAUUGAGAAGCCUGAGUCACAGGAUGUCAUACCUGGAACAAGAGUGAAGUUCAAUGUACUUGUAUCUGGUACUCCUCCGCUGACUAUCAAGUGGUUCAAAGACAAAAAAGAGGUCUUAUCAGGGGUUGACUGCUCAGUUCAAAAAGAUGAUUCUUCAAGUUCCCUUGAGCUCUUUUUCACUAAGCCAUCAGACUCUGGACAGUACACCUGUAAAAUAACAAAUGAUGUUGGGUCUGAUUCCUGCCAGGCAAUGCUUUUUGUCAAAGAACCUCCAAAAUUCACCCGAAAACCAGACAAAGUUUCAGUGGUGAAAUCUGGCCAGUCUGUAGUUUUUGAGUGUCAGGUUGUGGGCACUCCUGAAAUAGACACAUACUGGUUCAGAGAUGGCAAUGAAAUAAGUCCAGGCGCCAAGCAUAAAAUUACUUUUGGCAACUCACUGGCACGGCUUGAGAUAACUGAUGCUGAUGUCAAAGACAGUGGAGUAUAUUACUGUGAGGCCAGAAACGAAGCAGGUAGUGAGAGCUGUAGUAUGGAGCUGAAGGUCAAAGAACCACCAGUUAUUGUGAAGCCGUUCACCUCAGUAGAGGUUGUGAAAGGAUCAAAUGCUUCUUUUGAGUGCCAAAUUAAAGGCACUGCUCCUUUUGAGAUUACCUGGCAAAAGGAUUCAAAGGAGAUAAAACCAAGCACUAAACAUGUGUUCUCACAGAAGAAUGGCUCAAUAAUUGUUCUUGACAUACAGAAGUGUGAUGAUUUAGAUGUUGGCGAAUAUCUCUGUAUUGUUUCAAAUGAGGUUGGCAGUUGUUCAUGUAGCACAACACUAAGCAUAAAAGAACCACCAUCUUUUGUAGAGAAGAUCCAAAAUGUGGCCACAGUGUUGGGAAACGUAGCUGAGUUAACAUGCAUUGUGAAGGGGUCACCUCCUUUGACCAUACAGUGGCAGAAAGAUGAAACCUGGAUUCUUGAAGAUCCCAAAAUUGAUAGAACAUUUGAGAAUAAUGUUGCCACUUUGAGAAUACCCAUUUGUGAGUCUAGCCAUAGUGGAAGAUAUACCUGCCAGGCAAUGAAUGAAGCAGGACAGGCGAAAUGUUUCGCUACACUGUUGGUGCAAGAGCCUCCACAGAUUAUUGAAAAGCCAGAAGUUAUAAACGUCACUGCUGGAGAUCCAGUCAGUUUUGAGUGCAAGGUAACAGGCACUCCUGAGCUGAAAGUGAAAUGGAGCAAAGGUGGUAAGGAGGUGGUCCCAUCCAGACAACACAGCCUCACCUUUGCCAAUAAUGUCAGCAAUCUUAAGAUUCAGUCUGUGCAGUUAGAUGAUGGAGGAACGUAUGCCUUUGAAGUUUCCAAUCACAUCAGUGUCUGCCAGUGCAAAGUGACUUUGAAUGUUCUAGAACAAAUAAUUCCUCCGGCCUUCAUCAAACCUCUGAGUGAUAUGGAGGACAUUCUAGGUUCCCCAGUAAAACUUGGAUGCAAUAUAUCCGGCUCUCUCCCAAUCUCUGUGGAGUGGUUCAAAGAUGGAACUAAACUCUCGGGUAGAACCAAGCAUAAACUGGUUCAGGAUAACAACAGCGUCUCUUUGGAGAUUGAGCGACUAGAGAAGGCAGACACUGGAACUUACUCUUGUAAACUCAUGAACAAAGCAGGCAGUUGUGAAUGCAGUGGAACGCUAAGGGUGAAAGAGCCUCCAAGCUUUGUGGUGGUGCCAGAACACCAGGCUGUCAUACCAAAUACCACUGUUCGUUUUAAGAGUACCUUUAAGGGAACACCUCCCUUCACAGUGAAAUGGUUCAGAGAGGACACUGAGUUGAUCACUGGACCUUCCUGUUUUAUUGGCCUCGAGGGGCUUUCAUGCUUCAUAGAUCUUUAUGCCGUGGGAAUUUCAAACACUGGGACUUACUCUUGCCAAGUUAGCAAUGAUGCUGGUACAGUGAAAUGUACCACAAGCUUAUUGGUGAAAGAACCCCCUGAGUUUGUUCAGAAACUGCCAGCAACAAAGUAUAUAAAGAUGGGAGAGCCACUUCGGCUUGAGAGCAAAGUUACUGGCACGCCUCCUUUGAAAAUUAGCUGGUACAAAAAUGAUGCCACUGUCACUGACACUGACAACAUGAGGAUGACAUUUGAUGACUCGGUGGCAGUGCUUGAGAUUUUCAGCACCAGCAAUAAUGAUGAUGGAGUGUACACCUGUGAAGCCCAAAAUGAUGCGGGAACUAAGAGUUGCAGCACCACUCUCUCAGUCAAAGAACCGCCAACUUUCCACAAAAAGCCCACACCCGUUGAGGGACUGAAAGGAAAAGAUGCCAGUCUUAACUGUGAGCUGAAGGGAACUGUACCUUUUGAGAUAACCUGGUUCAAAGCCAGCAAGCAACUGAAGGAAAGUAGAAAAUACAAGUUUGUGUCUGAGGGACACUCUGCAACUCUGCACAUCCUUGGUCUGGAGGCCUCAGAUGCUGGUGAAUAUGAGUGCAAAGCCUCAAACAAUGUGGGAAGUGAUGCCUGCCAGGCAACAGUGAAACUCAGAGAACCACCAGUUUUUGUCAAAAAGCUGUCCAAUACAACAGCCGUAUCUGGUGAGGAAGUGACUCUGGUGGCCACCGUCAAAGGUUCUAAGCCAAUCAGUGUGUCUUGGGUACAGGACAAGGACCAUAUUCUCACAGACAGUGACAAUAGGAAAAUUGCAUUUGAGAAUAACCAGGUCACUCUUAAAAUCUUUAAAGUGGAUCCCACAGCUGCUGGGAAGUACACCUGUCAGCUUAAAAAUGAUGCUGGUGUUGCAGAAUGCAUGGCAAACCUAACUGUUCUAGAACCCGCUGCAAUUUUGGAUAAGACAGAAUCCGUGAGUGUCACAGCAGGUGAUGCUGCAGCUUUAGAAUGCAGUGUAUCUGGAACCCCAGAGCUCAAACCAAAGUGGUACAAAGAUGGAGUGGAGUUGUCUUCUGGCAGGAAUUACAAAAUCACCUUUUCCAAAAGGAUUUCCUCUCUUAAAGUGCUGUCUGCACAGAAAGGUGAUACUGGAGAGUACACCUUUGAGAUCAAGAAUGAGGUUGGCAGUGACAGCUGCAAAAUGCACCUCACUGUCUUAGAUAAAAUUAUCCCUCCCACAUUUUCACGGAAAAUGAAGGACACCCAGAGUAUCAUUGGCAAACAUAUUGAAAUGGACUGUAAGGUCUCAGGUUCUGCACCUCUCACCAUUUCUUGGUACCACAACGGAGAAGAAGUCACAAGUGGACCAAAUUAUGAGAUUAGUUUUGCUGAUAAUACCUGUACCCUCAAGCUGCCCAAUCUGAAACUGUCAGACUCGGGUUCAUACACGUGCAAGGCACUGAACAGUGCUGGGGCUGCCGAGACUACUGCCUCACUUGUUGUUAAAGAACCUCCAUCUUUUGUGACACCACCUCAGCCAAUGGAGGCCCUCCCGGGCUCAAAUGUCACAUUUACUGCCACUGUGAGGGGAAGUGCCCCAUUAAAACUGAAAUGGUUCAGAGGCAGUAAAGAAAUUGUGUCUGGUAGAGGCUGUCAGAUUGACUUGAGAGGAGACACAGCCAUACUGGAGCUCUUUAAAAUUGACACAUCCCAUGCAGGCGAAUAUACCUGCAAGAUCAUUAAUGACGCAGGGAAGGAAAACUGCCCUGUCACUCUUUUUGUGAAAGAGGCUGCACGUUUUGUCAAGAAGCUAAAGAAUCUCUCAGUUGAAAUGGGCAAGUCAAUGAUACUGGAGUGCACAUAUGCUGGAAGCCCUAAGAUUCUUGUAAAAUGGUACAAAGAUGGUCAGGAGAUCUUCUCCUCUUACAAAUAUAAUAUCACAACCACUGAGAGCUCCUGCAUCUUGGAGUGUCUGAACAGUGAUAAAGAGUCUGCAGGAAAGUACACUUGCGAGGUUUCAAAUGAUGCUGGACACGACACCUGUGAUGCCACAGUGUCUAUAUUAGAACCACCUUCCUUUAUUGAGAGUUUGGAACCGAUGGAAGUGACUGCAGGUGAUGCGGUCUGUCUGAAAUGCCAGAUUGUGGGGACCCCUGAGAUCAAAGUGUCCUGGUUCAAAGGAGAUGGCAAAGUCAGAUCUUCCCCAACUUGUAGAAUUGAGUACUCCAAAGGCACGGCUUGCUUGAGAUUAACUAAAGCCUCAAAAGUCGAUAUUGGCGAAUACACUUGUAAGGCAGAAAACAGCAUUGGGUCUGCAACUUCUACCUGUUAUUUAACUGUACAAGAGGCCAAAACGCCCCCUUCAUUCCCCAAGAAAAUUACUAGCAUUCAGCAAACUGAAGGACAUAGUGUCCAGUUUGAGUGUCGUGUUGCAGGAUCCUCUCCUAUGGAGAUUUCUUGGCUUAAAGAUGGUGAACCUCUGAGAAGUGACUCAGAGUACACAAUGACUUUUGAUGAUAAUUCUGCUGUCCUGAAAAUCGCCAAGGGUGAAAUGAGACACUCUGGAGAAUACACUUGCGUUGCAACAAAUAGUGUUGGGACCGCCUCUUGUAGAGCCAAGCUCACACUUCAAGAGCCAAGAUACCCAGCUGUGUUUGAUAAAAAGCUUGUGCCUGUGGAAGUUUCAGUUGGAGAUAUCGUAGAACUGGAAUGCCACGUGACUGGAUCAUUACCAAUAAAAGUGACCUGGUCAAAGGAUCACAAAGAUAUCCGUACAGGGGGCAAUUAUAAGAUAUCGUUUGUGGAAAACACCCCACAUCUCACUAUUCUGAAGGCAGAUAAGGCUGACUCUGGCCGCUACUCUUGCCAUGCUAGUAAUGAUAUGGGGAAGGACUUUUGUUCGACAGAAGUUAUUGUGAAAGAACGCAAAAUUCCUCCAAGCUUCACCAAAAAGCCUUCAGAAACAGUGGAGGACACUGAGGGCAAGUUAGUGAAAAUUGAGGCCCGUGUUGCUGGAUCGCAGCCCAUGACGGUCAGCUGGUUCAAAGAUGGCACGGAAAUCUUCAGCUCUGACAAUUAUGAUAUAACCUUCAAAAACAAUAUGGCUGUGCUGUUCAUCAAGAAUUCCCGCCUCUCAGAUAGUGGUACUUACACAUGCAAAGCCAACAACGAGGCUGGCGCUGCUUCUUGCCAGGUUUCUGUCCACAUUACAGAGCAAAAGGUACCUCCAAGCUUUGACUUGUCUCUUAAACCUGUGACGGUGAAUGAGGGCGAGACACUCUUUCUUAGCUGCCAUGUACGUGGCUCUCCUCCACUGAAAAUUCAAUGGCUGAAGGACAGGAGGGAGCUGACAUCUUCUGCCAGCACCAAGAUCACAUUUGUAGAUGGCACUGCCACAUUAGAAAUAGUCCGUGUGUCUAAAACAGAUGCAGGAGAUUAUCUCUGUAAGGCAACCAAUGAAGUUGGUAGCGAGUUCUGCAAGUCUAGAGUCACUAUCAAAGAGAAAGCAGGAGCUCCUGUUCCAGCUCCCACAGCUCCCACAGCUCCUGCAGCUCCUGAACCAGUUAAGAAACUGGACAACUUGUUCUUUAUUGAGGAACCCAAGAGUGUCCGGAUUACUGAGAAGGGCAUUGCAACCUUCAUCGCCAAAGUUGGGGGUGAUCCCAUUCCUAAUGUGAAAUGGAUGAAAGGCAAGUGGAGACAGAUGAGUCAUGGUGGCCGCAUCACCAUUGAUCAGAAAGGACAGGAGGCCAAGCUGGAGAUCAGAGAAACAACCAAAUCUGACUCUGGCCAGUAUAGAUGUGUAGCCGCUAACAAGCAUGGAGAAAUCGAGUGCAGCACCGAACUGAAUGUCGAUGAGAAGAAAGAGAUUGUACUUGAAACAGUUAAACUGAAGAAGACACCCUCAAAGCAGAAAAGCCCGAAAGAGGAAAAGGAAAUUGACAUUGUUGAGCUGCUCAGAAACGUGGAUCCCAAAGAGUAUGAGAAAUAUGCCCGCAUGUACGGCAUCACAGACUACCGAGGCAUUCUUCAGGCCAUUGAGCAGCUCAAGAGGGAGAAAGAAGAAGAAAGUGGAAGACCGGAAGUGGAACGUGCAAGACAUGAGCCAGAUGAAGAUUUGGCUAAACUUGUGGCUGAUUUGCAGAAAAGGAUGGAGCAAACUGAGCCUGUUACAUUGAUCAAAGACAUCACAGACCAGACAACAGAUGCCAACAAGGAGGCUGUCUUUGAAUGUGAGAUCAAGAUCAACUACCCAGAGAUCAUGCUGACCUGGUACAAAGGAACCCAGAAACUUGAAACAAGUGACAAAUACGAGAUCAAAAUUAGUGGUGACCGCCACAUCUUGAAAAUCAAGAACUGCCAGACCAGGGAUGAAGGCAGCUACCGAAUUGUUUGUGGACCUCAUAUUUCCAGCGCCAAACUUACAGUAUUGGAAGGUGAAGUGGAACAGCACAUGGAGGAUGUUGCUGGUAAGGAAGGCCAAACCUGCACACUAACAUGCCAGUUCUCCAUACCCAAUGUAAAGGCACAGUGGUUUAAAAAUGGAAAGCUUUUAGAGCCUCGUGGCCGAUACACAUUCACUGUGGCCAAUUACGCUCAGAAGCUCUCGAUCAAAGACGUUAGGCCUGAAGACCAGGGAGAAUAUAUGUGCAAAUACAAAAACCUUGAAACAGCUGCAAAUCUUUGGGUUGAAGCGGAACAAAUUCAUUUCACUAAGCGCAUUCAGAACAUUGUUGUCCGGGAACGUCAGUCCGCAACUUUUGAAUGUGAAGUGUCCUUCGACAACGCGGUAGUAACAUGGUACAAGGAUACAUGGGAGCUUAAAGAGAGUCCAAAGUACACAUUCAGAAGCGAAGGCCGACGGCACUUUAUGAUCAUCCGCAACGUAACCUCUGAGGAUGAAGGCGUGUAUUCGGUGAUUGUCAGAUUGGAGCCCAGAGGUGAAGCCAAAAGUACAGCAGAGCUGUAUCUGUCUGGUAAAGAAAUUGAUGUAGGGAGGGUACCUUAUGAUAUCCCAGAUUCAUCAAUACAAGUCCCUGAAGCACCAUCUGCAUUUACUAUUGAAGCUGAAUCUUCUGCAGAAUACUAUCAUUAUGAAGAAAAGAUGGAAGUACAAGAAUAUGAGUAUGAAUACAGGACAGAAGAGAGGAUAGUAGAAGAAGUCUCUAUGACAGCCCUGAGGAUCCCUGUGGAAGAGACUAUUGAGAGAAAAGCAUUAGGAAUGAGAGAGGAAGUUCCAAUCAAAGUUCCAGAGGAGGAACGAGUUGAGGAGAAGGAAGUAGCACCACCUAAAGUACCCGCAGUCAAGAGACCUGUGGAGGAAACAAUUGUACCAGUAAAGGUGGAGAAACCAAAAGAACGUCCCACACUGAAAGAACCUGAAGCGAUACCUGCUCCUCAGCCAACUCCAGUCACUCCCAAGAAAGUGCCAGAACCUGUAGCUCCUGUGGUUCCAGAGCCUAAACCCAAAGUACCAACGCCUAAACCUGCCCCAGUAGCUGAACCCAAAGCAGAGCCCAGGCUGGAAGUUAAGCCUGAGCCUGUACCUGAGGCUAAGGUGAAACCAGCUCCUGAGCCAAAACCUGUACCUGAGAAGAAAACUGAGUUACCUCCAGCCAAAGUUCCUCCGGAGGUCAAAAAACCAAAAUCAGCUGAACCAGAACCACCAAGGCCAGUACCAGCCGAACCAGAACCAGUCAUCUUGGUUCCUAAGGAAGUAGCUCCUCAAAAAGUUCAUGUGGAGGAAGAGAAGCGAAAACCAACUCCAGAACCACCAAAAGCUGUGCCACCUAAACCCGAACCAGCAAAACCCACUGUGGUCCCUAAGGAGGUAGCCGCUCAAAAAGUUCAUAUAGAGGAAGAAAAACGAAAACCAGUUCAGCCAGAACCACCAAAAGCUGUGCCACCUAAACCUGAACCAGAGCAUCCCACAGUGGUUCCUCAGGAAAUAGCCCCUCAAAAAGUUCGUGUGGAAGAAGAGAAACGAAAACCAGUUCUGCCAGAACCACCAAAAGCAGUGCCCCCUAAACCUAAACCAGAAAAACCCACUGUGGUUCCUCAGGAAGUAGCCCCUCCAAAAGUUCGUGUGGAAGAAGAAAAACGAAAACCAAUUCAGCCAGAACCUCCAAAAGCAGUGCCACCUAAACCAGAACAACCCACUGUGGUUCCUCAGGAAGUACCUGAGCCUAAACUUGAGGUCAAGCCUGAGCCCAAACCUGAGGUCAAGCCAAAGCCUAAACCUGAGCCUAAACUUGGGAAAGUUUCUCCUGUUGAAGAGGGUGACAAGGGACCUGUUGCUGCACCUGGACCUGUGAAAAAAGAGGGGACACCAAAAGAGGAGGCUGGAAGAGGCAGAGGGUUGAAACCAAGAAAAACUCCCUCACCUGGUGAUGUUGGACGAGGAAGAGGACUAAAACCAGGUGCAGGUGGUGACAAACCUCCAGGGGAGUCACCAUUUGGUUUCCAGCUCAAGGCUGUCCCUCUGAAGUUUGUGAAGGAACUCCAAAACAUUGUGCUGCAGGAAGCUGAGUCAAUAGGUUCUUCUGCUGUAUUUGAGUGCCAGAUUUCUCCUUCUACUGCUAUUACCUCAUGGAUGAAAGACGGAAGCAACCUGAGGGAGAGUCCAAAACACAAGUUUACCUCUGAUGGCAAAGACCGCAAACUGGCCAUCAUUGAUGUCCAGCUGUCCGACACAGGGGAGUACACAUGCAUUGCUAAGCUUGGAAAUAAAGAGAAGACCUCUACUGCCAAACUUAUUGUAGAAGAGUUGCCUGUGAGAUUCACCAAGACUCUGGAAGAAGAGGCGUCUGUAAUCAAAGGACAGCCCUUGUAUUUGACCUGUGAGUUGAGUAAAGAGAGGAGUGUGGUCUGGAAGAAGAAUGGAAUUCCACUCUCAGCAGUUCCCGGCAAGAUUGCCAUCAAUGUUAUUGGACUGCAACAUGCUUUGACAAUUCAAGACUCAAAUGAUGAUGAUGCUGCUGUUUACACAUGCGAAUGCGAGAACCUUCAGACACAGACAAACGUCAAAGUCAUCGAAAUAAUAAGAGACUGGUUGGUGAGACCUCUCAGGGAUCAGCACGUGAAACCGAAAGCCACUGCUACCUUCAAGUGUGAGCUCUUCAAGGACACUCCCAACUGGAAAUGGUUAAAGGGAGAUGAAGAAAUUCCCAUUGAACCAACAGAUAAGACCGAGGUCAAGAAGGACGGAAAAGAUAUCACACUGGCCAUUAAGAAUGCCCAGCCAAAUGAUGCUGGCGAGUAUGCCAUUGAGGUCGAAGGCUGCAGAUAUCCUGCAAAACUCACACUUGGAGAACGUGAAGCUGAGAUCUUGAAGCCUCUUGCUAGUGUGGAGGUGAAGGAGAAGGAGGAGGCUAAUUUUGACACUGAAAUCUCUGAGGAUGAUGUGCCUGGGGAAUGGAAGCUUAAAGGACAGGUUCUAACAAGAUCACCGACAUGUGAUAUCAGGGCAGAGGGACGGAAGCGAUUCCUUACUCUGAAAAAUGUUCAGCUUGACCAGGCUGGAGAAGUUACAUACCAAGCUCUGAAUGCCAUCACAAGUGCAAUGCUGACAGUCAAAGAAAUCGAAAUGGACUUCACAGUCCCACUAAAGGAUAUUACGGUUCCUGAAAAGAAACAGGCAAAGUUUGAGUGUACCAUCACUAAAGAUGUGCCUAAAGUGAUGUGGUAUAGAGGGUCUGAUAUUGUAGUAUCAGACCAGAAAUAUGAUAUUAUUGAUGAUGGAAAGAAACACAUGUUGGUCAUAAACCACUGUGAAUUUGAUGAUGAGGGAGAAUACACUAUUGAGGUCUUGGGUAAAACAUCAACAGCUAAACUGACAGUGGAGGGUAUAAGACUGAAGUUUAUCUCACCGAUGUCGGAUCAAACUGUGAAGGAAGGUAAAACGGCUCGGUUUGAGAUUGAGCUUUCUCAUGAGAACGUGCCUGUGACUUGGUACAAAAAUGAAACAAAACUGCAUCCGAGCAGAACGGUGCUUACCCAUGUCGAUGGAAAGAGACAUAUAUUAGAAAUUAAGGAAGUCACUCUAGAUGAUACCUGCCAGAUAAAGGCAGAAGCAAAAGGAAUAUCAACUACAGCAAACCUGACGGUCCUAGAGGGAGACGCCUACUUCACAGUGAAACUGCAGGACUACACUGCAGUCGAAAAAGAUGAGGUCAAUCUUGACUGCGAGCUGAGCAGAGAUGUUCCUGUGAAGUGGUUCCACAAUGAGACUGAAAUUAAGGCCUCCAAGUUGGUUUCCAUGAAGACAGAGGGCAAACGGAGAAUCUUGACGAUUAAGAAAGUGGGGGACAAAGACAAGGGCCAGUAUGUCUGUGACUGUGGAACAGACAAAACAGUGGCCACUGUGAACAUUGAAGCUCGUGACAUCAAAGUGGUUCGCCCCAUGUAUGGUGUUGAGCUGUUCGAUGGCGAGACUGCACGUUUUGAAGUGGAGCUCUCCGAGGAUGAUGUCCAUGGCCAGUGGAAACUGAAAGGAGAAGUUCUUUCUCAGUCACCUGACGUUGAAAUCAUUGAGGAUGGCGCCAAGCACACUUUAACUUUGUACAACUGCAAAGUUCCCCAAUCAGGCGAGGUUUCAUUCCAGGGUGCCAAUGCAAAGUGUUCUGCAAAUCUGAAAGUCAAAGAGCUGCCCAUCACUUUCCUUACACCUUUGAGUGACGUGCAAGUGUAUGAGAAAGACGAUGCAAGGUUUGAGUGUGAAAUAUCACGAGAGCCGAAGACCUUCCGCUGGCUGAAGGGAACCCAGGAGUUGAAGGCUGACGAGAAAUUUGAAAUUGUUUCAGAGGGAAAAAGGCACGCUCUGGUGGUCAAAUCUGCAGCCUAUGACGAUGAGGCUAAGUACAUGUUUGAGGCUGAGGACAAAAGAACUACUGGCAAACUCAUUAUUCAAGGCAUUCGUCUUGAAUUUGUGAAGCCCAUCAAGGACGUGACCGUGAAGGAGCGUGAGACGGCGGAGUUCAGUAUUGAACUUUCCCAUGAGAAAGUUCAGGUCACCUGGUACAAAAAUGAUGUCCGCCUGCAUCCGAGCAAAGUGGUGCACAUGUCAGAACAGGGCAAGAUCCACACUCUCUCCUUCAAGGAGGUGUCAAUUGAUGAUACCUCUUUGAUUAAAGCAGAGGCCCUUGGAAAAACCUGUGAGGCCAUGCUCACUGUUCUUGAGGGAGAAGCCUACUUCACCACCAAGCUGCAGGACUACACAGCUGUUGAGAAGGAUGAAGUGGUGCUGAUGUGUGAACUGAGCAAACCCUCUGCUGAGGUGAAAUGGUUCAAAGAUGGCAAGGAAAUUACCCCAUCCAAGAAUGUCCUCAUCAAGGCAGAUGGAAAGAAACGCAUACUAACAGUUAAGCGGGCUGAUAAAAGCAAUAUAGGCGAAUACACUUGUGACUGUGGCUCUGAUAAAACAACAGCUAAGCUCAAUAUUGAGGAGCGUGACAUUAAGGUCGUUCGUCCACUGUACAGCGUGGAAGUCAUAGAGACUGAGACUGCUCGCUUUGAGACAGAGAUCUCUGAGGAGGAUGUGCAUGGUAACUGGAAACUUAAAGGAGAGGCUCUGCACCAGUCUUCUGACUGUGAGAUCAAGGAAGAAGGAACAAGACACUUGCUCAUUCUCUACAAUGUGCAGAUGGUCAUGGCUGGCGGUGUGGACUUUAGUGCUGCCAAUGCUAAAUCUAGUGCUCAUCUGAGAGUUAAAGCACGAACGAUAGGCCUUUUGCGGCCUCUCAAGGAUGUUACAGUCACGGCUGGGGAGACUGCAACUUUUGACUGCGAACUGUCAUAUGAAGGCAUAUCUGUGGACUGGUUCCUUGGGGGUACAAAGCUGGAACCAAGUGACAGAGUGGUGACCCGAGCAGAGGGCAGAACUCACACGCUGACCCUAAGAGAUGUGAAGCUGACAGAGGCAGGAGAAGUAAAACUCACUGCAAAGGAUUUCCAAACCCAGGCCAAACUCAUCGUAAAAGAGCCUCCAGUCGAGUUCACCAAGCCGCUUGAGGACCAGACUGUGGAGGAGGAAGCUACUGCCAUACUAGAGUGCGAAGUCUCCAAAGAAAGAGCAGAAGUCAAGUGGUUCAGAGAUGGACAGGAAAUCCGUAAAACUAAGAAGUAUGAGAUGGUUGCUGAGGGCUGCAAGAGAAAGCUCAUCAUUCUUGACUGCACACUUGACGAUUCAAAAACAUACACCUGUGAUGCCAAAGACUUCAAGACCUCUGCUUUCUUGAAUGUUGAACCUCCACAUGUGGAGUUCACAAAGCCGCUUCAUGAUGUUGAAGUCAUGGAGAAAGAAACUGCCAAGUUUGAAUGCGAGGUUUCCAGAGAAAAUGCCAAGGUUCGCUGGUUCAAGGAUGGAAAUGAAAUCAGAAAGGGCAAGAAAUAUGAAAUCAUUUCCAAAGGAGUUCAGCGUAUUCUUAUCAUUAGCAAGUCAGUGUUUGAUGAUGAGGCCGAAUAUGAAUGUGAUGCAAAGACUUCCAGGACCUCUGGCAUGCUGACUGUCAUUGAGGAGGAGGCAAGGUUCACAAAGAACUUGGCUAAUGUGGAAGGCACUGAAACUGACGGUAUUAAACUGAUCUGUGAGGUCUCAAAGCCCAGUGCAGAGGUUGUCUGGUAUAAGGGUGAUGAGGAACUGCCUGAGGGUGGACGAUAUGAACAUAUUGCAGAUGGCAGAAAGAGAGUUCUCCUCAUCCAGGACCUUCGUAUGGAUGAUGCUGGAGAAUACCACUGCAAACUGCCCAGCUCACAAACCACAGGGACACUGAGAAUUAAUGAACUCGCCGCCGAGUUUAUUUCUAGACCCCAGAGCCAAGAAGUGGUUGAGGGUGAAAAAGCUGAGUUUGUGUGCUCAGUGUCCAAAGACUCAUAUGAAGUCAGAUGGCUCAGGGGUGACAAAGAACUCCAAACAGACGACAAAUACGAAAUUAUUUCUGAUGGCAAAAGAAGGGUCCUUGUGGUCAAGAACUGUGAGCGUAACGAUGAGGGACAUUUUGUAGCCCUUAUUGGCGCCACAAGAGCUAGUGCUGAUUUGACAGUGCUUGAGAAGCUUAGAAUUAUCACACCCCUCAAGGACACAAAGGGAAGUGAAGGACAAGAGAUUGUUCUCAACUGUGAGGUGAAUACAGAGGAAGCCAAGGCCAAGUGGCUGAAGAAUGACGAAACACUGUUCGAGAGCAGCAAGUUUAUCAUGGUCCAGAGAGACACUGUUUUUUCUCUGAGGAUUAAAAAUGCUGAGAAGUCAGAUGAAGCUACUUACACCAUCACACUGACCAAUCAGCGUGGUGAAUAUGCUAAGAGCUCAGCCAAGAUUAGCGUGCAAGAGGAAGACCUGAAAAUCGUUGUUCCUCUUGAGGAUAUUGAAACACAAGAAAAGAAGACCAUUUCCUUCUCAUGCAAAGUGAACAAGCCAAAUGUGACUGUGCAGUGGAUGAAGGCAGGCCAGGAAAUCACUUUAAGCAAGCACUUUGUAUAUCGCGUUGACAAAGACAAGCACACUUUGACCAUUAAGGACUGUAGCCUUGCAGAUGAGGGUGAAUACUCUGUCAUUGCCGGUUCUGACAAGUCAACAGCUGAGCUGAUAAUCAGUGAAGCGCCGACUGACUUCACAACUCAACUCCAAGAUCAGACUAUCACUGAGUUUGAAGAUGCUGAGUUUACUUGCCAGCUCUCCAAAGAGAAGGCUGAAAUUAAAUGGUACAGAGAUGGCCGAGAGAUCAGAGAGGGUCCAAGAUAUCAGUUUGAGCGUGAUGGAAAGACGUGCACACUACGCAUUAAGGAAUGCAGACCUGAUGAUGAAUGUGAAUAUGCCUGUGGAGUUGAUGACAAAAAAUCCAGGGCUCGCCUCUUUGUUGAAGAGACCCCAGUGGAGAUCAUCAGACCACCAGUUGAUGUAUUUGAGCCCCCAGCCUCCGAUGUUAUAUUUGAGGUUGAGCUGAACAAAGACAAAGUUGAAAUUAAAUGGCUAAGAAACAACAUGACAAUUGUCCAGGGUGACAAAUACCAGAUGAUGAGUGAAGGCAAGAUUCACAGACUCCAAGUCUGUGAGAUCAGGCCUCGUGAUCAGGGUGAAUACAGAGUCAUCGCCAAAGACAAGGAUGCAAGAGCCAAGCUUGAGCUUGCAGCUGUGCCAACGAUAAAGACUUUGGAUCAGGACCUGGUGACAGAUGCUGGAAAACCAUUUGUCAUGUCAGUUCCUUACAGUGCAUACCCACAUGCUGAGGCUGAAUGGUUCUUUGACACCAUCAGCCUGCCAAAGGAACAUGUUCACACCUCUACCGACAAGACAGAGUACAGACUGAAGGACCCUAAGAAGUCAGAGGAGGGCCGAUACAAGAUUGUUAUUAAGAACAAGCAUGGACAGGGAGAGGCUUUCAUUAAUCUGAAAGUUGUUGACGUUCCUGGGCCUGUGAAGAAUCUACAUGUGGUGGACACUUCUGAUGGUGAGGUCAGCAUUGCCUGGGAUGAGCCUGAGAGCGAUGGUGGCAGCAAGAUCUUGGCCUAUGUGGUGGAAAGACGAGAUGUCAGGCGCAAGACCUGGACGUUGGCCACUGACCAGGCUGACAGCACAGAGUACACGGUCACUGGGCUGCAGAAGGACUCUCUGUAUUUCUUCCGUGUUUGCGCACGCAACAGAGUUGGAAGUGGGCCAAAUGUGGAGACGGAUAAAGCUGUACAAGCCAAGAAUAAGUUUGAUGUUCCAGAUGCACCUCAGAAUGUUGCUGUUGGAAAUGUCAGCAAGUUUGGUGCCACAGUCUCCUGGGAACCACCACUGUUUGAUGGUGGAUCAGAAAUCACAUCAUACAUCAUUGAGCUCCGUGACAGGACAUCUGUGAAAUGGUCUCCAGUCAUGGUGACCAAACCUGAAGACCGUACAGCCAUAAUCAAUGAUGUUAUUGAGAACAAGGAAUACAUUUUCCGUGUUAGAGCAGAGAACAAGGCUGGUCCUGGCAAGCCAAGUGCUGCCACUAACCCAGUUAAAAUCAUGGACCCAAUAGAGAGGCCAAGCCCACCCCUGAAUUUGACACACUCUGAACAAACCAAAGAGGGCUGUCUGCUAACUUGGGAGACGCCUCUUAAGAAUGGAGGCAGUGUGAUCACAGGCUACAUUAUAGAGAGAUGUGAGGAAGAUUCAGACAAGUGGCUGAGGUGUAAUGCCAGGCUUUGCCAAGACCUCGUCUACAGGAUGUCCGGUCUUAAAUAUGGAAAAAAGUACAGAUACAGAGUCAUUGCUGAGAAUGCAGCUGGUCAAUCUGACCCCUCUAAUAUUGUUGGACCUGAACUGGCAGAUGACCCACACUUUGCACCUACACUGGACCUGAGUGCCUUCAAGGAUGGCCUGGAAGUGAUUGUUCCUAAUCCUCUUAGAAUUCGUGUCCCAGUCACUGGAUACCCAACACCCUCUGCUAAGUGGACCUUUGGUGACAAGGAGCUCACUGCUGGUGACCGUGUGUCUAUGGUCACAAAGGCCACCUUCACCGAAUUAGUCAUUACUCCAAGUGUGCGUCCAGACAAAGGCAGAUAUUCUCUGACACUGGAGAAUGAUGUAAGCAGUGUCUCAGGAGAGGUUGACGUCAAUGUCAUUGCAUCGCCUAGUGCACCAAAGGACUUCAAGGUUGCAGAGGUAACCAGAAAUCAUGUGCAUCUUAUGUGGGAAGCACCAGAUCAUGAUGGAGGCAGCCCACUGACUGGCUACCAGGUUGAGAAGCGAGAAGUGUCCAGAAAGACUUGGGUCAAGGUCAUUACUGGUGUCCAAGACCAAGAGUUCACGAUCACAGAUGUAAUCGAAGGCAAGGAGUACUUGUUCAGAGUUGUUGCCUGUAACAAGUGUGGCCCUGGAGAACCUGCUUAUAUUGAUGAUCCAGUGAAUGUGUCUUCACCAGCCACUGUUCCAGACCCACCAGAGAAUCUUAAAUGGAGAGACAAGUCUGCCAGCAAAAUCUUCUUGUCAUGGGAGCCUCCAAAGUGGGAUGGUGGUGCUCCAAUUAAAGGCUACACUGUUGACAAAUGUCAGCGUGGCACUGACAAGUGGGAGCCAUGUGGAGACCCAGUGCCUGAGCUCAAGCUUGAGGUGACUGGUCUGAAAGAGGGUCAGUGGUAUGCUUAUCGUGUGAGGGCCUUGAACAGACUAGGCUCAAGUAGACCUAGCAAGGCAACUGAUGAGAUCUUGGCUGUUGAUCCUAAAGAGCCCCCAGAGAUUCACUUGGAUGCAAAACUACUGGCUGGUUUAACAGCAAAGGCUGGCACAAAGAUUGAACUUCCAGCUGAUAUCACAGGCAAACCAGAGCCUAAAGUAAAAUGGACCAAGGCUGACCUCAUUCUCAAGGAAGAUGACAGAAUCACUAUUGACACCAAGCCCGGUCAUUCCACAGUGAACAUUGCUAAGACUACAAGAGAUGACUCGGCAACUUACAUUGUUGAGGCAGUCAACAGCAGUGGACGUGCAACUGCAACAGUUGAUGUCAACAUCCUAGAUAAGCCUGGACCUCCAGCUGCCUUUGAUAUCUCUGAAAUAACCAGUGAGUCCUGCCUCCUGUCCUGGAAUCCACCCAGAGAUGAUGGUGGCUCAAGAGUGACAAACUACAUUGUUGAGAGGAGGGCUGCAGACAGUGAGAUUUGGUACAAGUUGUCAUCCACUAUAAAGCAGACCACCUACAAAGCCACAAAGCUUGUGACCUUCAAGGAGUAUAUCUUCAGAGUCUAUGCUGAAAAUCAGUUCGGCAUUGGUUUGCCAGCCGAACAUACACCGAUAAUUGCCAGAUAUCCCUUUGAUCCACCUGGACCCCCAUACAAACUUGAGGCAUCCGAUAUUGCAAAGGAUUCUGUCACUUUGACCUGGUAUGAACCUGAUGAAGAUGGUGGAAGUCCCAUCACUGGCUACUGGGUUGAGAGAUUUGAGCCAGAUGCUGACAAAUGGAUACGAUGCAAUAAACUACCAGUAAGCGACACUAACUUGAGGGUGAGAGGAUUGCCCACAAGAAAGAAGUAUAAGUUCCGUGUCCUGGCUGAGAAUCUUGCUGGACCUGGCAAACCAAGCAAGGAGACUGACCCAAUCCUGAUCAAGGAUCCAAUUGAUCCUCCAUGGCCUCCUGGCAAACCUCUUGUUAAGGAUGUUGCCAAAACUUCAGCUUUCCUGCAGUGGACUAAGCCUGAGCAUGACGGUGGUGCUAAGAUUGAGUCCUACGUUAUUGAGCUCCUCAAGAGCGGAACCGAGGAAUGGGUCCGUGUGGCAGAUGGUAUUCCUGCUCUUGAGUACUUCCUUAAGGGAUUGAUGGAGAAGCAGGAAUACUCUUUCCGUAUCAGAGCUGUCAAUGCAGCAGGCGAGAGUGAACCUAGUGAGCCUAGCAGCCCUGUGCUGUGCAAGGAGAGACUCAAUCCUCCAUCACCCCCAAGAUGGCUAGACAUAGUUAAUAUCUCCCGGAACAGUGCUGAACUGAAGUGGACGGCCCCUGAGAGAGAUGGUGGUUCACCAGUCACUAACUAUAUUGUUGAAAAGAGAGAUGUCAGACGCAAGGGCUGGCAAGCUGUUGACACCACUGUGAAAGAGCUGACAUACACUGUCACUCCACUGAACGAAGGCUCUCUCUAUGUAUUCCGUGUGGCAGCUGAGAAUGCUGUUGGUAUUAGUGAAUACUGUGAACUUGCUGACUCUGCUCUGGCAAAGGAUACAUUCACUACUCCUGGACCUCCUUAUGCUCUGACUGUCGAAGGGGUGUCAAAGACCCAUGUUGAUCUUAAAUGGGAGGCACCUAAGAACGAUGGUGGUAGACCUAUCUUGAGGUAUGUCAUCGAGAAGAAAGAGAAACUUGGAACCCGCUGGGUGAAAUCUGCAAAGACAGCAGGCCCUGACUGCAAGUACAGAGUGACUGAUGUAAUUGAAGGAACUGAGGUGCAGUUCCAGGUUCUUGCUGAGAAUGAGGCUGGUGUUGGUCACCCAAGUGAACCCACAGACAUUGUGGUAAUUGAGGACCCAACAGGUCCACCAUCUCCACCUCAGGAUCUCCAUGUCACCGAGGCAGCCAGAGACCAUAUCUCUGUUGCCUGGAAAGCCCCAGAAAGAAAUGGAGGAAGCCCAGUCACUGGCUACCACAUUGAGCUCUGUGAGGCUGGAACCGAGAAGUGGAUGAGAGUUAACUCUCGUCCAGUUAAAGAGCUGAAAUACAGAGCCGGGGAGGAAGAGGGCAUUGUUCCAGAGAAGCAGUAUAUUUUCAGAAUUCGUGCUGUCAAUGCUGUUGGUGCUAGCGAGCCCUCCGAGAUUUCUGAGAGUGUUUAUGCUAAAGACUCUGACUGCAGCCCUACCCUUGAGUUUCAGACGCAGGAUGUUAUUGUUGUGGAGGGUGAGAAGAUGCACCUACCCAUUCCAUUCAAGGCUGUACCAUCACCUAAGAUCACAUGGCACAAAGAUGGGAAGGAAAUGAAGGCUGAUGAACGAGUCUCAUUCAGAUCAGACUAUAUUUCCUGCCACCUGGAAAUUCCAAGCAGUCUGCAUGCUGAUGCUGGCCAGUACAAAGUUACCUUGGAGAACAGCCUUGGAGCAACCAGUGGGACAAUUAACGUUAAAGUUGUUGGUCUUCCUGGACCAUGCAAGGAAAUUGUUGCUAGUGAGAUCACCAAGAACUCCUGCAAAGUGUCAUGGGAUCCACCAGACUAUGAUGGUGGCAGCCCUAUUCUUCAUUAUGUCCUGCAGCGCAGAGAGGCUGGCAGAAGAACCUAUGUCAAUGUCAUGUCCGGAGAGAACAAAGUGAGCUGGCCUGUGAAGGACCUCAUUCCAAAUGGAGAGUACUACUUCCGUGUGAGAGCUGUCAAUAAGAUUGGUGGUGGCGAGUUUAUUGAGCUUCGCAAUCCAGUGAUUGCUGAGGAUCAGAAGCAUCCACCUGAUCCACCUGUUGAUGUUGAAACUCACAACCCUACUUCUGAUUCUGUGACCCUCACAUGGAAGCCACCUAUGUAUGAUGGUGGAAGCAAGAUCAUGGGUUAUAUACUGGAGAAGAUGAUGAAAGGCCAAGAGAAGUUUGAGAGAUGCAAUGACUUUUUAGUGCCAGUCUUAUCCUAUACUGUUAAAAACCUGAAGCAAGGAAAAGAGUACCAGUUUCGUGUGCGUGCAGAGAACGCAGCAGGCAUUAGUGAUCCUUCACGCAGCACUCCUUUGAUUAAAGCCACUGAUGCUGUUGAUCGUCCCAAAGUGUUCCUCAGUGGCAGUCUGCAAUCAGGUUUAAGUGUCAAGAGAGGUGAAGAGAUCCGACUGACUGCCUACAUCUCUGGAUUUCCUUACCCAGAAAUAACCUGGAUGAGGAAUAAUUCAACCAUCAGGCCAGAGGCUCUGAGGAAGAGGCCAGAAAAACCUAUCAGGAAGAAGAAGGAAAAAGAAAAGGAGGCAGAGAAGAAGGAGGAGGAGAAAGAAAAGACAGAGGAAAAGAAAGAAGAGGACAAAGAGAAGAAGGAGGAAAAGCCAGAGGAGGGAAAGCCAGAGGAGGACAAGGACAAAAAGGAGGAGAAGAAGGAGAAAGAAAAAGAGGUAGAGGAACCAGAAGAGCCAGAGGAGGAAUACCACCCAUCUCUGAAUGAGCGUCUUACCAUUGACAACUCCAGGAAGGGCGAAUCCUUUGUUGUGGUCAAAGAUGUUAUCAGAGGCGACCACGGAGUAUUCACCAUCAAGGUGGAGAAUGAUCACGGCAUUGCCUCUGCCACCUGUGAGGUUAAUGUUCUUGAUACUCCUGGACCCCCAGUCAAUUUAAGAUUUGAGGAGGUCAGAAAGGAUUCUCUCCUCUGCAAGUGGGAUCCCCCUCUAGAUGAUGGUGGAAGUGAAAUUCUUAAUUAUGUAUUGGAGAGAAAAGACAACUCCAAGGCUGAGACUGGAUGGGUUACCGUGACAGCAACUCUCAGAGGCUGCAAGUACCCAGUAACAAAAUUGAUUGAAGGGAAGGAGUACCUCUUCCGUGUUACUGCUGAGAACAGAUUUGGCCCUGGAAAACCAUGCAUCUCUAAACCUGUCAUUGCCAAGAAUCCAUUUGAUCCUCCAGAUGCCCCUGAGAAGCCUGAAAUUGUAGACGUCACAGCCAACAGCAUGGUUGUGACUUGGAAGGAACCCAAGGACAAUGGUAGCCCCAUCCAAGGAUACUGGGUGGAGAAACGAGAAAUUAAUAGUACACACUGGGCAAGAGUUAACCGCAACAUUGUUAAUGAACUGGAAGUAAAAGUAGAUGGUCUCUUGGAAGGCUUGACAUACAUUUUCAGGGUGUGUGCCGAGAACGUGGCUGGACGGGGAAAGUUCAGUCCACCAUCUGAGCCGAAAACAGCACAGGCUCAAAUUUUGCCACCAGGUCCACCAAUUCCACACGUUGCUGACACCACAGACCAUUCAAUAGUAGUUGAAUGGGAGCCUCCUGCAGACAAUGGUGGUGCAGAUAUUUUUGGAUACCAUGUUGAUAAAUUAAUGGUUGGCACUAAAGACUGGUCACGGGCCACAGAGAGACCAUGGAAGAACCACACAUUCACUGUGUAUGGUGUCAGAGAGGGAGCUAAAUACAUUGUCCGCGUUAUGGCAAUCAACUGUGCUGGUGAAGGUGCUCCUGGUGUAACAGAUGCAGUCAUUGUGAGAAAUCCUGCAGAGGUGCCUGUUAUUGAACUUGGUGUCAAUGUGAAGGCUGGUCAUUUUGUAAGAGCUGGAGAGCCGCUGGUAAUCCCAGCACAUGUGACUGGUAGACCUAAACCAUCCCUUGCAUGGACAAAGGAUGAUGCUGCCCCUGACAAGGAGCGUGUGGAAAUUGAAGAAGUUGGUCAGGAUAGUACUCUUAUGAUCAAAACUGCUAAAAGAAGUGACAGUGGCAAAUACCAGAUCACUGCAGCAAACCCAAGUGGCAUCAAAUCAGCUUGGACCAGGGUUGAAGUUCUGGAUGUUCCUGGGCCUGUCCUUGACCUCAAGCCUGUUGUAGUGACAAGAAAGUUGAUGAUAUUGAACUGGUCUGAUCCUGAUGAUGAUGGGGGCAGUGAUCUGACUGGUUUCGUUGUUGAAAGGAGAGAGCCAAAGAUGCACACCUUCAGACAGCCCAUUGAAACAGUUGCAUCUAAAUGUGAAAUUGUGGGCAUUAUUGAGGGACAGGAAUACAUCUUCCGAGUUGUGGCCAAGAACAAAUUUGGCUGUGGGCCACCAGUUGAUCUUGGGCCAGUUCGUGCAGUGGAUCCACUAGGUCCACCAACCUCCCCUGAGAAGUUCCACUACACUGAGAGAACCAAGUCUUCCCUUACCCUUACAUGGAAGCCACCUCGCAAUGAUGGAGGCAGUCCAAUCAUUGGAUACAUCAUUGAGAAAAAGCGUCAGGAUCAUCCUGCCUUCCAGCCUGUCUCUGCAGAGAUGUGCACUAAUCUGACACUGACUGUGGAGAAUUUGGAUGAGCUGCACAUGUAUGAGUUCCGUGCAAAGGCCGUUAACAGCAUCGGAGAAAGUGAUCCAUCCAUACCCUUGACUGUUGUGAUUCAGGAUGAUGAAGUUCCCCCAUCUUUGCACAUGAUGAAGCAUUUCAAAGGUGAUCUAAUCAGAGUGCGGAAGAAUGAGCCAAUUGAGAUGCCUGCUGAGAUCACAGGUCUUCCAAUGCCAAAGGUUGAGUGGUUGAAGGAUGAUGUUGUUAUUCCAAAGUCUACUGAGAGAGUCUUGCUGGAAACCAAAGAGAUUGAUAGACUGACAGAACACACAAAACUCACCAUCCCUGCUAUUGCAAGGCUGGACAAGGGAACAUACACUGUGUCUGCUUCAAAUCGUCUUGGAACAGUCAGCCAUCAUAUCACAGUGGAGGUGCUAGAUCGACCAACACCACCAAGAAACAUUGCUGUUUCAAACAUCCGAGCUGAGUCUUGCCAUCUGACGUGGGAUGCACCACUUGAUACUGGAGGCAGUGAGCUCACCAACUAUAUCAUUGAGAAGAAAGACCUCAAUGUUGAGGAUGUUGAGAAAGCUGAAUGGGUCCCGGUUUCUAACACUGUCAUUGAGAAAAAAUUCGGGGUGUGGGAUCUUGAAACAGGUGGCAAGUAUCAGUUCAGAGUCAAGGCUGAAAAUAAGUAUGGAAUAAGCGAUGGCUGUGAAACAGAAGAAGUACAAAUCAGAGAUCCAUUUGCUCUUCCUGGUCCACCUCAAAAAGUUGCUAUUGCCGAGCACUCCAAGACCCAUAUGUUGGUGACAUGGGAGCCACCUAUGGACAGUGGUGGAUCAAUGAUCACUGGCUACUGGUUGGAAAAGCGUGAGAAGGGCACUUCCCACUGGGCUAAAGCAAACAAGUCCCUAGUGACCAAACGUGGCAUGAAAGGCUGGGAUUUCCAGGUCACACGUCUCAUAGAGGGACUGGAAUAUGAAUUCCGUGUAAUGGCUUGCAAUGCUGCUGGAAUUGGACCCCCUAGUGCUGUCUCUGAGUCAGCUUUUGCUGAUGACCCUAUCACACCACCUGGCAUGCCAGCCGCUCCUGAAAUUGCUGACAAAACCAAACGUAGUGUCACUCUGUCAUGGACCCCACCAGCUAAAGAUGGAGGACGCCCCAUCAAAGGUUACAUCAUUGAAAUCCAAGAUGAGGGUACAUCUGAGUGGGCCAGGAUAAAUGAUGCGGACAAUCUACAUCCUUCUACUGUGUUCACUAUUCCAAACCUCCAAGAGCUGAAGAAAUACAGAUUUAGAAUCAUUGCAGUCAAUGAUAUCGGGGAGUCUGAGCCAAGUCCUCGGACCACUGAGGUUCUCUUGGAGGACAUUCAUACUGAGCCAAAGUUAUUUUUGGAUAUCAAUGCUGAUGAGUUACUAAGCAUCCGUGCUGGAUCUACAUUCAAAAUCCCAGUAACUGUUACUGGACGUCCCGUUCCCAAGGUUGCAUGGGAGUUUGAUGGCAAAGCAAAGACAGAGAAGAAAGAUCGUCUUCACACACUCCCAGUGGAUUCACAGGUGGAAUCUACUGACACUACCUCUGUUGUAACAUUUCCUGUGAGCUUGAGAGCCCACUCUGGCAGAUACACUGUCACAGCAAAAAACAAAACUGGACAGAAACAUAUUAAUAUCAGAGUCAUUGUACUUGAUGUUCCUGGGCCACCAAAGGAGCUCAAAGUUACUGAUGUUACCAGAGCUACAAUGAGACUUAUAUGGAAACUGCCAGAUACUGAUGGUGGAGAAAGAAUCAAGAGCUAUUUCAUUGAAAAGAAGGCUGUCACAGGGAAGGCUUGGACAAAGGUAAAUCCAGCAUGUGCCAGCAUGGCAUAUGUGGUGCCUGAUCUCCUUGAGGGCCAAGACUACCUGUUCCGUGUUCGUGCUGAAAAUCGUCUUGGAAUGGGACCAUUCACUGAAACCACUGAGCCAGUGAGGGCAAGGGAUCCAAUCUAUCCCCCUGAUCCUCCAACUAAGGUCAAAAUCAACCUUGUUACCAAAGAUACUGUGACCCUUACAUGGGUGCCUCCAAAAAAUAAUGGUGGUGCACCAGUAACACACUACAUUAUUGAGAGGCUGAGCUGGGAUACCACUGGUCCACAAAAAGAGACCUGGAAACAGUGCAAUAAGAGAGAUGUUGAAGAGACUACCUAUGUUGUUGAAGACCUUAAAGAGGGUGGUGAAUAUGAGUUCCGCAUCAAGGCAGUAAAUGCAGCUGGCCCAAGCAGACCCUCUGUUACAGUGGGACCUAUAAUCAUCAAAGAUCAGACCUGUCCUCCAAACAUUGAACUUAGAGAAACUCUGGAGGGUGCAGAAACAUUUGAUGUAAGCAUAAUUGCCAGAAUUCAAGGGUGUCCCUUCCCAUCCUUGGUUUGGCAGAAGGCCCCACUUGACAAGCCUGAAGAAAAGACUGAUGUGCAAUACGAUCAGCAUAUCAACAAGCUGGUCUCAGAUGACAAAUGCACCCUGCUGAUUCAGCAAUCCAAGAGAGAUGACAGUGCAAUAUAUACACUCACAGCUACUAACAGCCUUGGCACGGCUUCUAAGGAUAUCAAACUUACAAUUUUGGGACGACCUGGACCACCAAUUGGACCUGUCAAAUUUGAAGAAGUGUUUGCUGAAAGAAUUGGUCUCUCUUGGAAACCACCCACAGAUGAUGGUGGUUCUAAGAUAACCAAUUAUGUCAUUGAGAAACGUGAGGACAACAGGAAGACAUGGGUCCAUGUCUCCAAUGAUCCAAAGGAAUGUGCAUACACAGUACAGAGGCUUACAGAAGGACAUGAAUAUGAGUUCCGCAUUAUGGCUCAAAAUAGAUUUGGUGUUGGACCACCACUCUACAGCGAACCUGAAAAAGCUAGAAAUCUGUUCACUGUACCAGGUCAAUGUGACAAGCCAACUGUCUCAGAAGUCACACUUGCAUCCAUGACUGUUGAAUGGGAAGAGCCAGAAUAUGAUGGUGGGUCUCCAGUUACUGGCUACUGGCUGGAGCGCAAGGAAACUACAGCCAAGCGCUGGACCAAAGUGAACCGGGACCCCAUAAGAAUCAGGCCCCUUAGUGUCUCCCACAUUGUGACUGGUCUUUUGGAGGGAGCCACCUAUCAGUUCCGUGUUACUGCCAUUAAUGCUGCUGGAUGUGGACUUCCAAGUCUGCCAUCAGAUCCUGUUGUUUCUAGAGACCCAAUAGCUCCUCCUGGACCUCCAAUUCCAAAAGUAACAGAUUGCACUAAGUCAACUGUUGACCUUGAAUGGAUUCCUCCAUUGAUUGAUGGUGGAUCUAAGAUUACAGGAUACUUCAUUGAGUACAAAGAAGAAGGAAAGGAAGAAUGGGAGAAGGCCAAAGACAAGGAGAUUAGAGGCACCAAGUUUGUUGUGCCCGGACUGAAAGAGCUUGGACUUUACAGAUUCAGAGUGAGAGCAGUGAAUGCUGCAGGUGUUGGUGAACCUGGUGAAGUUGCUGAAGUGAUUGAGGUCAAAGACAGGACAAUUCCUCCUGAAGUGGACCUGGAUGCAACUGUGAAGGAGAAGAUUGUUGUUCAUGCUGGUGGUGUAAUUCGCAUCAUUGCCUAUGUAUCUGGAAAACCUGCACCAGAGAUUACGUGGAACAGAGAUGAUGGUGAUUUGCCUAAGGAGGCUGUCAUUGAGACUACUGCAAUCAGCUCAUCUCUGGUCAUCAAGAGAUGUAGAAGACAUCAUCAAGGCAUUUACACCCUGACUGCCAAGAAUGAAGGAGGAGAACGAAGGAAGGCAAUAAUUGUGGAGGUGCUGGAUGUUCCUGGCCCUGUGGGUCAGCCCUUCUCUGGUAUAAAUCUUACCAAUGACUCUUGCAAGCUGACCUGGUAUUCACCUGAAGAUGAUGGUGGCUCAGCCAUAACUAACUACAUCAUUGAGAAGAGAGAGUCGGACCGUAGAGGUUGGACUUCAGUGACAUACACUGUCACCAGACAUAACGCUGUUGUUCAGGGUCUUAUUGAUGGCAAGGCUUACUUCUUCAGAAUUGCUGCUGAAAAUAUAAUUGGAAGAGGUCCAUUUAGUGAGACAACAUCUGAAGUUCUCAUUAAGGAUCCAGUUUCUGUUCCUGAGCGUCCAGAGGAUCUAGAGGUAACAGCUGUCAAGAAAGAUUCGAUCAGUGUGGCGUGGAGACCACCAAAGUACGACGGUGGUGCAGAAGUGACAAGUUACGUUCUUGAAGUUCGUCAGAUUGGAAAGGACAACUUUGUCCGCAUAGCAACUGAUGAUAAGCUGAUGGAUCGUAAAUUUACUCACGAAGGUCUGAAAGAGGGUUUAACUUAUGAAUUCCGUGUCAGUGCUGUGAAUCAAAUUGGCCAAGGCAAGCCUUCCUUCAGCACCAAACCAAUUACAUGCAGGGAGGAGCUUGAACCACCUACUCUUGAUCUGGAGUUCCGUGACACACUCUUGGUUCGUGUUGGGAAGCCCUGCAUUCUCCAAGGUCGCUACACAGGGAAACCAACCCCAAAUAUAAAAUGGUUUAAAAAUGAUGAGGAGGUUCAGGGAAAUGAGGAGAUUGUACUCACCAGCACCAAGAAGACUUUGUGUUUGACAAUUGAGAAGGCUAAGCGUGAUCACAGUGGCAAGUAUACUGUGGUUGUGGAGAACUCGACAGGCACACGGAAGGGCAUCUGCACUGUUACUGUUGUUGAUCGUCCACAACCUCCAGAGGGCCCCGUUGUCUUUGAUGAAAUCUACAGGAAUUACAUGGUCAUUUCUUGGAAACCUCCAUUGGAUGAUGGUGGAUGUGCUGUCUCUAAUUACAUUGUUGAAAAGAGAGACACUAACAGGGAUCUCUGGAUGCCUGUCAUUGCAUCCUGCACUAGAACAACAUGCAGAGUUCCGAAACUGAUUGAGGGCAGAGAGUACAUUAUUCGAAUCUGUGCUCAGAACAUCCAUGGCAUUAGUGACCCUUUGCUGUCUGCAGAGACAAAAGCAAGAGAUGUCUUCAAGGUGCCACAUGCUCCAAAAGCUCCAGUGGUGAAAGAAGUCUACAAUUACACAGCUCUGCUUUCCUGGGAACCACCAGCUGAUGGUGGAAAACCAAUCACACACUAUAUAGUUGAGAAGAGAGAAACCAUGACCAAUAGAUGGACGCCUGUCGAACGCAUUCCCGCUAAAACAGAAUACUGGGUUCCAGAUCAAGAGAUUCUCAAGGGAUGUGAAUAUGAGUUCCGUGUCAUGGCUGAGAAUGUGGUUGGUGUUGGAGACCCCAGUCCAGGCUCAAAGCCUGUCUAUGCUAAAGAUCCUAUUGUGAUUCCAAGUCCACCAGUAAAACCAAUGGCAAUUGACUACACAAAGGACUCUGUCACUCUUUCUUGGCAGCCACCAGUGGACUGUGGCAGAGGCAAAAUAUUUGGCUAUCUCCUUGAGUAUCAGAAAGCUGGAUCUGAGGAAUGGCUACAGGUUAAUCAGACUCCUGACUCUUGUCAGGAAACUACAUUCAAAGUCAUCAACCUUGAAGAAGGAGUACUGUAUAGGUUCAGAGUGAAAGCUGUUAAUGCAGCUGGUGAAUCAGAGCCUGCAAAUGUUCCAGAGCCUGUGCGGGCACAAGAUAGACUUGAACCCCCAGAGCUGCUGCUGGAUAUGGGCAUGCCUCGUGAGAUUAAAGCAAUGGCUGGAACCCACAUUAAAAUUGCUGCUGGAAUCAAGGGUAUACCUUUCCCCAAAAUCACAUGGAAAAAGAAUGAUGCAGAGCUACCUCCAAGAGUAGAAAUGGAAACCUCCGCAGUAAGAACCAAGCUUGAGAUGCGUUAUUGUAACCGUGGAGAUUGUGGAGACUACACCCUCAAUGCUGAAAAUCCAGCUGGAUCGAAGACAGCAACAUGCACUGUGCUUGUUCUAGACAAACCUGGGCCUAUUCAGCAUCUGAGGGUAUCUGAUGUUAGAAGUGACUCAGCACAGCUUUCCUGGAAAGAUCCAGAAGAUAGCGGUGGUGUACGUAUCACUAACUUUGUGGUAGAGAAGAAGGAUACUGCUGCCACGCAGUGGGUGCCUGUCUGUUCAACAUCUAAAAAGCGAAGUCUGAUGGCCAAGCACUUGAUAGAAGGCACAGCAUACAUGUUCCGUGUCGCUGCUGAAAAUCAAUUUGGCAGAAGUGAAUAUGUUGAGACAACCAAACCAGUUAAGGCAAUGAACCCACUGUUUCCACCUGGUCCACCAAAGGACCUGCAUCAUGUAGAUGUUGACAAAACAGAGGUGUGGCUCCAGUGGAACUGGCCUGAUCGCACAGGAGGAAGUGACAUCACUGGCUUUUUGGUUGAGUACCAAGAGGAGGGUGAGAGAGACUGGAUUGUCUUCAAGACUGUUAGCAUUCCUGAAUGCCAUGUGACUGGGCUAGAGGAGGGCAAAACCUACAGAUUCCGCGUUAAGACAGAGAAUGCAGUUGGUCUUAGCCGGCCAGAUACCACUGUGCCAGUCCUCUGCCAAGAGAAACUUGUUCCCCCAAUUGUUGAAGUUGAUGCGAAACUGAUUGAAGGAAUUAUCGUGAAGGCAGGUAGCACGAUCAGACUGCCUGCAAUCAUGAGGGGCAUUCCAGUUCCCACUGCCAAGUGGGUCAUUGAUGGAGAAGAAAUUAGAAGUCAAGGAAAUACCAAGAUUGACACAGACAGUUUUUCAACUGUGUUGAACAUCGCAGAGUGCACAAGAAAUCACACUGGAAUUUAUAUUCUCACAGUAUCUAACCCUGCAGGAAGUAAGACUGUUUCUAUGAAUGUCACAGUACUUGAUGUCCCAGCUGCACCAAUAGGCCCUGUUAACAUCCUUGAGGUAACUCCAGAUUCUAUGGUCAUUGACUGGCGUCCUCCCAAAGACGAUGGUGGAAGUCCUGUCAUGAAUUAUAUUGUUGAAAAGAGAGAGUCUAACAAGGAAACCUGGGGCGGUGUUAGUUCUGGCAGUACUGCUACAAGGCUUAAAAUUUCUCGUUUACAGAGUGGAGUUGAAUAUGUUGUGAGAAUCCGUGCAGAGAACAAGAUGGGAGUUGGUGCGCCUCUCGAAAGUGCACCAACUGUGGCAAAGCACCAGUUUGAAGCCCCUGGGCAUCCUGGAAAACCUGUUGCAUCUGAUAUUGCUGAGGAUGCACUUACUCUUGGUUGGACAAUGCCAUUGUAUGAUGGUGGUAGUCCUAUAAGUGGUUACAUUAUUGAGCGUAGACAUAAGGGAGGCAAAUGGAUUCGAGUGAAUAAGACACCUUGCAAGGAACUCAGAUUUAGAGUGCUUGGACUUUUUGAGGGUAAUGACUAUGAAUUUAGGGUAUUUGCUGAAAAUACUGCUGGCUUUAGUGGACCUUCACCUAUCUCAGAUCCAGCCAAACCUUGCAGACCAAUCACAGUUCCUGGACCUCCAGUCAACCCUAAAGUUAAGGACUAUAGCUGUACCUAUGCAGAUUUAGUCUGGAUAAAGCCUACAAGAGAUGGAGGUAGUCCAAUCUUGGGAUACGUUGUUGAAUGUCAGAAAGCUGGAGGUGAAUGGGAGAAAGUCAACAAAGAUGACUUAGUUGCACAGUGUGCUUAUAGAGUCAAGGGACUGACUGAGGGCACAGAAUAUAGAUUCCGUAUUAGAGCUGUCAACAUGAUUGGAGAUGGCGAGACAAGAGAAAUCCCAGAGUCGGUUAUUGCUAAAGAUAUUCUUAUCCCCCCAGAAAUAGAGAUGGAUAUCACAUGCCGUACACAUGUGACAGUCCGUGUAGGACAUAAUAUUAAUAUUACUGGAUAUGUGAAAGCAAGACCUGAUCCUGUGAUUACUUGGACAAAAGGAGAGACAGUCUUAGAAAAAGACAAACGUACCACUCUAACAAAUAAUUUCCCUGCAGUGAGUAUGCGCAUCAAGGAAGCAACCAGGGCGGAUCACGGAGUUUAUGUUCUUAAAGCUGUGAAUGACAGUGGUGAAGCCUCAGCCAACAUCACCGUAAAUGUACUGGAUAGACCUGGACACUGCAGGAAUCUUGUGCUGACAUAUGUGACCAAAAAUGCUUGCAUGGUGAACUGGGAUACUCCUGAGGACAACGGAGGCACUGAGAUUACAAAUUAUAUUGUUGAGUGUCGUGAGCCAAGCAUUAGAGCAUGGUCAAUGAUCUCUUCUGACUGCACAAACCGCAAAGUGAAGGCAAAACUCCUAGAGAAUCAUGAAUAUUUGUUCCGUGUAUCUGCAGAGAAUAAGUGUGGUCCUGGACCAGCAAUAGAAACCAAGACUCCUAUACUUGCAAUAGAUCCACUUCAGAAGCCUGGUGAACCAGAGAACUUUCACGUAGCUGAUAUUGGAAAGAACUUUGUUUUCUUGAGGUGGAGAAGGCCAGAUUAUGAUGGUGGCAGCCCUAACCUAGGAUACAUUCUGGAAAGGAAAGCCAAGGCUGCUGAAGAAUGGGAACGCUUACAUGAUAAAAUACUUAAAGACACAUUCUUUAUGGUAGACAAAUGCACUGAGAACCAAACAUAUCAGUUUAGAGUUCAGUCAACAAAUGAUGGAGGUACGAGCAACUGGGUGACGACAUCCGAAAUUCUUGUCAAAGAAGAAAUUCAAAAACCAGUCAUUGACCUCAAAUUUGUUGGUACUAUAGUGGUUAAAGCUGGUGAAUCAGUCAGACUUGAGGCAGCACUUAGAGGAAAGCCACAACCUGAGGUCAAAUGGGUGAAGGACAAAGCUACAGGAGAUAACCCAAGAAUCAGCAUCGACACCGGGGCAGAUUACUCCAAGUUCCUCAUGACCAAAGCUAAACGUUCGGACACUGGAAAAUAUGUAAUAACUGCCACAAACUCAGCUGGUAGUUUUACUGCAUAUGCAAAUAUAAGUGUUCUGGACAUACCAGGACCUGUAAGAGAUGUCAAGGUUUCAGGCAUGUCCAAUGACAAAUGUAGAGUUGUGUGGGAUCCUCCAGAGGAUGAUGGUGGUUGUGAGGUUGACAGCUAUAUUCUAGAAAAAUGUGAGACUAGACGAAUGGUUUGGUCAACUUACUCUGAUUCAGUGGUCACUAACUACUGUAACGUUAGCCACCUUGUGGAAGGUAAUGAGUACAUAUUUAGGGUAAGGGCAGAAAACAAGAUGGGAACAGGUCCUCCAAUGGAGAGCAAGCCUGUUACUGCCAAGACACAGUUCAGCAGACCUGGUCCACCUGAUCCCCCAGAGGUCACCAAAAUUGGCAAGGAAGAGAUGACUGUUAUUUGGGCCCCUCCUGAAAAUGAUGGUGGAAAAUCCAUUACUGGCUACAUUCUGGAAAGAAAGGAGAAGCGUGCUGUACGAUGGGUUGCAGUUACAAAGAGCCCUAUCUCUGAGAGACGUAUGAAAGUAACCAAUUUGAUUCCCAACCAUGAAUAUCAGUAUCGUGUUAAGGCUGAAAAUGAAGUUGGGUUGGGAGAACCAAGCAAACCCUCAAGACCUGUUGCUGCUAAAGAUCCAAUUGAGCCCCCUGGUCCUCCUGGAAGCCUGAAAGUGGUUGACAGCACAAAAACUUCAGUUACACUUGGCUGGGCCAGGCCAGUGUAUGAUGGUGGUGCCCCAAUCAUAGGAUAUUUGGUUGAGAUGAGGGAUAAGAUUGAAAUGGAAGGUGAACAGGAGAGAGAUCCAGAGGAAGGCUGGUCAAAAUGUAACACUAGUGGACAGCUUGUUCUCACUGAAUUUACAAUGCUCAAUUUGGAUGAGAGGAAGCAAUAUGAAUUCCGUGUCUCUGCACAAAAUCAAGUGGGCAUGGGCCGUCCGGCAAGACUUAAAGAUGCUGUGUCACCAAAAGAUAUUCAUGAGCUACCUGAAAUUGAUCUGGAUGCCAGUUUGAGGAAGGGAUUCAGUGUAAGAGCAGGUUGCCCCAUAAGGCUGUUUGCUACAAUUAGAGGAAGACCAGCACCAAAAGUGACCUGGAAACGCAUGGGGGUUGACAAUGUGGUCAGGAGAGGUCAUGUGGAUCAGAUUGAUACAAUGACCUUCCUUGUGAUCCCUGAGAGCACACGUGAAGACUCUGGAAAAUAUUCUCUGACACUCUCAAACCCCUCAGGAGAGAAAGCUAUAUUUGUUCGUGUAAAGGUCUUAGAUACUCCUGGGCCUGUUGGUGGACUGGAGGCAACUGAUGUCACAAAGACAUCUUGCCAGCUCUCUUGGUUACCUCCAGAAAAUGAUGGUGGCAGUCCAAUCCUAAAUUACAUUGUUGAAAAGCGUGAAGUAGAUAGGAAGACAUGGACAAAUUGCACUAACGACUUAAAGAAGACAAGCUUCAAAAUCACAAACCUGGCGCCUGGAACUGAAUACUACUUCAGGGUCAUUGCAGUAAACAAGUACGGUAUUGGGGUACCAAAGGACUCUCCAAAAUCCUACUUGGCCACAGAUCCAAUGAGUGAACCAGAUCCUCCAAAGAAGAUGGACGUCUUGGAAAUUUCAAAAAACAGUGCAACACUUGGCUGGGUGAAGCCUCUGCGAGAUGGCGGAGCUAAGAUAAAUGGUUAUAUUGUUGAUUAUCAGGAGGCUGGCCAACCUGAAGAUAAAUGGACACCUUACUCAGUUGUAAAAGACUUGAGCAUUGUUGUUGUUGGUCUGAAAGAAAACACAAAGUAUAGAUUCAGGGUUGCUGCCAGAAACUCUGUUGGAUGCAGUCUGCCAAGAGAGGCUGAAGGAAUCUUUGAAGUGAAAGAACAGCUAAUGGCACCAAAGAUUAUCAUGCCUGAUGUGGUCUCUGCAAGGGCAGGAACAAAGUUCAAAGUUGAAGCACUGGUGUAUGGCAAGCCUAUUCCGGUCACUACAUGGAAGAAAGGAAGUGAUGACCUGGUUACAUCUGAUCGUCUGUUUGUACAAAAGACGUUAUCCUCGUCUACACUCCUUAUUAAAGAUGUAACGAGGAAAGACAGUGGUUAUUACAGCCUAACAGCUGAGAACAACAUUUCUAAGGUCAACCAAAUCCUUAGAAUCAUAAUUUUAGACAUCCCUGGUCCUCCGGAAGGUCCCCUUGAAAUUCUUGAGGUGGACAUAGAUGCCUGUACCCUUGCAUGGAACUCUCCAUCAGAAGACGGAGGUAGCAACAUCACUAACUACAUUGUUGAGAAAUGUGAUGUAACCAGAGGUGACUGGGUUCCUGCUGUGUCCUCUUGCACCAAGACCAGUUGUCGUGUUGUAAAGCUCACCCCUGGCAAAGAGUAUGGCUUCCGAGUGCGUGCAGAGAAUCGCUUUGGAGUUUCAGAGCCAAUCUACUCUCAAAAAAUGAUUGCCAGAUAUCCAUUUGAUCCACCCAGUGAACCAAGGAAUUGCUGUGUUAACAAAAUCAACAAGGAAUUUGUUGUUUUGUCCUGGGAAAGUCCGACCAAUGAUGGUGGUAGCCCUAUUAUAGGAUACUCCAUUGAGCGCAAAGAGAGAAAUAGCAUUCUGUGGGUCAAGGCAAAUGAGGCCCUUGUUCGUGCAACUGAAUACUCCUGCUAUGGCCUCAUUGAUGGUCUGGAAUAUACAUUCAGAGUGUCUGCUGUGAACAAAGCGGGACAGGGCAAACCAAGCAAACCAACAGAGAUCAUUACAGCAAGGGCCCCAGUUGAUCCACCUGGAAAACCCGAGGUCCUCGACGUAACAAGGAAUUCUGUGUCUCUUGUCUGGAACCGUCCAAAACAAGAUGGUGGUAGCAAACUCAUUGGUUAUUUUGUUGAGUCUUUGAAGCUUCCUGGUGACAAAUGGGUUCGUGCCAACGCGAGUAGUCAAAAUGUGCCAAAAGAAGAGUACAUUGUCCCUGGACUUGAAGAGGGAGCCCAAUACAAGUUCAGAAUCAUUGCAAAGACAGCAAUUACUGUCAGCCUGCCUUCAGAAGAGUCUGAUGUCAUAACAGUGAUUGCAGAGCAUGUUCCACCAAGAGUUGAGAUUAGUCUUGAAAUGAAGAGCCUUAUUAUAGUCAAAGCUGGAACAAAUGUCUGCCUUGAUGCUGAGGUUUAUGGCAAACCGCCACCAAAAGUGACAUGGAGGAGAGAUGGUGUGCCACUGAAACUUGUUGAAGGCAUGAAGAUGUCACAGAAAAGACACCUCUUCCUCUUAGAAUUGUUCUCUGUGACAAGGAAGGAGUCUGGAGAGUACACAAUUGUUGCUGAGAACCCAAGUGGCACUAAGUCUGGCAACAUUAAGCUGAAAGUAUUAGACAAACCUGGACCCCCAGCAUCGGUUAAGAUCAGCCACGUUUUUGCUGACCGGGUUAAACUGAGAUGGGAGCCACCCCUUUCAGAUGGUGGUGCUGAAAUAACCAACUACAUUAUUGACAAACGCGAGACAAGCAGAGCUAACUGGGCUCAGGUAACAUCCAAUAUUAGUGGCCACAUCACGGACUGCUCAGUGGAGAAACUAAUUGAGGGCCAUGAAUAUGAGUUCCGCAUCAGUGCUGAGAACAAAUAUGGUGUUGGUGACCCAAUUGUCACUAACUCUGUGAUUGCCAAGAAUCCGUUUGAUGUUCCUGGACCGUGUGACCCUCCAGUUAUUACCAAUAUCACCAAAGACCAUAUGACUGUAAGCUGGAAGGCUCCUGCUAAUGAUGGCAAGGCCCCGAUCCUUGGAUACAUGGUUGAGAAGCGUGAAGUUCAGGAAGUCAACUGGUCCAAAAUAAAUAGAAGACCUGUCAUUGAUAGAACCAUCAAAGCUGGAGGUCUCACUGAGGGUUCAGAAUAUGAGUUCAGAGUUAUUGCUCUCAACAAGGCUGGUCUUGGUAAACCAAGUGAUGCCUCUCAAGCUGCACUUGCAGCGGACCCAUUGUAUCCUCCUGGCCCACCUGCUUUCCCCAAAGUUGUUGACUCUACACAUAGCUCAAUCAGUCUAUCCUGGACAAAGCCUGCUUAUGAUGGUGGCUGUGAAAUAUUAGGCUACUUAGUAGAGGUAAAGAGAGCAGAUUCAGAGGAGUGGUUGAAGUGUAAUAUACCAAAGAAUCUCCAGGCGACAAAGUUCCUUGUCAGUGGUCUUAUAGACAACACAGAGUAUCAAUUACGUGUGACUGCUGUGAACAGGAUUGGCUAUAGUGAGCCAAGUGAAGUUCCUGGGAACCAUCUGGCACAAGACAUUUUAAUUUCUCCUGAGGCUGAACUUGAUGCAGAUCUUAGGAAAGCACUGGUAUUGCGUGCUGGAGUCACAAUGAGAAUCUAUGUGCCCAUCAGAGGUCGUCCUGCACCAAAAGUAACCUGGAGCAAGGUCAAUGCCAACUUGAAGGAGAGGCAAGGUCUUAACAUCACCACAACUGAAUGGGAUACAUAUGUAUACUGUGAGGACAUCAACAGAUAUGAUGCUGGAAAAUAUGUACUAACCCUUGAGAACAGCAGUGGAACGAAGUCUUACACUAUUGUUGUCAAGGUCUUAGACACACCUGGACCACCACUCAAUCUAAUUGUCAAAGAGACGUCAAAAAAUCAUGCAUCCAUUACUUGGGAUGCUCCACAAAUUGAUGGCGGAAGUCCAGUGAAGAGCUAUGUUGUUGAAAAACGUCUGGCAGAGAGGAAGGCAUGGACCUGUGUUGCUCCUGAGUGUCCCAAAACAUCUUUCAGAAUUCCUAAUUUGGAAGCUGGAAAAGCCUACUGUUUCAGAGUCUCAGCGGAAAAUGUGUACGGUAUUGGUGAGGGCUGUGAGACAGCUGGACCAGUGAAAGCCUCAGAGCAACCUGGCCCAGUUACAGACUUCAAGGCUGCACAGGUCACCAAGGAUUCUUGUACUCUUUGUUGGAAGAAGCCUGUCAGUGAUGGUGGAAGUCAUAUUGUUGCUUAUGCUCUUGAGAUCAGUGAAGGUGAAGACAAGUGGAAGCAGCUCAUGAAGUCCAAGCUCUUGCAAUACACAGUGAAGGACUUACAGGAAGGAAAAGAAUACUCCUUUAGAGUGAAAGCUUUCAAUGAGUCUUCUGAAGGUCCCCCAGCUGAACUCACUGUGGUGGCUAAGGAUCAAGUCGUUCUGCCAGACUGUAACCUUAAAGGGUUGCCAGACUCUUGUUAUGUGGCAAAGGAGGGAAGCACCGUUCGCCUCACAAUCCCCAUUACUGGCAUUCCUGUUCCCACAGUCAUGUGGAAGAAGAGUGGUGUCACUUUGGGAGAUAGUGGAAGAAUCUCUGUGGAAUCUACAGCAACAAAUACGACUUUGCUGAUACGUGACUGUCAAAGAGGUGAUGCUGAGAAAUACUCUAUAAAUUUGAAAAACAGUGCAGGAACCAAGGAAUCCACCAUUGACAUCAAGGUGGUUGGAAAGCCUGGAAUUUGCACAGGGCCCAUCACAUUUGAUGAAAUCACAGCUGAUGGAAUUACUUUGGAGUGGGGCCCACCCAAAGAUGACGGUGGAGCAGAAAUUUCCAACUACAUCAUAGAAAAGAGGCAUUCUACAAGUAAUAAGUGGGCAACAAUUGCUUCAGCCAUUCAGAAGAACACCAUGAGAGUCACAAGGCUCCAUGAUGGCACAGAAUACCUAUUCAGAGUGUGUGCCGAAAACAAAUAUGGUGUAGGAGAGUUUCUCAGAUCUGAUCCAGUGGUGGCCAAACAUCCAUUCAAUGCCCCAGAAGCACCAGCACCACCAGAGGUCCUGACUAUUCGCCAUGAGUCUGCCAUUGUGUUAUGGUCCGAUCCAAAAGAUACCGGAGGCUCUCCUAUUACAGGAUAUCAUGUGGAAUUCAAGGAUAGGAACAGUUUAUUGUGGAAGCGAGCCAGCAAAACACCUCUAAGAGUGAAGGAGUGCAGAGUGACAGGCUUAGUUGAAGGUCUUGAGUAUGAAUUCAGAGUAAUGGCGAUAAAUAUGGCUGGACUUGGAAAGCCAAGCAAACCAACUGAAGCACUUGUUGCACUUGAUCCAAUUGAUCCUCCUGGCAAACCUGAUGUGAUCAGCAUUACAAGGAACAGUGUAACACUCAUUUGGACUGCACCUAAGUAUGAUGGAGGCCACAGGCUAACUGGCUACAUUGUUGAGAAACUGGAGCAUCCAGGAAAGGCGUGGAUGAAAGCUAACCAUGUCAAUAUCCAGAGCUGUGCCUUCACAGUAACAGAUUUAACAGAAGGGUGCAUGUAUGAUUUCAGAAUUAGAGCAAAGAAUGCAGCAGGUGCUAUCAGCGUUCCCUCAGAGCAAACUGACACCCUUGUCUGCAAAGAUGAAUACGAGCCACCUUCUAUUACAAUUGAUCCUGAAAUGAAGGAUGGUGUCACUGUCAAGGCUGGAGAAACAAUUGUGAUUACUGCUUCAAGCAUUCUUGGCAAGCCACCACCUACAGCUGUAUGGUCUAAGGGAGGAAGAGAAUUCAAGCCCUCAGAUAUUGUCCAGAUAACAAACACUCCCACAUCUUCAACUAUCUCUAUCAAAUAUGCCAGCAGAAAAAACACUGGAGAAUAUACAAUAACUGCAAGCAAUCCAUUUGGUAUUAAGGAAGAAAAAGUGAAAGUAAAAGUCCUUGAUGUACCUGGUCCACCAGGUCCUAUUGAAGCCAGCAGUGUCUCUGCUGAAAAGUGCACAUUGACAUGGUUACCACCAGAUGAAGAUGGAGGAUGCGCUAUUAAGUCAUACAUUCUUGAAAAAAGAGAAACUAGCCGCCUCCUUUGGACAAAGCUUGCAGAAAAUGUAAUGGAUUGCCGUUAUGUGGCCAGCAAAUUGAUCAAGGGCAAUGAAUACAUCUUCCGUGUUUCAGCUGUGAAUCAAUAUGGUAUUGGUGAUGCAAACCAGUCUGGUCCAGUCAGAAUGGUUGAUAGUUUCGGACCCCCUGGGCCACCAUCAAAGCCUGAAAUUGAUAAUGUCAGCAGAAGCGCUGUAACUAUUUCAUGGAAGAGGCCAGUUGUGGAUGGAGGAAGCGACAUUAGAGGAUAUAGUGUUGAGAGGAAAGAGAGAAGAGGUAUGAGAUGGGUUAGAGCUUCAAAGAAGACCAUCUCUGAUCUACGUUGCAAAGUAUCAGGACUCACUGAAGGAGUUGAGUAUGAGUUCCGUGUAACUGCAGAGAACAAAGCUGGUUUUGGAGAACCUAGUGAGCCAUCACAGCCAGUGCUCACAAAGGACAUAACAUAUCCUCCAGGGCCUCCAUCCAAUCCAAGAAUCACUGAUACCACCAAAACGACAGCCACAUUCAACUGGGGAAGACCCUUUUAUGACGGUGGACUCAGUGUGACUGGAUACAUUGUUGAGUAUAAAAAGGAGGGACAUGAUGACUGGGUUCAAGCCACAACAUCUCUAUUGAGGAUAAAUGAGUUUGUAGUUCCAAACCUACAAGCAGGCGGGAAAUAUUAUUUUAGAGUUAGUGCAGUUAAUUCAGAGGGACGUGGGGAACCUGCUGAAGUUGAGAAAGUUGUGGAACUUGUUGACCGUGAAGAGGUCCCUGACUUUGAACUUGAUGCAGAAUUGAGAAGAACACUUGUUGUUCGCUCAGGUGGUUCUAUUCGUAUAUUUGUGCCAAUCAAAGGUCGUCCAACUCCCGAAGUUACAUGGAUGAAAGAAGAUGUUCCUCUUAAAGGUCGUGCCCACAUUGAUACUACUGAGUCAUACACUUUAUUAGUUGUUCCUGAGUGCACAAGGUAUGAUGCUGGUAAAUACAUCUUGACGUUAGAAAAUGUUGCUGGAAAGAAGACAGGAUUUGUUAAUGUCAGAGUUGUGGACACACCGGGACCACCAGUCAACCUGAAGCCAAGAGAAAUCACUAAAACCAGUGUCACUCUUCAGUGGGAAAUUCCAAUUAUUGAUGGUGGAUCUAAGAUCAUAAAUUACAUCGUUGAGAAGCGUGAUGCAACCCGAAAGGCUUUCACAACGAUCACUACAAAAUGCCAAAAGUGUUCCUACAAAGUUCCCGAUUUAGAAGAGGGAGCUGAGUAUUAUUUCAAAGUUUCAGCUGAAAAUGAACGAGGUAUUGGUGAGGCAGCAGAGACAGCUGAGCCAAUCAGAGCUUCUCAAGCUCCAUCUGCACCAGACAAUCUAAUAGUUACUGAUGUAUCAAAGGACACAGCAACUCUUGCAUGGACCAAACCAAAACAUGAUGGUGGUAGCAGAAUCACUGGCUAUGUGAUUGAGGCCCAAAAGAAGGAUUCUGACCAGUGGGUACAUGUGACAACAGUAAAGGCUUUAGACUAUAUCUCAACAGAUUUGACAGAAAAUGCAGAAUAUAUAUUCCGUGUCUUUGCUGUGAACAACUCAGGCAGAAGUGAACCUCGUGAAAGCCGGCCAGUUAUAAUUAAGGAGCAGACCACACCACCAGGAUUUGAUCUCCGAGGUGUCUAUCAGAAGUUGGUAGUAGCCAAAGCAGGGGAUAAUGUAAAGGUGGAAAUCCCUGUUUUGGGUCGUCCAAGACCAUCAGUUGUCUGGAAAAAAGAUGAUCAAGAACUUAAACAAACACAGAGGAUCAACAUUGAUGACACAGCAACCUCUACAAUUCUCAACAUACGUGAAAUCAAGAGAAAGGAUGGAGGACAGUAUUCAAUAACAGGAAAGAAUAUAUUAGGAACUGUGACAGAGAUCAUUACUGUCCAAGUACAUGACAUCCCAGGACCUCCAACGGGACCAAUAAAGAUUGAUGAAGUGUCCUGUGACUAUGUACUUAUAUCAUGGGAUGCACCAGAGAAUGAUGGAGGAGUUCCUAUCAAUAAUUAUAUAGUUGAAAUGAGAGAAACCACAGGCACCUCUUGGGUGGAACUGGCAGCUACUGUUAUUCGCACAACAUUCAAAGCUGCACGCCUUACAACUGGAAUUGAGUAUCAGUUCCGUGUUAAAGCUCAAAAUAGAUAUGGUGUUGGCCCCUUGAUAACAUCAGAACCAGUUGUUGCUGCUUAUCCAUUUGACGUACCACGCCAGCCAGGAAUACCACAAGUUGUUGCCUUUACAAAAGACUCUAUUACAAUCAGUUGGAAUGAACCUUCCUCAGAUGGUGGAAGCCCAAUUUUGGGAUAUCAUAUUGAGAGGAAAGAGAAAAACAGCAUCCUUUGGCAGCGGAUCAGCAAAGCUCUUGUAGUUGGAAACAUUUUCAAAUCAUCAGGUCUCAUGGAUGCUAUUGCAUAUGAGUUCCGUGUUAUUGCUGAAAACAUGGCUGGUCUUAGCAAGCCAAGUAAGCCUUCUGAGAUGGCAUAUGCACUUGAUCCAGUUGACCCUCCCAGUCAACCAGUGGCAAUUAAUAUAACUAGACAUGAGGUUUCUCUUCAGUGGCUGAGGCCAGAGGGUGAUGGUGGUUUCCCGAUCACUGGAUACACAGUGGAAAAGAGAGAAUUGCCCAGUGGCCGCUGGCUUAAAGCCAACUUCAGCAACAUCCUUGAGACACACUUCACUGUAAGUGGUCUUACAGAAGAUGCUUCAUAUGAAUUCCGUGUUUUUGCAAGAAAUUCUGCUGGAUCUGUCAGUAUGCCCUCCAAACCUUCUGAAGUCAUAAUCUGCAGGGAUGAUAUUGAGGAACCAAAACUUGAUGUUGAUUCCAGUUUUAGCACUGUUGUGGUGGUUAAAGCAGGCGAUGUCUUCAAACUAGAUGCAAAUGUUACUGGAAGACCAAUCCCAUCCUUGGUAUGGAGCAAAGAUGGGAAGGAGCUUGAAGAUUCUGCAAAACUAGAAAUCAAAACAGCAGACUUCUACACAUGUUUGAUCAACAAAGACUCUGCACGAAGAGAUGGAGGUGCAUUUACUCUGACUGCCAGUAACCCUGGAGGAUUUGCCAAGUUUGUAUUUAAUGUUAAAGUCCUUGACAGGCCUGGGCCUCCAGAAGGACCACUUCAUGUUACAGACAUGACAACAGAGAAAUGUAUUCUGUCAUGGUUGCCACCACUUCAAGAUGGGGGAGCAAAGAUUGAAUAUUACAUCAUUCAGAGACGUGAAACAAGCAGACUUGCAUGGACAAAUGUAACCACAGAUUUACAAGUCAACCGCUAUAAGGUUACCAAAUUGCUGAAAGGAAAUGAAUAUAUCUUCAGAGUUAUGGCUGUGAAUAAAUAUGGUGUUGGAGAACCCCUUGAAUCUGAGCCUGCUGUUGCAACCAACCCAUAUGUACCCUCUGAUCCACCACAAGCCCCUGAAGUUACAACAAUCACAAAGGACUCUAUGGUGGUAUGCUGGGGGCACCCUGAAAGUAAUGGAGGAAGUCCCAUUAAUACUUACAUAAUAGAAAGAAGGGAUAAAACUGGUCUUCGAUGGGUCAAAUGCAACAAGAGAACUGUUACUGAUCUGCGCUUCAAAGUGUCUGGACUUACACAAGGGCAUGAAUAUGAAUUCAGGGUUCUUGCUGAGAAUGCUGCUGGUUUAAGUGCUCCAAGCCCAUCAAGUCCAUUUUAUAAGGCAUGCGACACAAUAUUCCAGCCUGGACCUCCAGGGAAUCCAAGAGUUUUGGACACAACCAAGUCAUCUAUUACUAUUGCCUGGAACAAACCAGUUUAUGAUGGUGGCUCAGACAUUACAGGGUAUAUUGUGGAAACGUGCCUACCAGAUGAAGAUGAAUGGACAAUUGUCACUCCAAGGGAAGGUCUUACAAGAACUUCAUUUACCAUAACAAGUCUAACUGAAAACCAAGAAUAUAAAAUAAAUAUUUCUGCUUUGAACUGUGAGGGUGUUGGAGAGCCUGCAUCUGUACCUGGCUCACCAAAAGCAGAGGACAGAUAUCUUCCUCCAGAAAUUGAGCUUGACUCAGACCUGCGCAAAGUAGUAAACAUUAGAGCUUGCAGCACUCUGAGAUUAUUUGUGCCAAUUAAAGGAAGACCUGCACCAGAAGUUAAAUGGUCUAGAGAGAAUGGUGAACCUCUUGACAGAGCAUCCAUUGAGGUCACAUCAUCAUUCACAUCACUUGUUGUUGAGAAUGUUGACAGGUUUGACGGUGGGAAGUAUAUGCUAACAGUGGAAAACAGCUCUGGAAGCAAAACAGCAUUUGUGAAUGUGAGGGUGCUUGACACUCCAGGAGCACCACAAAACCUGACAAUUAAGGAAAUUACAAAAGACUCAGUCUCGCUAAUCUGGGAUCCUCCUAUUAUUGAUGGUGGGUCAAGAGUCAGGCACUACCUUGUAGAAAAACGUGAAUCAACAAGAAAGGCAUACUCUAUUGUAAAUGCAUCCUGCCCCAAAACAAGCUGGAGAAUUGGUGAUCUGCAAGAGGGUUGCUUGUAUUUCUUCAGAAUUUUGGCUGAAAAUGAAUAUGGUGUUGGCCUCCCUGUUGAAACUGCUGAACCUGUCAAGAUUUCUGAAAAGCCUCUUCCUCCUGGCAAAGUGACUCUUAAAGAAGUUACAGGCAGUAGUGUAACUCUGUCUUGGGAGAAGCCAGAUCAUGAUGGAGGAAGUAGGAUAACAGGUUAUAUUGUGGAAAUGCAAGGGAAAGGCAGUGACAAAUGGAGUCAGGUCAUGACAGUUAAAGUAACAGAGGCAGUUAUUGCUGGUCUGAUUCAAGGUGAAGAGUACUCAUUCCGUAUAUCUGCAACAAAUGAAAAAGGAAUAAGUGAUCCUCGUUCACUCAAUGUGCCUGUGGUAGCAAAGGACCUUGUUAUCACCCCUGCAUUCAAGCAUUUAUUCAGUACAUUUAGUGUGCUGGCAGGUGACGACCUCAAGAUAGAUGUACCUUAUGUUGCUCAACCUAAGGCAGCAGUCACCUGGCUGAAAGAUGGUGUUGCUCUGAAAGAGACAACAAGAGUAAAUGCUGAAGUAACCGAUAGGCAUCUAUAUCUUGUAAUCAAGGAGGCAACACGGGAUGAUGUGGGCACAUAUACUAUCAAGAUUGCAAACUCAGCUGGAGAGGCAACAACUGACAUUACUGUUGUCAUACUAGACAAACCUGGUCCUCCAACUGGCCCAAUCAAAAUAGAUGAAGUAACUGCAGAGAGUGUGACACUCUCCUGGCAACCACCAGAGUAUGAAGGUGGCUGUACAAUCAACAAUUAUAUUGUAGAAAAAAGAGACACAUCUACCACAAACUGGCAGAUUGUGUCAGCAACAGUAGCUAGAACAACAAUUAAGGCUGCAAGACUGAAGACUGGCUGUGAAUAUCAAUUCAGGAUUGCAGCUGAAAACAGAUAUGGAAAGAGUUCAUUUUUACUGUCUGAGGCUGUACUUGCACAGUAUCCAUUUGAACUCCCAAGUGCACCAGGAACUCCCACUGUUCAGUUUGUUACCAAGGAAAGCAUGGUUGUUGUAUGGAACAAGCCUGGCAGUGAUGGUGGAAGCAAGAUUCUGGGCUACCAUCUUGAGAGUAAGGAAAGAAAUAGCCUCCUAUGGGUGAAACAAAAUAAGACAAUAAUUCCAGACUCAAGAUUCAAGGUCUGUGGUCUUGAAGAAGGCAUUGAAUAUGAGUUUAGAGUUUAUGCAGAGAAUAUUGUUGGUCUGAGCAAAGCUAGCAAAGUGUCAGAAAUCCACGUGGCAAGAGAUCCUUGUGAUCCUCCAGGCAAACCCGAGGCAGUUAUUGUCACCAGAAGUUCUGUCACACUAAGAUGGACAGCACCAGAGUUUGAUGGUGGCAGCAGGGUCACAGGCUAUAUUGUUGAGAAGAAAGAGUUGCCUAAUGGUCGCUGGAUGAAAGCUAGUUUCACGAAUAUAUUAGAAACUGAAUUUGUUGUCAGUGGCUUGGUGGAAGACCAACAAUAUGAGUUCCGUGUCAUUGCAAGGAAUGCUGCAGGGGUAUCCAGCAUUCCAUCUGACAGUACAGGUGCAAUCACAGCAAAGGAUGAAGUGGAGCCACCUUUGAUUGAUUUGGAUGCUAAAUAUUCUCAAACUGUUGUUGUUAAUGCUGGAGAAUCAUUCAGGAUUGAUGCUGGAAUAUUUGGCAAGCCCAUUCCAUCAUGCCAUUGGAUUAAAGCUGGUGAAGAACUUACAAAUACAGCUAGACUGGAGAUUAAGAGUACUGACUUCACAACUUCUUUAAGUGUAAAAGAGGCUAUUCGUGUUGAUGGUGGCCAGUAUAUGCUAUUAUUGAAAAAUGUUGGUGGAGAGAAAUCUAUAAGUGUCAAUGUCAAAGUUCUAGACAGGCCUGGGCCACCAGAUGGGCCAAUUUCAAUUUAUGGGGUUACAAGUGAGAAAUGUUGCAUAGCUUGGAAAACACCCUUACAUGAUGGAGGUGCUGAGGUAUCUCAUUACAUUGUUGAGAGAAGGGAAACCAGCCGAUUAGUUUGGACUGUUGUGGAAUCUAAGGUACAAACCCUGAAUCUGAAGAUUACCAAGCUUCUUCCAGGAAAUGAGUACAUAUUCAGAGUUAUCCCUGUCAACAAAUAUGGAAUUGGUGAGCCUCUGGAAUCUGACCCAGUUAUUGCAGCAAAUCCAUUUGUCACACCUGAUGCACCUACUGGUGUUGAGAUAUCCAACAUUACAAAAGACUCCAUGGUUGUUACAUGGGAAAGACCUACUAAUGAUGGAGGUAAUGCAAUUAAUGGAUAUGUAAUUGAAAAGCGGGAUAAAGAAGGUGUUAGAUGGACAAGAUGCAAUAAGCGUGUUGUUAGUGAACUCCGCUUCAGAGUGGCAGGUCUUCUUGAAAAUCGCAGUUAUGAAUUCCGUGUCUCUGCUGAGAAUGCAGCUGGAGUUGGCAAACCAAGUGCCCCAACUGUGUACUACAAGGCAGUGGAUCCAGUCUUCAGGCCAGGUCCACCAAACAAUCCCAAGGUUAUUGAUAUCUCUAGGUCAUCUGUUGUACUACAGUGGGGAAAACCUAUUUAUGAUGGUGGUUGUGAGAUUCAAGGUUAUAUUGUUGAGGCCUGUGAAGGCAUAUCUGAUGAAUGGACAAUGUGCACACCACCUACUGGAAUCACAGAAACAAGAUUUGAAGUUAAAAAACUGUUGGAAAAACAUGAAUACAAAUUCAGAAUUUGUGCCAUAAAUAAGGUUGGAGUUGGUGAAAAUGCUGAUAUCAAAGGAUCCAUAAUCAUGGAAGAUAAACUUGAAGCACCAGAUAUUGAUCUUGAUGCUGACUUGAGAAAAAUGAUCACUGUUAGGGCAGGAGGAUCCCUUAGAUUAUUUGUUCCCAUCAGAGGCCGACCCGCUCCUGAGGUUAAAUGGGGAAAAGCUGAAGGAGAAAUUAACGAGACAGCACAAAUUGAUAUCACAAGCAGCUAUACUUCUCUUGUAAUUGAAAACAUCAACAGAUUUGACAGUGGUAAAUACACUUUGUCUUUGGAAAAUUCAAGUGGAACAAAGUCUGCAUUUAUUAGUGUCAGAGUACUUGACACUCCUGAUGCACCAGCAAACUUCCAUGUGAAGGAAAUAACAAAGAACUCAGUUACCUUGACAUGGGAGCCACCUUUGCUGGAUGGUGGAGCUAAGAUAAAAAAUUAUAUUGUUGAAAAGCGCGAGAGCACAAGAAAGGUAUACUCUGCUGUGGCUUCCUGCAACAAAAUGACAUACAAGAUUGAACAACUUGAAGAGGGCCACAACUACUUCUUCAGAGUUCUUGCUGAAAAUGAACAUGGUAUUGGAUUACCUGCUGAGACUCCAGAACCACUGAAAAUCUCAGAAGUACCACAACCACCAGGAAAAAUCACUGUAGUGGAUGUUACACGCAAGAGCAUAUCUUUGUCUUGGGAAAAACCAGAACAUGAUGGAGGCAGCCGAAUCACCCACUAUGAAGUUGAGAUGCAAGCAAAGGGCAUUGAAAAAUGGUCUCUGUGUGCACAAGUUAAAUCACUUGACACCACUGUUACCAAUUUAGCCCAAGGUGAAGAGUACAGUUUCAGAGUUAUUGCAGUUAAUGACAAAGGAAAGAGUGAUCCUAGAUUUCUAGCACAUCCUGUCAUUGCAAAGGACCUUGUAAUUGAUCCAUCUGUGAGGACAAAACUUAGUACCUACAGUGUACAGGUUGGCCAUGACUUGAAAAUUGAGGCCCGUAUCACUGGUCAUCCAAAACCAACUAUUACAUGGACUAAAGAUGGUACAGCUCUGAAACAGACCACAAGAGUUAAUGUUGCAGACACUGCACACCACACAACUCUGUCUAUUAAAGAUGCAACAAGAGAGGAUGGUGGCAUGUACAACAUUACAGUGGCCAAUGUACUUGGACAAAAAGAAGCCAUUGUUGAAGUCAUCAUACUUGAAAAACCUGGUCCACCAAUGGGUCCAGUCAGGAUAGAUGAAAUAAGCGCAGAAAGUAUUACAUUGUCAUGGGAUCCACCAACGUACACUGGAGGUUGUCAGAUAUCAAAUUACAUUGUACAAAAGAGAGAUACUACUACAACCAACUGGGUAGUUGUUUCAGCUACAGUGGCAAGGACUACACUUAAAGUUGGAAAUUUGAAAACUGGAGCUGAGUACCAGUUCAGGAUCUUUGCUGAGAACAGAUAUGGCAAAAGCUAUGCAAUAGACUCAGAACCAGUUGUUGCUCAGUACCCUUUCAAAGAGCCAGGUCCCCCUGGAACGCCAUUUGUGUCAGCAUUCACAAAAGAGUCUAUGGUUGUUGAGUGGCAUAAACCAGUUUCAGAUGGUGGCAGUGCUAUUCUUGGAUAUCAUCUUGAGAGGAAAGAAAAGAACAGUAUUUUGUGGACAAAGAUAAACAAAACACUUAUUCAAGACACUAGAUUUAAAACAUCACCACUGGAGGAGGGUAUAGAAUAUGAGUUCAGAGUCUCUGCUGAAAAUAUUGUUGGAAUUGGCAAAUGCAGCAAAGUUUCUGAGGGUUGUGUGGCACGUGACCCAUGCGAUCCUCCUGGUACACCUGUGCCAGUAAUUGUGACAAGACACUCAGUGAAGCUCAGAUGGACACCACCAACAUAUGAUGGAGGCAGUCUGGUCACUGGGUAUGUUGUGGAGAAGAGAGACCUACCAGAUGGCCGUUGGAUGAAAGCAAGCUUCACAAAUAUUCUGGAAACUGAAUUUACAGUCACAGGUCUGACGGAAGACUCAAAGUAUGACUUCAGAGUGAUUGCCAGAAAUGGUGCUGGAUCAGUCAGCAAGCCUUCUGAAUGCACUGGGCCAAUCACAGCUAAGGAUGAAGUUCAGCCACCAACGUUUGAGGUUGACUCACAGUACAGCCAAAUAAUCACUGUAAAUGCUGGAGAUACAUUUACUCUGGAGGCUUCUGUACUGGGAAAGCCAGUUCCAACAAUGCAGUGGUUCAAAGGCGAUGUGGAAGUCGAAGCAUCAGCAAGAGCAGAGACCAAGAACACUGAUUUUAAAGCCGUGCUUGUUGUUAAAGAUGCCAUUAGAAUUGAUGGAGGGCAGUACACUUUGCACCUUACUAAUGUUGGUGGAACUAAAUCCGUGCCAUUCAAUGUGAGAGUGCUUGAUAGACCUGGGCCCCCUGAUGGUCCUUUAACAGUCUCUAAUGUUACAAGUGAGAAGUGCUCAUUAUCAUGGCUUCCUCCUAGACAUGAUGGUGGAAGCAGUGUUUCACAUUACAUCAUUCAGAAAAGAGAAACAAGUCGUCUUGCUUGGACUGUAGUGUCUAGCGAUUGUGGAGCAACCAUGUUCAAGGUCACUAAGCUUCUUAAAGGAAAUGAGUAUAUCUUCCGUGUCAUGGCAGUCAACAAAUAUGGUGUUGGUGAACCUUUGGAGUCUGUCCCAGUAAUUAUGAGGAAUCCAUUUGUUCCUGCUGGAGCUCCUAAAGAGCUAGAAAUAACAAAUAUUUCAAGGGAUUCCAUGACAGUGUGCUGGACUCGCCCUGAGACUGAUGGUGGAAGUGAGAUUGUUGGUUACAUUGUAGAGAAGAGAGACAGAGCUGGUGUCAGAUGGACAAAAUGUAACAAACGCAGAGUCACAGACCUUCGUUUCAGAGUUACAGGUCUCACAGAGGAUCAUGAAUAUGAAUUUAGGGUAUCUUCAGAAAAUGCUGCUGGAGUUGGACAACCAAGUCCACCAACUGUGUAUUACAAAGCAUGCGACCCCACAUUUAAACCUGGUCCACCAACUAAUGCACACCUUGUUGACACCACAAAGAACUCAGUGACUAUUGAAUGGAGUAGACCAAUUUAUGAUGGUGGUUUAGACAUCCAGGGCUACAUUGUAGAGAUCUGCAAAGCUGAUGAAGAGGAAUGGCUAACAUGUACUCCACCUACUGGGUUGAAUAAUACUAAAUUCACAAUAACCAAACUAACAGAACACCAAGAGUAUAAGGUUCAGAUAUGUGCUCUGAAUAAGCUGGGUGUUGGUGAGCCAGUUGCUAUCCAAGGCACUGUGAAGCCAGUUGAUAAAAUGGAUCCUCCUGAAAUUGAACUUGAUUCUGAAUUAAGAAAGGGCAUUGUGGUACGUGCUGGAGGAUCUAUGAGAAUCAGUAUACCCUUUAAAGGCCGUCCCACUCCAGACAUAAACUGGACAAAGGAUGAUGGUGAUCUACCAAGUAAAGCACAAAUUGAAAAGGGUUUGGAUUACACCCAGCUCUCAAUUGACAUCUGUGACAGAAAUGACGCUGGAAAAUAUACACUGAAUCUAGAGAACAGCAGUGGUACCAAGUCAGCAUUUGUUUCAGUGAAAGUGCUGGAUACACCAGGUGCUCCACUAAAUCUAAUUGUGAAAGAUAUCACAAGAAAUUACGUCACUCUCGUCUGGGAGCCACCACUUAUUGAUGGUGGUGCAAAGAUAAAGAACUACAUUGUGGACAAGCGUGAAUCAACUCGGCCAGCCUUCUCUAACAUCACCACAAAAUGCACAAAGACCAGCUUGCGUGUUGGUGAUCUCACUGAAGGUGGCAUUUAUUACUUCAGAGUCAUGGCAGAGAAUGAGUUUGGAGUUGGUCUACCUAUAGAAACAGAAGAAUCUGUAAAGACUGCAGAUCCUCCUCUAUCUGUGGGAAAGGUAACUUUAACUGAUGUGACUAAAACCACUGCUUCAUUGUCAUGGGAAAAACCAGAUCAUGAUGGUGGUAGUAGGAUUCUAGGAUAUUAUAUUGAAAUGCAGCCCAAAGGAUCAGAAGACUGGGUAGUAGCAACAACUACGAAAACAUGUGAGGGUACAGUUACAGGACUCAGUGCUGGUAGAGAAUAUCUUUUCAGGGUUUCAGCCUUUAACGAUAAAGGAAAAAGUGAUCCAAGGCCAUUGGCUGCUCCAGUCACAGCCAAAGAUAUUACAAUUGAACCAACCCUCAAAAUGACUGUCAGCACAUACAGUGUCCAGUGUGGUGAGGACCUCAAAAUAGAAAUUCCAGUAAAAGGUCGACCUGCACCAAAGGUUACAUGGACUAAGGAUGGGAAAGCACUAAAAGAAACAACAAGACUAAAUGUCUCAUGCACUGCAGCAUCCACAGUUCUUAGCAUAAAAGAUGCCAAUAGAGAGGAUUCUGGCAAAUAUACAAUAACAGCUACAAACAAUGUAGGCACAGUCUCAGAGGAAAUUGGCAUAAUCAUCCUAGACAAACCAGGUCCACCAGUUGGACCAGUCAAAAUUGAGGAAGUAAGUGCCAACUAUGUUGUCAUUUCCUGGGAGCCACCCAUAUACACUGGUGGUUGUCAGAUAAACAACUAUAUUGUGGAAAAACGUGACACCACUACCACAGCCUGGCAGAUUGUUUCUGCAACCAUUGCACGUACAACAAUCAAAAUCUCUAAACUGAAAACUGGUUCAGAAUAUCAGUUUAGAGUAUCUGCGGAAAAUAGAUAUGGAAAGAGCUCAUCAUUAGACUCGGCACUUGUUGUUGUUAGUUAUCCUUUCAGUGAACCUGGAGCACCUAACAUGCCAUUUGUGUCCUCUGUGACAAAAGAUCAUAUGGUUAUUGAAUGGAAGCCACCUAGCAAUAACGGAGGCAGUCCUGUUAUCGGUUAUCACCUUGAGCGCAAAGAGAAGAACAGCAUUUUGUGGACAAAACUUAACAAGCUUUUGAUUGCUGACACUCGAUUCAAAACAGAUGGUCUUGAGGAAGGCAUUGAGUAUGAAUAUAGAGUGUAUGCUGAAAAUAUUGCAGGAAUAAGUCCCCCAAGCAAAAUUUCAGAAAGUGUUGUUGCACAUGAUCCAUGUGACUCCCCUGGAACCCCUGAAGCUAUUGUUAUCACAAGGAACCUUGUCACACUUCAGUGGGCAAAGCCACAAUAUGAUGGAGGCAGUGCAAUCACAGGUUAUAUUGUUGAGAGGAAGAAGUUACCUGAUGGCCGUUGGAUGAAGGCCAGUUUCACUAAUAUAAUUGAUACACAAUUUACAAUCACAGAAUUAACAGAAGGAGACAGAUAUGAAUUCAGAGUAAUUGCAAGAAAUGCAGCUGGUGUUUUAAGUGAACCUUCUGAAAGCACUGGGCCAAUUACUGCACAGGAUGAGAUUGAAGCCCCCUCAGUCUCCAUGGAUUCAAAAUUCAAGGAUGUCAUAAUUGUGAAUGCUGGUGACACAUUCACAAUUGAUGCUGACAUUGCAGGAAAACCACUCCCUGACAUCAUGUGGCUAAAAGAUGGAAAAGAAAUUGACAGUGCUACCCAAAGAAUGGAAAUUAAAUCCACUAUUACACGUACUGUUCUAACGGUUAAAGAUUGCAUAAGAGUAGAUGGUGGACAUUUUGUCCUAAGUCUCAGCAAUGUUGGUGGAACAAAACAAGUGCCUAUAAACGUCAAAGUUCUGGACAGGCCUGGUCCACCAGAUGGGCCUCUGAAGGUAACUGGUGUCAGAGCGGAGAAAUGUUAUUUACACUGGAGCCAUCCAACACAUGAUGGUGGAGCUGGUAUAUCUCAUUACAUCAUUGAAAAGAGGGAAACCAGCAGACUGUCUUGGACUAUGGUAGAACCCAAAAUUCAAGCUAUCAGUUACAAAGUCACUAAACUCUUACCAGGUAAUGAGUACAUCUUUAGAGUCAUGGCAGUGAACAAGUAUGGUAUUGGCGAAUCACUUGAAUCUGAUCCAGUCAUUGCAAAAAAUCCUUUCAAGACACCUGGUCCUCCUUCAACACCAGAAGCAAGUGCAAUCACUAGAGACUCAAUGGUUCUUACAUGGGAACGACCAGAGGAUGAUGGUGGCUCACAAAUUGAGAGCUAUGUCUUGGAGAAGCGUGAUAAAGAGGGUGUCCGAUGGACAAAGUGUAACAGGAAAAGACUAACUGAUCUGCGUUUUAGAGCCACUGGAUUAACUGAAGGGCACUCUUAUGAGUUCAGAGUAUCUGCUGAAAAUGCUGCAGGUGUUGGCACACCAAGUGGACCAUCUGAAUAUUACAAAGCCUGUGAUGCAACCUAUCCACCUGGCCCUCCAAGCAAUCCCAAAGUGACAGACCAUUCAAGCACAACUGUUUCUCUUGCAUGGACUAGGCCCAUUUAUGAUGGUGGCGCAUCAGUCUCAGGAUAUAUUGUUGAGAUGAAAGAAGCCAGUGAUGAUGAAUGGAUUGUGUGUACACCACCUACUGGUGUACAAACAACACACUUCACAGUGAAAAAACUGAAGGAAAAUGCAGAAUACAACUUCCGUAUUUGUGCAGUUAAUAUUGAAGGUGCUGGAGACCAUGUUGAUGUUCAAGGUUCUGUUAUCGCUGCUGAGAAACUUGAGGCCCCUGAGGUAGAGUUAGAUGCUGAUCUGAGAAAAAUUGUGACUGUUCGGGCAAGUGCAACACUGCGCUUGUUUGUCACAAUCAGAGGAAGCCCUGAACCUGAAGUUAAAUGGACAAAGGCAGAAAGUCCCCUAACAGAGCGUGCCCAAAUUGAAGUCACAAGCUCGUACACCAUGCUUGUCAUUGACAACGUCGACCGAUUUGAUACUGGUAAAUAUGUUGUGACACUUGAAAACAAUAGUGGCACCAAAUCUGCAUUUGUUAAUGUCAGAGUCCUGGACUCUCCAAGUGCUCCAGUAAACUUUGUGGUUAAAGAUAUCAAGAGAGAUUCAGUCCAACUACAGUGGGAACCACCACAUAUUGAUGGGGGAGCCAAGAUUACUCAUUAUAUUGUAGAGAAACGUGAAUCUAAAAGAAUGGCAUUUACAACGGUGACAAACAAUUGUGUCAGGAAUUCAUUCAGGGUUGAUGAUCUCCAAGAGGGAGGUGUUUAUCACUUCCGUGUACUAGCUGUGAAUGAACUUGGUGUUGGCUUGCCUGCAACUACCACUGAGCCCAUCAAAGUUUCUCAAGCACCUUUACCACCUGGUAAGGUUACACUUGUAGAUGUAACUCGCCAUAGUGCAAGCCUCUCAUGGGAAAAGCCAGACCAUGAUGGUGGUAGCAAAAUAACAGGCUACAUUGUAGAGAUGUUGACUAAAGGAUCAGAAAAAUGGACUGUGUGUGCUACAGUUAAAGCACUGGAAGCCACAAUUGAAGGACUUACAACAGGAGAGGAAUAUUCAUUCAGAAUUAUAGCCAUUAAUGACAAAGGAAAGAGUGAUCCUAAACCCCUGGUAGCACCUGUUGUGGCCAAGGACAUCACUAUUGAACCAAUUAUUAACCUGUUAUUUAGCACUUACAGUGUUAAGGCCGGAGAUGAUCUCAAAAUUGAUGUUCCAUUUAGAGGCAGGCCACAUCCAGAAGUGUCAUGGAAGAAAGAUGGCCACUCAUUGAAGCAAACAACCAGAGUAAAUGUUUUGACAUCUACAACGUCCUCUAAGAUUAUCAUUAAGGAUGCAACAAGGGACGAUGCUGGAAAAUAUGAGAUCACGCUGACUAACCCAAUUGGUGUUAAAUCAGCUGAAGUAACAGUUAUUGUUCUAGACAAACCAGGCCCACCAAGUGCAAUCAGAGUAGAUGAAGUAAGUGCUGAUUACAUAUCAUUAUCAUGGGAUCCUCCAGUUUACGAUGGUGGUUGUCAAAUCAACAACUAUGUUGUUGAGAAGCGCGAUACAACCACUACAACAUGGCAAAUUGUUUCAGCUACAGUGGCAAGGACAUCAAUUAAAGUAUCUCGCUUGACACAGGGAACGGAAUAUCAGUUCCGUAUUGCUGCUGAAAAUCGUUAUGGCAAAAGCCAUGCUGUUGACUCUGCCCCAAUAGUUGCACAGUACCCCUUCACACCACCUGGCCCUCCAGCUGAUCUUCAAGUUGCUCAUGCCACAAAGUCAGGCAUGUUAGUUACAUGGAAACGACCAGCCAGCGAUGGUGGAAGUCCAGUCAUUGGAUAUCACUUGGAAUGCAAAGAACAGAGUAGCAUUCUCUGGACGAAAGUCACUAGGGGUCUUGUUGCUGACACUCAGUUCAAGGUAACUGGUCUUGAAGAGGGUAUCCUCUAUCAAUAUAGAGUAUAUGCAGAGAAUAUUGCAGGCAUUGGACCUUGCACAAAAGCCUCUGAGCCUGUUGCUGCAAGAGACCCAUGUGAUCCUCCAGGUCAGCCAGUUGUUGUAAACAUAACAAGAACUUCAGUUUCUCUCUCCUGGACAAAACCUGAAAAUGAUGGUGGAGCCAAGGUGACUGGUUAUAUUGUUGAGCGUAAAGAACUUCCAGAUGGACGUUGGUUGAAGUGCAAUUUCACCAAUCUCCAAGAAACAUAUUUUGAUGUCACAGGCCUAACUGAAGAUCAGAGAUAUGAUUUCCAUGUGAUUGCAAAGAAUGCUGCUGGUUUACUCAGUGAGCCAUCAGAGGGUACAGGCCCUGUUACAGUAAAAGAUGACGUGGAUCCACCCCGUAUCACAAUUGAGGAUAAACUCAGACAGCUUGUUGUAGUCAAAGCAGGAGAUAUACUAAGAAUUGAUGCUGAAAUUUCUGGCCGUCCAAUUCCAGUGAUUUCAUGGUCAAAGGAUGGAAAAGAAAUUGAAGCAAAAGCAAGAGUUGAAAUUUCUUCAACACUUAUGUCUACCACACUGAUUGUCAGAGACAGCAUUAGAAGAGACUCUGGGCAGUAUGUUCUCACAUUACAGAAUGUUGCUGGCACCAGAUCUUUAGCUGUGAACUGUAAAGUCCUCGACAGACCUGGUCCAUCAUCUGGACCACUGGAAGUUACUGGCUUGACAGCAGAAAAAUGUACAUUAACUUGGGGACCACCACAAGAAAAUGGUGGUGCUGAAAUUCAGCACUACAUUGUUGAAAAACGUGAGACAAGCCGUCUUGCUUGGACCUUGGUCUACGCAGACAUGAAGGCCACAACAUGCAAAGUCACAAAACUGCUUAAGGGCAAUGAAUACAUUUUCAGGGUUCGGGGAGUGAAUAAAUAUGGAACAGGUGAAGCUCUGGAGAGUGAUGCCGUUAAGGCAAUGGAUCCAUUUACAGUACCUGCUGCACCAACAAAUGUUGAAGUUACAAGUGUAACGAGUGAAGCAAUGACAAUCUGCUGGGAACGACCUGUCUCUGACGGCGGCAGUAGUAUUAGUGGCUAUGUAAUUGAAAAACGUGAAAAAUCAGGUCUCCGUUGGGUCCGUGUGAACAAAAGGCCUGUUUACGACCUAAGAGUCAAAGCUUCCAAUCUCCGUGAAGGAUGUGAAUAUGAGUACCGUGUCUAUGCUGAGAAUGCUGCAGGUUUAAGUGCACCAAGUGUGCCUUGCCCUUUGACAAAGGCAGAAGAUCCAUUGUUCUUGCCAUCACCACCAGCUAAACCGAAGAUAAUUGAUUCUACCAAAACCACAAUAACCCUUGCUUGGAACAAACCGUUGUUUGAUGGUGGUUCUCCAGUUACAGGAUACUCUGUUGAAUACAGGAAAACCAAUGACGAGGACUGGAUUGUUGGAGUCAGACACACAAAGAACACUGAGUUCACUGUUGUAGGGCUGACAUCAGGAACAGAUUAUGUCUUUGUGGUUAGAUCAAUCAACAAAAUUGGUCCAAGUGAGCCAAGUCCAGAAACUGAUCCCCAAGUAGCAAAAGAGAGAGAAGAAGAGCCUGUUUUCCUGAUCAGUAAUGAAAUGAGAAAGACAUUAAUUGUCAAAGAUGGUAGCUCAUUUACUUUAAGAGUCCCAUUUAAGGGGAAGCCUGUGCCACAUGUUAUGUGGAAUAAACCUGAUGUUGAUCUGAGAGUUAGGGCAGCAAUUGAUACAACUGAUACUUGCACAUCUAUCACAGUUGAGCAAGCUACAAGAAAUGAUUCAGGCAGAUAUAAUGUGACUCUUCAAAAUGUUGCUGGAACAGCUACGUUGUCACUGAAUGUCAAAGUGCUUGAUUCACCUGGACCACCUGCCAGCAUUGCAGUUAAAGAAGUGACCAAAAACUCUGCAAUUGUUACAUGGGACACACCAGAAAAUGAAGGUGGUGCUCCUGUAAAGAACUACCUUGUAGAUCUACGUGAGGCAAGCAAAAAGGGAUGGACAAGGGUUUCAGAUAGUUGUCCUCGGCUUACCUUCAAGGUAACUGACCUUCAAGAGGGAGGUGUUUAUUAUUUCAGAGUCACUGGCGAAAAUGAAUACGGAAUUGGAGUACCACUUGAAACCAAAGAGGGAACUAAGAUUACAGAAAAACCAAGUCCACCAGGAAAGCUUGGAGUAACUGAUGUCACAAAAGACAGCGUUGCCCUUGCUUGGACUAAACCUGAGCAUGAUGGUGGCAGCAGGAUUACCAAUUACCAGGUUGAUGCUCUAGAAAAAGGACAACAAAAGUGGAUAAAGUGUGGUGUGACUAAAACAACACAUUUUGUUGUCUAUGGCUUGAGAGAGAAUGCUGAGUACUUCUUCAGAGUUCGUGCUGAAAACCAUGCUGGGUUUAGUGACCCUAAAGACAUGGUUAUGCCCGUGCUUGUUAAAGAUCAGUUAGAGGCACCUGAGAUUAACAUGAAGGACUUCCAGCACAACACUGUCUAUGUAAAGGCUGGUUCAAAUCUCAAGGUUGAGAUCCCUCUUACUGGUAAACCACUACCAAAGGUUUCUUUGUCAAAGGAUGAUCAUGUUCUGAGAUCAACCAUGAGGUUCAACUCUGAAGUAACACCAGAGUGUCUUGUCAUCACUCUGCGUGAGAGUGUUGCCCAUGAUGCAGGCAGAUAUGACAUUACAGCCUCCAACUCAAGUGGAACCACCAGGUCCUUCUUAAAUAUUGUAGUCCUGGACAGACCAAGUCCACCUGUUGGCCCGGUUGAGAUGUAUGAUAUCACAGAGGACAGUGUAAGUCUGAAAUGGCUCCCUCCUACAUAUGAUGGCGGUAGCCCAAUCACCAACUACAUUGUUCUAAAACGUGAAACAACUACUGCAAACUGGGUUGAAGUUUCAUCUGCAGUUGCAAGAUGCACAAUCAAGAUUAUGAAACUGUCUACUGGAAUUGAGUAUCAAUUCAGAAUCAGGGCAGAAAAUCGCUUUGGUAUCAGUGACCAUAUUGAUUCUCCACCUGUCACAGUCAGUCUCCCAUAUACAAUUCCUGAGGCUCCUUCAACACCAUGGGUAUCUGCUGUCACUAGAGAAAGUAUUACUGUUAACUGGAAAGAACCCACUUCUGAUGGUGGAAGCCAUGUAUUUGGAUACCACCUUCAAAUGAAAGACAAAAACAGCAUCCUGUGGAAGAAGGUGAACAGAACUGUCAUUCGUGCCACACAUUUCAAGGAGACAAACAUCAGUCCUGGCCUGAUCUAUGAGUUCAAGGUUGCAGCAGAAAAUGCAGCUGGCAUUGGUCCAGUAAGCAAGAUCUCAGAAGCUGUUCUUGCAAUUGAUGCCUGUGAACCUCCAACUGAUGUCCGUGUCACAGAUGUCACAAAGAAUUCCAUCAGCCUUUCCUGGCAGAAACCUUCUUAUGAUGGUGGAAGCAAGGUGACUGGGUACAUAAUUGAGAAGAAAGAUGGUCCAAAAGGAAAAUGGUCAAAAGCUAAUUUGACAAAGGUUUCUGACACCAAGUUCACCGUAUCAGGUCUGACUCAAGAUGAAACUUAUGAAUUUAGAGUCUUGGCAAAGAAUGCAGUUGGUUCCAUCAGUAACCCUUCCGCUACUGUUGGACCAGUAACCUGUGUGGACACUUUCGGUGCCCCUGAGAUUGAACUUCCUCAGGCAUAUCAUGAAGUUCUAAAGUGCAAAGCAGGAGCAUCAGUUCAACUUAAAGUUGGUAUUAUUGCUAAACCUCAACCAACAAUUGAAUGGUUUAAAGAUGGAAAAGAGCUUGAAUCUGGAGUUCAGACCAUGAUUUCGAGCACCACUGAUUCUGCAUGUGUCUCGAUCAAGGAUGCCACACGUUUGAACUCUGGAACAUAUGAACUCAAGAUAAAGAAUUCUUUGGGCUCAGCAUAUGCUGCCAUCAGAGUACUUAUCCAAGACAAACCAGGUCCACCUGCAGGAGAGAUUCAGUUCAAGAAAAUCACUGCAGACACUAUUACUAUCAUGUGGGAUCCUCCAGCUGAUGAGGGUGGUGCAAUGGUCACCCAUUACAUUGUGGAGAAACGUGAAAGUAGCAGAAUCAUGUGGUCCAUAAUCUCUGAGAAACUGGAGGACUGCAUUGUCUCUGUUCCAAGGCUGAUCAGAGGCAAUGAGUACAUCUUCCGUGUUCGUGGAGUGAACAAAUAUGGAGUCGGAGAUCCUUUAGAAUCUGAGCCUGUCAUUGCACAGAACUCCUUCGUACCUCCCAGUCGACCCUCCAAACCUCAAGUCACCAUGAUUACCAGAUCAACAAUGACUGUGGUAUGGGAAAGGCCAAGCAUGGAUGGAGGCAGUGAUAUUGAUGGAUAUUAUCUGGAGAAACGAGAAAAGAAGAGUCUUCAGUGGUUCAAGGUCAUCAAAGAUCCAAUUCGUGAUACUAGGCAGAAAGUUAGCAAUCUCACAGAGGGGAAUGAAUAUCAGUAUCGUGUGUGUGCAAUUAACAAAGCUGGAGCAGGUCAAUACUCUGAUGCAUCCAUCUUCUAUAAAGCAUAUGAUCCCAUCGACCCACCAAGCGAGCCAACAAAACUUAAAGUUGUUGACUCAACCAAGACAUCAAUUACCCUUGGAUGGGUGAAGCCUGUUUAUGAUGGUGGCAGUGAAAUCACAAGCUAUGUAGUUGAGCAAAUGAAGGCUGAUGAAAAAGAAUGGGUUACUAUUAGCUCUAAGGGUGAAGUAAGAACCACUGAGUAUGUGGUGUCACAUCUAAAACCAGGGGUGUACUACUUCUUCCGUGUAUCUGCUGUUAACUGUGCUGGAGUUGGACGUCCGAUUGAAAUGAUUCAACCAGUACAAGCCAAAGAUAUUCUAGAGGAGGCUGAUAUUGAUCUUGAUAUUUCAAUGUCAACUCAGUAUACGGCAAAGGCUGGAAGGGAUGUGGAGAUCAUGAUACCUCUCAAAGGCAGACCUGCACCAAAUGUCACAUGGAGAAGGGGAGACAGGAAUAUUGGUGGCGAUGCAAAAUAUACUAUUAAUAAUACAGAAUAUUCAACAACACUUAUCAUUCCGAAGGUCACUCGGGAUGAUUCAGGCAAAUAUCUUCUAGAGAUUGAAAAUGGAGUUGGCGAGCCAAAGACAGUUACUAUAUCUGUGAAGGUGUUAGACUCACCUUCUGCUUGCAGUAAGUUGGUAGUGAAAAAUGUCACACGUGGUAAACUCACUCUGAGCUGGGAACCUCCCCAUAUCGAUGGUGGCUCUCCUAUUACCAAUUAUAUAGUUGAAAAGAAGGAUGCUAAAAUGAAGGCUUACUCCAUAGUGACAACAGAAUGUGCCAACACAUCAUACAAGGUUGAAGGCCUGUCUGAAGAGAUUGCUUAUUUCUUCCGUGUAUCUGCCGAAAAUGAAAAUGGCGUUGGUGACACUUGUGAGACCACAGAACCUGUUAGAGCAACUGAGACUCCUGGUCCUGUAAAGAACCUUGUCAUGGAAGAUUCAACUAAUACAUCAGUUACUUUAGCAUGGACAAAGCCUGACCAUGAUGGUGGCAGCCAUAUUUCUGAGUACAUCAUUGAAAAGAAAGCCAAAGACGAGGAGACAUGGACCCUUGGUGGUACAUGCAGACGCUGCAAGUUUGAAGUAACACAUCUUAAGGAAAACUCUCAAGUUUUCUUCAAAGUAUAUGCCAAGAAUGAGAAGGGUUGCAGUGACUUCUCUCAAAUUGGACCCAUUACUGUCAAGGACUUCCUUAUCCCACCAGAGGCUAACCUCAUAGACUAUCCCAAUGGUGAAUUAAGUGUCCGUAUUGGACAAAAUAUAAAUAUUGAAUUACCAUACAAGGGUAAACCCAAACCAACUGUUCAGUGGAUGAAAGAUGAUGUUCCACUGAAGGAAAGUGAACAGGUUCGUUUUAGACAAACAGAGAAUAAAGCUACUAUGAUUGUGAGAAAUGCAAGAAAGGAGAAUGCAGGCAAAUACACUUUGGUCCUUGACAACAGACUUGUCAAGAACUUCUUUGACAUCAGGGUUAUCACUCUUGGUGCACCCUCUGCACCAGUAGGCCCCAUCCAGUUUGAUGAAAUCAAAGCCCAGAGCAUCAUUAUCUCAUGGAAUGAGCCACAGGAAGAUGGCGGGGGAGAAAUUACUUGCUACAGUGUGGAAAAACGAGAAACGUCUCAGGCAGCCUGGAAAAUUGUUUGUUCAAGUGUGGUAAGAACCACAUUUAAGAUUCCUAACCUGGUUAAGGGGACAGAGUACCAAUUCAGAGUACGUGCAGAGAACAAAUAUGGAGUAAGCGAACCUCUCACCUCAUCAGAUGUUGUUGCCCAACACCAGUAUAAGCCACCAGGCCCCCCAGGAAAGCCUGUAGUAUUUAAUGUUACAAGUGAUGGCAUGACUGUGUCAUGGGAUGCUCCCAGCUUUGAUGGUGGCUCUCCAGUUACUGGAUAUCAUCUUGAGAAGAAAGACAGAAAUAGCCUUCUGUGGACCAAAGUGAAUUCUAAUGUCAUAUCUGGAAGAGAGUACAGAGUAAUUGGUCUCAUUGAAGGCCUGGAAUAUUCAUUCAGAGUGUAUGCUCAGAACAAUGCUGGAAUGAGUCCAGUCAGUGAGCAAAGCAAGCACAAACUUGCUAUUUCUCCUGUUGACCCUCCUGGCACGCCUAACUGCAUUGAUGUUACACGAGAUUCCGUCACACUUCAAUGGGAACCACCUAAACGUGAUGGAGGCAGUAAGAUUGUGGCAUACAGUGUUGAGAGACGCCAAGGAAGAGCACGCUGGCUGAGAUGCAAUUUUAUUGAUAUCAGUGAAUGCCAGUUCACAGUGACAGGCCUUGCUUGUGGUGACCGCUUUGAAUUCAGGGUAAUUGCCAGGAAUGCUGUUGGAACCGUCAGUCCACCUUCACAGUCAUCUGGCUACAUAAUGACCAAGGAUGAAAGUGUAAUUCCUGAGAUUCAGUUCAGUGCUGAAAAGACUCUAACAAUCAAGGCUGGAGAAAACAUCAAACUGAGUUGCACUAUUAGUGGUCGUCCCGUACCUCAAGUUACAUGGUAUAAGGAUGGAAAAGAACUUGACAAAAUGCUUAUUGAUAUUACAACCAUGAUUGGAUCAAGCUCACUGUUCAUUAGAGAUGCUGAUCGUGACAAUCGUGGAAUCUACACUGUUGAAGCAAAGAAUAGCUCUGGAACAAGGAAGGAGGACGUUCUUGUCAGAGUGCAAGAUACUCCUGGACCACCUGAGGGCCCACUUCGCUUUACAAAUAUCUCUGCUGAGAAGGCAACUCUUUGGUGGAGUCCACCAGAAAAUGAUGGCUGUGCAGCUAUCACUAAUUAUGUGAUUGAGAAGCGGGAAACCUCCCGAAUUACUUGGGCACUUGUUACAUCCAAGUGUGAAGCCUGCUCUUUCAAUGCCACCAAUUUGAUUAAGGGCAAUGAGUAUCAAUUCCGUGUUUCCGCUGUCAACAAGUUUGGCGUUGGCAAACCAUUGGAAUCAGAUCCAAUUGUUGCUAAAAUGCAAUACACUGUACCAGAUGCUCCAGGAACACCUGACUGCACUCAUGUGACAGGAGACAGUAUUACUUUAUGCUGGACAAGACCUAGAUUUGAUGGUGGAAAUGAGAUCAUGCACUACAUCCUUGAAAGAAGAGAGAAGAAGAGCUUACGAUGGAUAAAAGUUUCAGCAAAGAGGCCAAUUACUGAGCUGAGGCACAGAGUUACACACUUAAAUGAAGGAAAUGAAUAUGAGUUCCGUGUUAUGGCUGAAAACGGUGCUGGUGUUGGACCUCCAAGUGGCACCUCCAGACUAUUUAAAUGCAGAGAACCUACAAGCCCACCUAGUGCACCAACAGUGGUAAAAGUCAUUGAUUCAACAAAGACAUCCGUUACUCUAGAAUGGACCAAACCAGUCUUUGAUGGUGGUAUGCAGAUAAUUGGUUACAUCAUUGAAAUGUGCAAGGCGAGCCUUGAGGAAUGGCACAGAGUUAACACUCAAACUUGCAUACACACAAAGUACACAGUUACAGAUUUGGAACCAGGUGAAGAGUACAAAUUCCGUGUUUGUGCUGUCAAUGGUGCUGGGAAGGGAGAGACAUCUGAGAUUCCAAAUGCAGUGCAAGCCAUAGACAGACUGACAUCACCAGAGAUUGACAUUGAUGCAGACUUUAAACAGACACAUAUUGUCAAGAAUGGUGGAACAGUUACUCUGCAUAUUCCUUUCCGUGGAAAACCUGCUCCACUGGCUACAUGGACAAAGGCAGAUGGAGAACUUGGUGUAAUGGUAGAUAUUAAUACUACAGAUACAUUCAGCACAUUGACAAUUGAAAAUUGUACCAGAUAUGAUUCUGGAAAAUACACACUCUCUCUUGAGAACAACAGUGGUCGUAAAUCCAUUACAUUAACGGUGAAAGUGCUGGAUACGCCUGGACCACCUGGUCCUCUCUCAUUCAAGGAUGUGACAAGAGGAGCUCUGACUCUUAUGUGGGAUGCUCCAGUUAAUGAUGGUGGUGCCCGUAUCCAUCACUACAUUGUUGAAAAACGUGAAGCAAGUCACCUUAGUUGGCAGGAGGUCAGUCCCAAGUGUACACGCCAAAUUCUCAGAGUAACCAAGCUUUCUGUUGGUGUACCAUACUUAUUCAGAGUCAUCGCUGAAAAUCAGUAUGGACAGGGUGAGCCUUAUGAAAUGUCAGAGCCUAUUAUUGCCACUGAAGAGCCUGCACCACCCAAGAGGCUGGAUGUUAUUGAUACUACAUCUUCAACAGCCUCUUUGGUAUGGUUGAAACCUGAACAUGAUGGUGGAAGCCGCAUCACAGGAUAUAUUGUUGAGACCAGAAAGAAAGGCUCCGAUCACUGGAUUGUUGGUGGUCAGACUAAGUCUUUGAAGAUGGUCCUUGAGGGCUUAGUUGAGAACACAGAGUACGAAUUCCGUGUAAAGGCCCAGAAUGACACGGGAAUCAGUUAUCCAAGAGAUGCUCUCUCUUCUGUCAUCAUCAAAGAACCUCGCAUUGAACCAACUGCAGAUCUUAGUAGCAUCAACAAACAGCUUAUUACCUGUAAAACUGGCAAUUCCUUUGCCAUUGAUAUUCCCAUUAGUGGCAGACCAACUCCUAAAGUAACAUGGAAGCUUGAGGAGAUGAAACUCAAGGAAACAGACAGAGUGUCCAUCAAGACAUCCAAAGAUAGAACCACCCUGUUAGUAAAGGAUGCCAAGAGAGGUGACAGUGGAAAAUAUUACCUCAUUCUGGAAAAUGCUGCAGGUGCCAAGACAUUUACUGUAACUGUUACUGUUUUUGGAAGACCUAACCCACCAACAGGACCUGUUGAAGUUUCAGGAAUCACAUCAGAGUCUUGUGUGUUGACAUGGGCUGAGCCUACAGAUGAUGGUGGAACAGACAUCACUAAUUACAUAGUUGAGAAACGUGAAUCUGGUCAAACCUCAUGGCAAGUUGUGAACUCAAGUGUGAAACGGACAACCAUCAAAGUGACGCACUUAACAAAAUACAUGGAGUACACUUUCCGUGUCUGUGCAGAGAACAAGUUUGGAGUCAGCAAGCCCAUUGAAUCCCAAGCUAUUGUUGCUGAGCAUCCAUUUAUUCCACCAAGUCCACCAACCCGCCCAGAUGUGGUGUCAGUGUCUGCUAAUGCCAUUUCUAUUAAAUGGGAUGUACCAUAUCAUGAUGGUGGAAGCCAGGUGACUGGAUAUUGGAUUGAAAAGAAAGAGCGCAACACCAUUUUAUGGGUACGGGAAAACAAGAUCCCAUGCCUUGAGUGUCACUACAAAGUCUCCAAUCUUAUUGAAGGACUUGAAUAUCAAUUCAGAGCAUAUGCAAUGAACAUUGCUGGUCUGAGCAAAGCCAGUGAAGCCUCAAGACCAGUGCUGGCUUUGAAUCCAGUUGACCCUCCAGGCAAGCCAGAGGUUUAUGACAUCUCAAGAUCUUCAGUUUCUAUUAAGUGGUCUGUGCCAUUCAAUGAUGGCGGCAGCAAGAUUGUGGGAUAUGUAGUUGAACGCAAGGCAUCCACUGAUGAUGAUGAAUCUCGCUGGUUGAAGUGCAACUACACUACUAUCACAGACAACUUCUUCACUAUAACAUCACUUGAGGAGGGGGCAGUGUAUGAAUUCCGUGUCUUUGCCAGAAAUGGUGCAGGAGUUCACAGUAUGCCAUCUGAAUCAACAGGACCCAUCACGUGCAAGGAUGAAUACACACCACCAAAGGCUGAAUUAGACAGCAAACUUGUGGGUGAAACAGUCACUGUUAGGGCUGGAUCAGACCUUGUCCUUGACGCUGCAGUCGGGGGUAAACCUGAACCCAAGGUGUUCUGGUCCAAGGGUGAGAAGGAGCUGGAGCCUGGUGACAAGUACUCGUUGACAUACACUAGCACAAGAGCUAUGGCAAUCAUCAAGUCUUGUGACAGGAAUGAUACUGGAAAAUAUAUCUUGACUGUUAAAAAUGCAAGUGGAACCAAGACAGCAGCUGUUAUUGUUAAAGUUCUUGAUACACCUGGGCCUCCAGCAGGUAUAAUCACAAUCAGCAGAGUCACAGAAGAAAAAUGCACAGUUUCUUGGAAGAUACCACUUGAGGAUGGAGGAGAUACUGUCUCUCACUAUAUUGUUGACAGGCGUGAGACCAGUCGACUCAACUGGGUUGUCAUGGAAAUUGAAUGCAAAACUCUGUCAUGCGUCAGUACAAAACUCAUCAAGAACAAUGAAUAUAUUUUCCGUGUCAGAGGUGUGAACAAAUAUGGACCCGGUGUACCACUGGAGUCUGAGCCAGUUGUUGCAAGAAAUGCAUAUACUGUUCCAACACCUCCUGGGGCACCAGAUAUUGUUGCCGUCGGAAAGCAACAUGUCAUUAUUGAAUGGCUGAAGCCAGAGAGUGAUGGUGGAAAUGAAAUCAAGAACUACCUUGUGGAUAAACGUGAGAAGAGCGGUGUGAGAUGGACAAGAGUGAACAAAACAUUCACCAUCUAUGACACCAGACUCAAGAUCACCGGCCUGUUAGAAGGAAGUGAAUACCAGUUCCGUGUUGCAGCUGUCAACGCAGCUGGCCCUAGCAUACCAAGUGAAGCUUCUGAAUAUGUUCUCUGCAGGGAGCCAACAUAUACUCCAGCUCCUCCGUCAACUCCUCGUAUAACCGAUUCUACCAAACACAGCAUCACUAUGACCUGGACCAGACCUAUGUAUGAUGGUGGCUCAGAUGUCACUGGUUAUGUCAUUGAGAUUCUGGAGGAAGGAAUGGAACAAUGGUAUAGAGCCACUCAGAAGAUCCUGACCACCACUGAGUACACUGCAGCUGGUCUGACAAGCAACAAAAAGUAUAGUUUCAGAGUGGCUGCAGCGAAUGCAAUGGGCACUGGAGAAUUCAGUGAAGGCAGUGUGGAGACUGCACCAUCAGAAAGAGUUGAAACUCCUGAUAUUGAGUUACCUGAAGAUUUGAAGAAAACUGUUUGCCUGAGAGCUGGCAGCACUUUAUAUCUGAAUGCAACUGUACUUGGAAGACCACCACCAGUUAUUACCUGGAGAAAGACUGGCAUUGACCUCCAAUCCCGUGGAUACAUUGAAACAACAGAAAGCACUACAGCUUUGACAGUGGAGAAGGUGCACCGUUAUGAUGCUGGAAAAUAUACAAUUGAAGCUGAAAAUCCAUCUGGCAAGAAGACAAUUACCAUUCUCGUUAAGAUCUAUGAUACUCCUGGACCCUGUGGUGCAGUCAAUGUCAAGGAUUACACAAAAGAAUCUGUCGUCAUUACAUGGGAUGUACCCACGAUUGAUGGAGGGGCUCCGAUCAGCAAUUACGUAAUUGAAAAGCGGGAAGCAUCAAUGAAAUCUUACAAAACAGUGACGACCGAAUGCAAGAAGACACUCUACAGAAUCACUGGCUUAGAGGAAGGAAUACGAUAUUUCUUCAGAGUAUUGCCUGAAAACAUAUAUGGCAUUGGAGAACCUUGUGAAAUCAGUGAUUCAGUACUAGUAUGUGAAGUUCCAUCUGUUCCUCAAGAUUUGUACGUCAUUGAUAUUACAAAGUCCACUGUGGUUCUUGGAUGGCAGAAACCAUUUUAUGAUGGUGGCAGUAGACUUACUGGAUAUGUUAUUGAAGCCUGCAAGACAGGUACUGAUCGAUGGAUGAAUGUUGCAACUGUGAGGGCAGCAGUUUCACAGCACACCAUAGCCUCUCUGAAUGAGAAUGAGCAAUAUUUGUUCAGAAUCAGAGCUGAGAACAGCAGAGGUCUCAGUGAGCCCAGAGACCUGAUGACACCUAUAACUAUUCAGGAACAGAAAGAUAAGCCAAGUAUUGACCUCCUUGGCAUUCCUCAAAAGAUUGUCAAUGUCCCUGCUGGCAAGCCAAUUGUGCUCAACAUUCCCAUUAAAGGAAGACCUGCUCCAACCUGCUCAUGGUUCUUUGGCGGCAUUAAGAUGAAGGACACACUUGACCGUAUCAAGAUUGAGACAACUGCUAAAUACACUAAACUGACAGUUCGAGAAACCACAAUAGACGACACUGGGGCCUACACUCUUGAAGUAAAGAAUAUCACAGGAAUGGCUACAGAAACCAUUAAAGUCAUCAUUCUUGAUAAACCUGGCAUUCCUGUUGGGCCUAUGAGAAUUUCAGAAGUGGAUGCUACAUCUGUUACAUGUACCUGGGAACCACCAGAAAAGGAUGGAGGUGCCAAUAUCAGUGGCUAUGUUGUUGAACAGCGUGAUGCUCAUCGCCCUGGAUGGCUGCCUAUCUCCGAGUCUGUCACAAGACCAACAUUCAAAUUUACUAGACUAACUGAAGGAACAGAAUAUGUAUUCCGUGUGGCUGCAACAAAUCGGUUUGGCAUUGGUGCAUUCCUACAGUCUGAAGUUGUUGAGUGCAAGAGUGUCAAGACUGUACCUAGUGCACCAAGCAUUCCUGAAAUAUUUGAUGUGUCUCAUGAUGGCAUGACACUUACUUGGAAACCACCAGAGGAUGAUGGUGGCUCUUCAGUGGCUGGCUACAUCAUUGAGCGUAAAGAAGCUGGAUCUGAUAGAUGGCUGCGCAUCAAUAAGAACCCAGUGACAAUGACAAGAUAUAGAUCCACAGGACUUGUUGAAGGUCAUGAAUAUGAAUAUAGAGUGACAGCUAUCAACUCUAGAGGCACUGGCAAACCAAGUUUAAGCUCUAAACCAGUGAUUGCAAUGGAUCCCAUCGAACCUCCUGGCAUACCAUUGAACCCAAGAGUCACAGAUACCACCAGGACAUCUGUAUCACUGGCAUGGUCUCCCCCAGAGGAAGAGGGAGGAGCCAUUGUUACUGGUUACCUGAUUGAGAUGCAGAAGGUUGACCAGGUUGAAUGGACCAAAUGCAACACAACACCAACUAAGAUUUGUGAAUACACAUUGACACAUAUGCCACAGGGUGCUGAGUAUAGAUUCCGUGUGAUGGCAUGCAAUGCUGGUGGAGCUGGAGAACCAGCUGAGAUUCCAGGAGUGGUCAAAGUCACAGAAAUGCUUGAAUAUCCUGAUUAUGAGCUUGAAAAGAAGUACCAGGAGGGCUAUAUUGUCAGACAAGGUGGAGUCAUCAGACUGUCUGUGCCAAUUAAGGGAAAACCAUAUCCAACCUGCAAGUGGACAAAGGAAGGCCGUGAUAUUUCUCACAGAGCUAUGAUUGCCACCAGUGAGGAGCGCACAGAGCUGGUGAUCAAGGAAGCCCAUAGAGAUGACACUGGCACCUAUGAUCUUUUGUUGGAGAAUAAAUGUGGAAAGAAAGCCGUAUACAUCAAGGUUAAAGUCAUUGGACGCCCAGAUCCACCUGAGGGCCCAUUAGAAUUUGAUGAUAUUCAAGCUCGUUCUGUGAGAGUCAGCUGGAGACCACCUUCAGAAGAUGGUGGCUCUGAUAUCCUUGGUUACAUUGUAGAGAGACGUGAGGUACCAAAGGCAGCCUGGUACACUGUGGACUCUCGUGUGGUUGACACAUCAUUAGUGGUCAAAGGAUUAAAGGAAAAUAUUGAAUAUCACUUCAGGGUGUCAGCAGAGAACCAGUUUGGAAUUAGUAGAUCUCUAAAAUCAGAUGAAUCUGUUAUACCAAAGACUGCUCUCUGUCCACCAGAGCCUCCCAGCUUCCCGCCAGAAAUUAUGGAUGUCACAAAGACCACAGUUGGUCUAUCCUGGUCAAGGCCAAAGGAUGAUGGUGGAUCUCGUGUCACUGGAUACUACAUUGAGAGAAGAGAGCUGUCCACUGAGAAGUGGGUGCGUCACAACAAGACUCACAUCACCACAACAAUGUAUACCCUCACUGGUCUCAUCCCUGAUGCAGAAUAUCAGUUCCGUGUGAUUGCUCAGAAUGACAUUGGUCAAAGUGAGCCUGGACCUGUAUCUGAAGCAGUUGUAUGCAAGGAUCCAUUUGAUAAACCAAGUCAACCAGGUGACAUUGACAUCAUCUCCAUUACCAAGGACUGCAUCACCAUUCACUGGCUGCGUCCUGAAUGUGAUGGUGGCAAAGAAAUUCUGGGAUAUUGGAUUGAAUUCAGACAAGCGGGUGAAAGUGCCUGGAAAAAAUGCAACAAGGAGCGUUCAAAAGACAGACAGUUCACCAUGGGUGGUCUCAUGGAGGCAACAGAAUAUGAAUUUAGAGUGUUUGCUGAAAAUGAAACUGGACUGAGCAGACCCCGUAGAACUGCUAUGGGCAUCAAAACCAAAUUGAGUGUCGGAGAGGCUCCAAGUCUGAAGGAAGAGAUGAAAGAUACUACCACUAAACUAGGGGAAUCUGGAACAUUGACUUGCCAGAUUGUUGGAAGGCCUCUUCCUGAAAUCAAGUGGUAUAGAUAUGGAAAGGAACUGAUCCAGAGUCGUAAAUACAAGAUGAGUUCUGAUGGCCGAAAUCAUUCUCUAACAGUGGUAACCGAUGAACAGGAAGAUGAAGGCCUGUACAUUUGCCGAGCUAUUAAUGAGGCGGGUGAAACUGAAAGCAGCGGGAAGCUUCUUUUGCAGGCUGCACCUCAAUUCCAUCCUGGUUUCCCACUGAAGGAGAAAUACUAUGCAGGCUGUGGAACAAGUCUACGCCUUCACGUUGUCUACAUUGGACGUCCUAUCCCACAAAUCAUGUGGUUCUAUGGCAAGAAACCUCUGAAUCCAUCAGAGAAUGUUAUCAUUGAAAACACUGAAAAUUAUACUCAUCUGGUUGUCAGAAAUGUGCAGCGUAAGACAAACGCUGGCAGGUACAAAGUACAGAUGAGCAACAAAUUUGGCACAGUUGAGACAGUACUUCGUGUUGAAAUCCAAGAUAAACCUGUGAUUCCUGAAGGACCAAUUAUUGUUGAAGCUCUUUUGAAGAACUCUGUCAUCAUCAGCUGGAAACCACCUAAGGAUGAUGGUGGAUCAAUGAUCACAAACUACAUUGUAGAAAAACGUGAGGCAAAAGAGGGCGAGCAAUGGCAUCUUGUGUCAUCAUCUGUCUCAGGAACCACCUGCCGCAUUACAAACCUAAUUGAGAGUGCUGGAUAUUACUUCCGUGUUUCUGCGCAGAAUCAAUAUGGCAUUAGCGAGUCCUUGGAGAUUCCUGCUGUUCUCAUUAUCAAGAGUCCAUAUGAAAAACCUGGAAUCCCACAGCAGCCAGUUGUUACUUAUGUCACAGAGGAUUCUUGUGUUGUCACAUGGAAACCCCCAACCAGCGAUGGAGGUGCCAAGAUUAAGAAUUACUUCCUUGAAAAGAGAGAGAAGAAACAAAACAAAUGGAUUGCUGUUACAACCGAGGAAAUUCAUGAAACACAUUAUACAGUCAAAGGCUUGAUUGAAGGCUUUGAAUAUGAAUUCCGUGUGAAAUGUGAGAACAUUGGUGGCGAGAGUGACUGGAGUGAGGUUUCAGAGCCAGUCGUUCCAAAGUCAGAUACAGCACCCCGUGCUCCAUCCUUCAAAGAGGAACUGAGAGACAUGUGUGUCAAAUAUAAAGCCAAUGCAACAUUUGUCACCAAGGUUCUUGGUCAUCCCAAGCCAGUCGUUAAAUGGUACAAGGGUGGAAAAGAAAUUUUACCAGAUGGAGAGAAAAUCAAGAUCCAGGAAUUCAAAGGAGGCUACCACCAACUUGUUAUCAGUAAUGCUGAUGAGAAUGAUGUGGCUGUUUACCAAAUUAGAGCCACUAAUCAACAAGGAUCAAUUUCUACAACUGUAACCCUUGAUGUUGAAGUUCCUGCCAAGAUUCACUUGCCCCUACACCUCCAAGGUAUGGGAGCUGUUCAUGCUGUUCGUGGUGAGGUGGUUACCAUUAAGAUUCCAAUCAGUGGUAAACCAGAUCCAGCAAUCACAUGGCAGAAGGGACAAGAGAUACUGAAUAAUACAGCAUACCAUCAAGUGAUUGUUACAAGAUCCUUUACAUCUCUUGUGUUCCAAAAGGGAGUUCAAAGGAAGGAUGCCGGUUACUAUAUCAUUUGUGCCAAGAACCGGUUUGGUGUUGAUAAGCAAACAGUUGAACUUGAUGUUGCUGAUGUACCUGAACCACCUAAGGAUGUGAAAGUUAGCGACAUUGGCAGAGAUACCAUUACACUCACAUGGACUCCUUCAAAUGAUGGUGGAAGUGAAAUUAUCAGCUACAUAGUAGAAAAGUGCCCAGCAUCUGGUGAUAGAUGGAUCCGUGUUGCACAGACUUCUGAGCCUCAGUAUACUGUAAUGAGUCUAUUUGGAAAGACCAAAUAUCAGUUCCGCGUUAUUGCUGAAAAUAGAUUUGGUCUCAGUGAGCCAUCUGUACCAACUGAACCUGUGACACCAAGAGAAGAUAAAUUUGCCAUUAGAAAUUAUGAUGAAGAAGUGGAUGAAGUGAGAGAAGUUACAAAGGAAGAAGCACCUCAUUCUAAGGUGAAGAAUGUUCCUUCUCUUUACAGAAUCUCAGAGGAACUAGCACGGUGUGGACAUUUUGGAAUUGUUCAUCGCUGUGUUGAAAUUAGCUCCAAGAAGACUUUCAUGGCUAAGAUCAUUAAGGUGAAAGGUGCUGAUAGGGAGCUGGUGGCAAGAGAAAUUGAGACACUCAAUAUUGCAAGACAUAAGAACUUAUUGUAUCUACAUGAGUCUUUUGAUAGCUUGGAGGAAUAUGUUCUCAUCUAUGAAUUCAUGUCUGGCAUGGAUAUCUUUGAGCGUCUUGGAACAAACUUUGACCUGACUGAACAGGAAAUUGUACGGUACAUGAGACAAGUUUGUCAGGCGCUGAAGUUCUUGCAUGGCCUCAACUAUGGUCAUUUUGACAUAAGACCUGAUAACAUUGUCUAUGCCACAAGGAAGAGUAGUACGAUCAAGAUCAUUGAAAUGGGCCAGGCUAGGCUGUUGACACCUGGAGAAAAUAUCAGAAUUCAGUUCACUUCCCCUGAGUACUGUGCACCAGAGAUCCACAACAGUGAUUUUGUUACCACAGCCACUGACAUGUGGUCAGUUGGUGUCCUUGCAUUUGUACUCCUUAGUGGCCUCAAUCCAUUCGCUGCUGAAUCAACUCAGAAAAUGAUUGAGCACAUCUCCAAUGCUGAAUACAUAUUUGAUAGUGAGGCCUUCAAAGACACCAGUCUUGAGGGCAUGGACUUCAUCGACAGGCUACUGACUAAAGAACGCAAACAUCGUAUGACUGCAUCGGAGGCUUUGGAACAUCCUUGGCUUAAGAUGAAAAUAGAAAACAUCAGUUCUAAGGUGAUAAAGACCUUGAGACACAGACGAUACUACCAGUCACUAGCCAAGAAGGAGUGGAGCACUGUGAUUUCAGCAGCUCGUGUUGCCUAUGGUGGCAGUUACAGAAACCUGAGAAAUGUUGCAUUUGGCAGAGUCAAGGUUGGACAUGCAGAACAAGGCCUGAGAGCAGGCCCAGUCAUGCAUGGCUCUGCUGAAGAAGGUGGCCAUGUUCGAUUUGUAUGUAGCAUUCAAAACUAUGACAGAAACACAGAGGUAACCUGGUACUUUGGCUCUCGUAAAUUGAUAGCCAGUCACAAGUAUGAAAUCAGCUAUGCUAGUGGAGUUGCAAGCAUCUACGUCAAAGACAUUGAGGAAUGUGAUGAUGGACUAUACAGAUGCAAAGUUGUCAAUGAAGAUAGGGAGGACAAUGCCUACGCAGAGCUGUUUGUUGAGAGUGUGAGGUCUCACCGUGAAUACUUCCUGGGACGUUCACUCAAGAAGCCCAAACGUAGAAUUGAUAAAACAAAACUUCUUCAAAGGCCACCUGAGUUUACUCUGCCACUGUAUAACCGUUCAGCAUACAUUGGUGAGGAUGUACGCUUUGGUGUAACAAUAACUGUACAUCCUGAGCCACAAGUGACGUGGCUGAAGGCAGGACAUAGAAUCAAACCCGAUCCCAAGAAAUUCACAAUUACAAGUGACAAGGGUCUUUACCAGCUAAUGAUUCACAGUGUUGAGCUUGAGGACGAUGGUGAAUACACUGUUGUAGCAAACAACAAGUUUGGUGAAGACAGCUGCAAGGCACGCCUAACAGUAACACCUCACCCUGUUGUUGAAGACACAAUGAGACCAAUGUUUAAGCGCCUUUUGGCAAAUACAGAAUGUGUUGAGGGACAAAGUGUCCGCUUUGAUUUGAGAGUGACAGGGACUCCACAACCAACACUAAAAUGGGAAAAAGAUGGCAAGCCCCUUGAGUUCAGACCACAAGUUGAAGUUGUUCUAGAAGACAUAGGCCAUCAUGUUCUCCAUAUAAGAGAAACACUUCUGGAGGAUUCUGGCACUUACAAGGUCACUGCAACAAACUCAGCUGGCUCAGCUAGUUGUCAAGCCACUCUCAAGGUUGAACGUUUAACUUACACCAGAAGGGAGUUCAAGAGUGAGGACGACAAACAGAAAUAUGUCCAAAAUCAAAUAGAAAAGACGCUGAAAAUGGCACAACAAUUUUCUAAAGCAGAAGUGAUUGCACUUAAUCCUGUGGCACAGGAGGCAUUGAAGGAAGCUGCUGAAUUAUAUAAACCUGCAGUAAGCACCAAGAAUGUCCAGGGUGAGUUUGAUAUCUCUGAUAAAGAAGACAAAGAAAUCAAGAAAAUUAAAGAGGAGAGUAGGAAGAUCAGAAUGCCUUAUGAAAUUCCAGAGGCCCGUGUGCAUGACCCAACUGUUCUUACAGAGGACGUGGGUAUCAAACACUUUGUGGCUUUAUCUGACAUGAAAUGGUACAAGAAACUCCGUGACCAGUAUGAGAUUUCUGAGCGUAUGGAGAGAGUUGUGCAGAGGAGACAGAAACGCAUCCGUCUUUCCAGAUGGGAGCAAUUCUAUGUCAUGCCUCUCCCCAGAAUCACUGAUCAGUACAGGCCAAGGUGGCGUAUUCCAAAGCUUACACUAGAUGAUCUGGAAACUGUAAGACCAGCAAGGCGUUCACCAUCUCCUAAGUCAGAGGUUUCUUUCAGACAGAGAAGACGUUCCCUAGGUGAUCUCUCAGAUGAAGAAUUAGAGGAGUACCUGACAAAGAGAAGAACAGAUGUAGAGAGUCAAGAGAUUGAGGAAGAACUUGAACUUGGCUUUUCUGCCUCUCCUCCAAGUGGUAGCCCUGUUCGCUUUGAAUUAGCUGCACUGCGUCAUCCAUCACCUAGGGUUGUCCACAAAACUGAAGUUACACAUCUGGUGGAGACCAAACAUGUUGUGGCAGCAGAAAAGCCUCGUGGUUCUCCACCUCCUAUUUCCCAUUUCAUGAGAAGGAGGAGAUCUUUGUCUCCAACAUAUAUUGAACUGAUGCGUCCUGUCUCUGAAUUGAUCAGACCACCUCGUGCACGUGUGACCGUUGAGGCUGAAGGUGAGAUUGUUGAGAGAAGAUCUCCCACUCCUGAGAGGACACGUCCACGCUCUCCUAGUCCUGUGUCUCCUGAGAGAAGGUCCUCAAGGUCCUCGUCUAGAUUCGAAAGAUCUGCAAGGUUUGACAUCAUGUCUCGAUAUGAGGCAAGAAAAGCUGCUCUCAAAUCUGAGCGCAAAUAUCAGGUUGUGACACAGCAACCCUUUAGCCUUGACCAUGCCCCACGCAUCACAGUUAGAAUGCGCUCACAUCGUGUACCAAGUGGUCAGGACACUAAGUUCACACUGAAUGUCCAAUCAAAGCCAGAAGCUGAAAUACAGUGGUUCCAUAAUGGACAACCAAUUCAGGAAAGCAGCAAAUAUCACUUUACAAACAUGAGUGGAGUUCUGACUCUUCAAAUUAUUGAUUGCCAAGCAGAAGAUAGUGGCACAUACCGUGCUGUCUGCACAAACUUGAAGGGAGAAACAUCAGAUUAUGGAACUCUUGAUGUCUCAGGAGGAGCUUUUACAACAUAUUCAUCAAGACGCAAAGAUGAUGAAGCUCCAACAGCAUUUGUACCUGAAAUUACAAAGACUGACUAUUAUCAUACAACAUCAAUCAGGGCCUCUUCUGCCUCAAGGACACACUUAGAGAUCAAAGAGGCCAAGACCAAAUUUACUGAAAGCCGUGAAGUUUCUGCUUUUGAAAGAUACAAGUCUGAAAGGCUUACGUCUUCACCCAUCAGACAUGCAUCUACUGAAUACCUGUCAUCAACUUCAUAUUCAUCCUCAGAACGAUAUACAUCUGAAUCUAAAACAAAAACAGUCGAGUCUAUAGCUGCAACAGAGGUAACAGCAAAGAAAGUCAAAGCCACUCUGUCAGCCAAAAUACUUACCAAACCGCAAUCUCUAACAGUAUCUGUGGGCGAGUCUGCAAGAUUUACCUGUGAUAUUGAUGGAGAGCCAGCACCAAGUGUCACAUGGAUGCAUGAGGGACGUGCUGUUGUCACUUCCCAUCGUGUACAUGUGACAACAACACAGUACAAAUCUACAUUCGAAAUAUCUUCAGUUGAGUACUCCGAUGAAGGUAGCUACUCUGUACUAGUGGAAAAUGUAGAAGGAAGGCAAGAGGCAAAGUUUACCUUGACCAUUUCUAAACCAGCACCAAAAGUGGAAGUUGUUACACCAUCUCCACAAGUUAAAUCUCCUGAGCCAGCAGUAAAAACACUUGAGCCUUUAGUGAAACCAUCAACACCUUCUAUGACAUCACCAGAGCCAUCAGUAAAAUCUCCUCUCACAUCUCCAGUGCCAACAGUUAAGUCUCCAGGGCCUUCAGUGAAAUCACCAGAACCUGCUGGUGUUAAGUCCCCUGAACCUCGGAUUAAAUCACCAGAGGGAGUCAAAUCCCCACUAAGAGUGAAGUCUCCUGAGCCAAGUACUGCUGCUCCAAGAGUUAAGUCCCCACCACAAGUGAAGUCUCCUGAAGCAGUUGCUUCCCCUCCACCACCAGUCAAGUCUCCAGAACCAGUUAAAUCUCCCGCAGGUCUGAAGUCUCCUGAACCAAUAGCAUCUCCUCCAAGAGUAAAAUCUCCACCUCCGCUCAAGUCUCCAGAGCCAGUAUCUUCACCUUUUAGAGUGAAAUCUCCAACAGGCAUGAAAUCUCCAGAGCCAAUCACUUCUCCUCUGAGAGUUAAAUCACCAACAGGCUUUAAGUCUCCUGAGCCUCAAAGGGUCAAAUCCCCACUAACAGCAAAGUCUCCUGAACCAAUAAUGUCACCCAAAAGGGUUAAAUCCCCACUUACGGUGAAAUCACCAACACCUACAAAGGAGGCACCUCCAAAGAUCCUCCAGCAACUCAAAGCUGAGGCAUUUGAAGACAAGGUGAAGAUGAUCUGUGUGGCUGAGAGCUCUGUGAGGGAGAUUGUGUGGUACAAGGAUAGCAGGAAACUAAGCCAGAGUAAUCGCUAUCAGAUGCAUACCUCCGCUGAUGGCACUUGCUGUCUCUUUAUUUCUGAUUUGUCUGAGAGUGAUCAGGGUGAAUAUUCCUGUGAAAUGAUUGCAGAGAGUGGAGCAGUUGUAAGAACAUCAUUCUCCUUCACUGGCCAAGUGUUCCAGUCCAUCUAUACAAAAAUAACGACUUUUGUGUCCACACGUUUGGCUAUAAAAGAAUCAACAUCCUCCAAGAUCCAUGAGGGAGCUGAGAUGGUUAUGAGAGAGAGUGCUACUGUCAGCAGCAUGCAAGAAAGCUUCUCUUCAAAAUCCAUGCACAUGGAGAGCACAAUGCAGGAAACAUCAUUCAGCAGUUCAUCCAUGGCUGAAAUGAAAUUUGAAACAAUGUCUAUGUCCAGCAUGUCGUCCAUGACGUCUGAAUCAGUGUAUGCUGUGAGCUCAAGCAGUGUUAUGUCAAGUCAUUCACAUGCUGAGGGGUCUUCAAUUAGAGCCAUGUUGCAUAGUGGUCAAGGUCUAGCACCAAGAAUCGAAGCCCUUCCAGAAGAUAUCAGCAUUGAAACUGGAAAGGUUUUGACUGUAGCCUGUGCUUUCUCUGGAGAGCCCUCACCCCGCAUCGAGUGGUCUCGUGGUGGAAAAAUACUUCCAACAGCUGAAGAGAGUGGGAGGUUCCACAUUGAGACCACAGAGGACUUGACUACACUCAUCAUCACUGGUGUAAAACAGAGUGAUGCUGGGGUGUAUACCCUAAAACUGUCCAACGAGCAUGGAUCUGACACAGCAACCAUCACCAUCAGUAUUCGAUCGCUGUAAAACGAAUAAUGAUCAAAUCUAUCCCCGUUUCCUGAUUACGUGCCUUUUUAUGUAUUGAAUGAGCAAAUAAGAUAAUAUUUACUUGAUAAAUGCCUCGAUAUCUGUUCCUGUAAAUAUAUCUAUUUUUAUACCAAACUUGACAUUAAUUUAUGCCAAACUAGACUAAAGUCUAAAGUUGUUAUAAAAUGUGCCAUAUUGGAUAAUUAUGACUAGGAUUUUUGAUCCAUUUUUCUGUGACAUGUACAUAAUGUAUAUAGCCGAAUAUAACGGUUAUGGGAAAUGUAUGAAUUGUUAUUUAUGACAAUAUUAACUGAAACAAAUGGAACUAAUUGUUUAUCAGGAGAAAGUUUCUCAUGGAAACGAAUACCCUGUUAAACCUGAAACUAAACUCUGUGCCUCAACAAUAAGUUGAAGUCUUAAGAUUGCCUCAGCAGGUAGAGAGGCUCCCUGUUGAAGUUUUACUAGAUCUGAGAGACAAAGAUAAACACUGCAUGUAUGCACAUGCGGUGAUCUUACCGUACUCAUAUGAAUUUAUAACUUGACCAUAAGACCUUGAAUGCUGUUUGCAUCUUACCCUCAUGUAAGCAGCAUGACUAGGCCUUGUGUUCAGACUGACUAUGUCAUACCACCAUUUUAUUGACAUGCUCAAAGUGCGAGCGGCCUGCACUUUAUGAGCUAAGAUGUUAAAUGUGCUCUGUUUCUGUCAAGGGACGGCUUGAAUACACUUUCAGAAAUAACAUCACCUGGCCAAUAAGGAAAGUUUAUCUUGUACUUCCUUGCAGAAGCAGAGCCUCCUCUUGGAGGAUUGCUUUGUUGCCUUGUGUGUUUGUGUGUUAGCUUUAGAACUCACCUUGAUAGUGGUUGGGCAAACAUCAAGCAAGUGUACCACAGCAACAACAUCUGCUGUGUAAAGAACUAAAUUGAUACAUUAACUACAUGUCCCACACUUUGGUUUGAUUUUAUUUAGAACUGUAGUAUUAUUUAUAAAUGCAACCUCCUUGAGUAUUAUAAUUGAUUCAAUAAAGCAUGUUUUCAGCACUAA